AUGACGACGAAAGCACCAACUUUCACACAGCCGUUACAAAGCGUUGUGGCACUGGAGGGUAGUGCCGCAACCUUUGAGGCUCAUAUUAGCGGUUUCCCAGUUCCUGAGGUGAACUGGUUUCGGGAUGGCCAGGUUCUCUCUGCUGCAACUCUGCCCGGUGUGCAGAUCUCGUUUAGUGAUGGCCGCGCUAGACUGGUGAUCCCCACCGUGACAGAAGCCAACAGCGGGAGAUACACUGUGCAAGCCACCAAUGGAUCUGGGCAAGCGACUAGUACUGCUGAGCUGCUGGUCACAGCUGCAACAGCACCACCAAACUUCUCACAACGACUACAGAGCAUGACUGCAAGACAAGGAAGUCAAGUUCGACUUGACGUGAGAGUGACUGGAAUCCCUACACCUGUGGUGAAGUUCUAUCGGGAUGGAGUAGAAAUUAAAAGUUCCCCCGAUUUUAAAAUUUCACAAGAAGGAGACCUUUACAGCUUAAUAAUUGCAGAAGCAUAUCCUGAAGACUCCGGCACCUAUUCCGUAAAUGCCACAAAUAGCGUGGGACGUGCUACUUCAACAGCUGAAUUGCUAAUUCAAGGUGAGGAAGAAGCCGUUCCUGCUAAAAAGACAAAGACAAUUGUAUCGACUGCUCAGAUUUCACAAACAAGACAAGCCAGAAUUGAAAAGAAGACUGAAGCCCACUUUGAUGCCAGAUCACUUACAAGUGUUGAAAUGAUGAUAGAAGGUGCAACCACCCAACAGCUCCCACACAAGGCACCUCCACGAAUGCCUCCUAGACCUACAUCCAAAUCACCAACCCCGACAACUGCUGCAAAAGCACAAAUGGCACGACAGCAAUCACCAUCGCCCGUUAGACAAUCACCAUCGCCUGUAAGACAUGUCAGAGCACCAACACCUUCACCAGUAAGGUCCGUUUCUCCUGCUGGGAGAAUCUCCACCUCACCUAUUAGACCAGUGAAAUCUCCAUCUCCAAUCCGUAAACCACAUGUAGUGACAACAGCUGGGGCUGAUGUCCUUCCUCCUUGGAAGCAGGAAGGAUACACUGGAACCAUGGAAGCCCAGAUGAAGGAAACAAGAGUAUCCACAAGCACUACCCAAGUCACUGAGGAAAGAUGGGAAGGGAGAUAUGGGGUCCAAGAACAAGUCACUGUUACUGGCACUGCUGCUGGCGAGGUGGCCGCUGGUGCUAGAGAGGUAAAAAAGGACAGUGAAAAAACAGCAGCUAUUGCUACAGUUGUUGCUGCUGUGGAUCAAGCCAUGGUGAGAGAACCAGCUCCAGGUGUGGCGGAGCAAACUGCUAAAAGGACAGCAAUGACUGCAGUCCACGUUCAGCCUGUUCAUGAGCAGAUGAAAAAGGAGGCAAUGGUAGUAGUUACCAGUGAUAAAACCACAAAACAAACAGUGAUAUCAAGAACUAGAGAAGGAAUUGUAACUUCACAAGAACAAAGACACAUCUCUCCUGAAAAGGUGAGAAAAGAACCAGAGAAAACUCCAGUACCGACAGUAAUAAUUGCCACAGACAAAGCCAAAGAACAAGAAAGAAUAACAAGAGCUACAGAAGAAAUAACUACCAGACAUGAACAAGUGCACAUUGCUCAUGAACAGAUAAGAAGGGAAGAAAUGAAACCUUCAGUACCUAAGGUAGUAAUUACUACUGAUAAACCAAAAGCACCGGUCAUAAUAUCGAAAAGUAAAGAAAGAAUUGCCACCAAACAAGAACAAGUGAGCAUAACACGUGAAAAGACUCAAGCUGGAAUAAAGGCUGAAGCUGUAGCUACAGUCGUUGCAGCAGUUGAUCAGGCACGUGUUCGAUCACCCUGGCAACCAGAACUAGCAGAUGAAGCUUAUGUAAAGGAGAAAACUUUGGAAUAUGGUUAUAAAGAGCACACUGUAACAGACCGUGGUUCUGAGGCCCCAGCAGAACGUCAUGUUGUCACCAAAGAAGUCAAAACAGUCUAUGUUCCUCCUGAGAAACAUAUCUCAACUCCUGAAAAACAGGAAGUUCAUAUAUCAAAAGAGAUAAAAAGAACAACAGAACUUGAGAAAACAAUUCAUGUUGAACCGCCGCGGCCUCGCACAGUGAGUCCUCACUUCACGGUCUCCAGAGUCGCUGUUCCUAAACCAGAUCAUACAUAUGAGGUUUCAAUAGCUGGAACUGCCAUGGCUACUCUGGAGAAAGAGCUAUCAGCCACUUCGGCUGCACAAAAGAUCACCAAGCCUGUGAAGCCACCUCAGCUAAAGCCUCAUGAAGUCAGGCCUAAAGCAGAGCCAGCUGCCCCUCCACAGUUUCCCUUUGGAGAGGCUGCGGAGACCUAUAAGAGUCACUAUGAUGUUGAGACUAAAAAGGAGACAAGCAUUAAAAGUGAAGCAGUGCGGACAGAGCACUUGAUGCUGCAUAAAGAAGCUGAAGCAAAGGUGACAGAAGCUGCCAGAGUUCCUGUACCUGCAGAAAUCCCUGCUACACCACCCACCUUAGUCUCAGGCCUCAAAAAUAAGACUGUGACUGAAGGUGAGUCUGUCACUCUGGAGUGCCAAAUAUCUGGACAUCCUCAGCCUACAGUGACAUGGUACAGGGAAGACUACAAAAUUGAGAGCUCAAUGGACUUCCAGAUCACUUUCAAAGCAGGACUUGCUCGCCUUGUGAUUCGUGAAGCCUUUGCAGAGGACAGUGGAAGAUUUACCUGCACUGCUACCAAUAAGGCUGGGAGUGUCAGCACUUCCUGCCACUUACAUGUGAAAGUUACUGAAGAAACUGAGACUCGAGAAACCAUUUCUGAGAAGACUGUUACAGAAGAGAAACGCUAUGUGGAGACAAAGGACAUUGUAAUGGAAGAUGUCUCUGCUGCAGCAGAGGAAGUAUCGGGAGAACCCAUACCUCCUUUCUUCAUAAGAAAACCCAUGGUACAUAAAUUAGUUGAAGGUGGGAGCAUAAUUUUUGAAUGCCAAGUAGGGGGCAACCCAAAGCCACAUGUCUACUGGAAAAAAGGCGGAGUUCCUCUCACGACUGGCUACAGAUACAAAGUGAGUUACAAAAAAGAAACCGGGGAAUGCAAACUUGAAAUUUCCAUGACUUUUGCUGACGAUGCCGGAGAAUACACUAUUGUUGUUCGUAAUAAUCUUGGAGAAGCUUCUGCAACGGUCUCCUUACUAGAAGAAGCUGAUUACGAAGCCUACAUAAAAUCGCAACAAGAAAUGAUGUACCAAACUCAAAUGACUGCAUACGUACAGGAACCUAAAGUGGCUGAGGUAGCCCCACCCAUUUCCUAUGGUGACUUUGAAAAAGAGUAUGAGAAAGAACAAGCUCUAAUUAGAAAGAAAAUGGCAAAAGAUACAGUGAUGGUCAGAAGUUUUGUAGAAGAUGAGGAAUUCCAUAUUUCUUCUUUUGAAGAAAGACUUAUCAAGGAAAUUGAGCUCAGAAUUAUUAAGACUACCUUACAUGAACUUCUCGAAGAAGAUGGAGAGGAGAUGAUGGUUGAUAUUUCUGAAUCUGAAGCUGUAGAAGCAGGAUUCGAUUUAAGAUUAAAGAACUACAGAACCUUUGAAGGGACAGGAGUUACCUUCCAUUGCAAGACCUCUGGAUAUCCAUUGCCAAAGGUGGCAUGGUACAAGGAUGGCAAACGUAUAAGACAUGGAGAGCGCUACCACAUGGAACUUCUGCAAGAUGGCAGUGCCACUCUGCGUUUACCUGUUGUUUUACCUGAGGAUGAAGGAAUUUAUACUGUCUUUGCCAGUAAUAUGAAAGGAAAUGCCAUUUGCUCAGCAAAACUCUAUGUUGAGCCAGUUGCACCCACAGCAACUCCAGGUUAUAUGCCAGGACCCGAAGUUAUGAGAAGAUAUAGGUCUAUCUCUCCACGGUCUCCAAGCCGGUCUCCUGCCCGCAGCUCUCCUUCUCGUUCUCCUGCCCGGAGAUUAGAAGAAACUGAUGAAGGGCAACUAGAGAGACUAUAUAAGCCAGUUUUUGUGCUGAAACCAACAUCAUUUAAAUGUUCACAGGGGCAGACAGCAAGAUUUGACUUAAAAGUUGUUGGCAGACCUAUGCCAGAGACAUACUGGUUCCAUAAUGGCCAACAAGUGAUUAAUGACUACACCCAUAAAAUAGUGAUUAAAGAAGAUGGUACCCAGUCAUUGAUCAUUGUUCCUGCAAUGCCUGAAGACUCUGGAGAAUGGGCUGUCAUUGCUCAGAACAGGGCAGGCAAAGCUUCAGUCUCAAUGACACUGACUGUAGAAGCUAAGGAAGACCUAGUCCGACCACACUUUGUGGAAAGAUUGAGAAAUGUCAGCGUGAAGGAGGGCUCUAGACUGGAGAUGGCAGUGAAAGCUACUGGUAACCCUAAUCCUGACAUUGUAUGGCUCAAGAACAGUGACAUCAUUGUGCCUCACAAAUAUCCCAAAAUAAAGAUUGAGGGAACCAAAGGGGCAGCUGCCCUUAAAAUUGAAUCUACUGCCAGGCAAGAUGCUGCAUGGUAUACUGCUACUGCUAUCAAUAAAGCUGGGCGGGACACCACCCGCUGCAAAGUAAAUGUUGAAGUUGAACACACAGAACCUGAACCAGAAAGGAAAUUAAUAAUUCCAAAAGGAACUUACAAAGCCAAGGAGAUUGCAGCACCAGAGUUAGAACCUCUCCAUCUGCGUUAUGGUCAAGAGCAAUGGGAGGAAGGAGAUCUCUAUGACAAAGAAAAGCAACAGAAACCAUUUUUUAAGAAGAAGCUCACAUCUUUAAGGCUCAAACAAUUUGGACCAGCACACUUUGAAUGCAGGCUUACACCAAUUGGUGACCCAACCAUGGUGGUGGAGUGGUUGCAUGAUGGCAAACCCCUGGAAGCAGCUAACAGACUCCGCAUGAUCAAUGAGUUUGGGUACUGUAGCCUGGACUAUGGGGUAGCCUAUUCCAGAGACAGUGGAGUGAUCACUUGCAGAGCAACUAACAAAUACGGUACAGACCACACAUCUGCAACUCUGAUCGUGAAGGAUGAGAAAAGUCUUGUGGAAGAAUCCCAGCUGCCAGAAGGCAAAAGGGGACUCCAGCGAAUUGAAGAGUUAGAAAGAAUGGCCCACGAGGGUGCUCUACCUGCUGUUGCACUGGACCAAAAGGAAAAGCAAAAACCAGAAAUCGUUUUGGUUCCUGAACCUGCAAGAGUCCUUGAAGGCGAAACAGCACGAUUCCGCUGCCGUGUGACUGGCUACCCUAUGCCCAAGGUCAACUGGUACCUCAAUGGACAGCUCAUCCGUAAAAGCAAAAGGUUUAGACUCCGUUAUGAUGGAAUCUACUACCUGGAUAUCGUGGACUGCAAAUCAUAUGACACAGGAGAGGUGAGAGUCACUGCAGAGAAUCCAGAAGGCUUUAUUGAACAUAAGGUGAAACUUGAGAUCCAGCAGAGGGAAGACUUCAGAUCUGUUCUGCGUCGUGCUCCUGAGCCCAAACAUGAGCCUGUAGUUACAGAACCUGGGAAACUUCUGUUUGAGGUACAGAAGGUAGACAAACCUGCAGAGGCAACAACCAAAGAAGUGGUGAAGCUGAAAAGGGCUGAAAGAAUCACUCAUGAAAAGCUUUCAGAGGAAUCUGAAGAGCUGCGUUCUAAAUUCAAGCGCAGGACAGAAGAGGGCUACUACGAAGCCAUUACAGCUGUGGAACUUAAAUCUCGCAAAAAAGAUGAAUCAUAUGAAGAAAUGCUAAAAAAGACAAAAGAAGAACUUCUUCACUGGACCAAAGAGAUCCCAGAGGAAGAGAAGAAAGCCCUUCCUCCUGAAGGCAAAAUCACCAUUCCAACAUUCAAACCAGAGAAGGUGGAGCUUAGCCCAAGCAUGGAGGCCCCCAAGAUUCUUGAACGAAUUCAAAGCCAGACGGUAGCCCAAGGAACAGAUGUACACUUCCGUGUGAGAGUGGUGGGAAAACCUGAUCCUGAAUGCCAGUGGUUCAAAAAUGGUGUUCAGAUUGAAAGGACUGAUCGUGUGUACUGGUACUGGCCUGAAGAUAAUGUUUGCGAAUUAGUUAUCAGAGAUGUGACUUCUGAUGAUUCUGCCAGCAUCAUGGUGAAAGCAGUAAAUAUAGCUGGUGAAACUUCUAGCCAUGCUUUCCUGUUAAUACAAGCCAAGCAGUUAAUCAGCUUCACGCAGCAGUUACAAGAUGUUGUUGCUAAAGCAAAAGACUCCAUGGCAACUUUUGAAUGUGAAACAUCAGAGCCCUUUGUGAAAGUGAAAUGGUUUAAGGAUGGAAUUGAGAUUCAUUCUGGAGACAAGUACAGGAUGCACUCAGACAGAAAGGCUCACUUUCUUUCCGUAUUAACAAUUGACAUGUCUGAUGCUGAUGACUACAGCUGUGCACUGGUAGAAGAUGAAUCUGUAAAAACCACUGCAAAGCUUACUGUUGAAGGUGCUGCAAUUGAGUUUAUUAAAGAACUUGAGGAUGUUGAAGCGCCAGAAUCCUUCUCAGCUGAACUUGAAUGUGAGGUUUUCCCAGAAGAUGCAGAGGGGAAAUGGUAUCAUGGUGAUGUUGAGCUCACUUCUAGUCUUAAACAUGUGAUUGCAUCCCGCCGUGGUCGCCAGACCCUCACUAUUAAAGAUAUUAAUAAAGAUGAUCAAGGAGAAUAUAGUUAUGUUGUUGAUGGAAAAAGGACUCAAUGCAAACUGAAGAUGAAGCCUCGUCCCAUGGCAAUUCUUCAAGGACUAACUGACCAAAGAGUCUGUGAGGGAGAUAUUGUGCAACUUGAAGUCAAAGUCUCCCUAGAAAAUGCAGAGGGUGUCUGGAUGAAAGAUGGCCAAGAAAUUCAGUCAAGUGACCGUAUUCAUAUUGUGCUGGAUAAACAAUCACAUAUGUUGCUCAUAGAAGAUGCCACAAAGGAAGAUAGUGGAACUUACUCUUUUAGUGUUCCUGACCUUGAGCUGUCAACCACUGGACAGAUCACAGUUUACAGUGUGGAAAUAGUGGUGCCUCUAGAAGAUCUUCAUGUAAUUGAAGGAACAAAAGCCAUCCUUGAAUGUAAAGUUUCAGCACCUGAUGUGUCCUCCUCAAAAUGGUACCUAAAUGAUAAUCAAAUAAAGCCUGAUGAACGUGUGCAAGCUGUAUGUAAAGGUGCCAAACAGAGGCUGGUGCUCACCAGAACCCACGCAUCAGAUGCAGGACACUAUAAGCUAAUGGUUGGCAAAGUGGAAACAAGCUGCAAUGUCACAGUUGAAGAAAUUGAGAUUAUUAGAGGUCUUCAUGACAUCACCUGCACUGAAACACAGAAUGUGUCCUUUGAGGUCGAGCUCUCCCAUUCAGGGAUUGAUGUAAUUUGGCAUUUCAAAGGCCAACCCAUACAGGCUGGUCCUAAAUAUAAAAUUGAAGCACGUGGCAAAAUAUACAAAUUGACAGUGGUGAAGAUGAUGAAAGAUGAUGAAGGAGAAUAUGUCUUUUAUGCUGGAGAGAAGAAAACGUCUGGGAAGCUUAUAGUAGCAGGCGGUGCCAUUUCAAAGCCUCUCAGUGACCUGACUGUGGCUGAGUCCCAGACAGCUGUUUUUGAAUGUGAGGUGGCAAAUCCUGAAUCAGAGGGCCGGUGGCUACAAAAUGGUAGACCAUUAGCUACGACAGAUCAGUACCGUGCCGAAUCUGAUGGUGUGAAAAGAAGGCUUGUUAUCCCUGCAACCAAACUGGAGGAUAUGGGGGAAUACAGCUAUGAAAUAGCAAGCUCAAAGACAUCUGCCAAACUGAAGGUUGAAGCUGUUAAGAUCAAGAAAACCCUAAAGAACUUAACUGUGACAGAAUCACAGGAGGCAGUUUUCAGUGUAGAACUGACCCACCCUGAUGUGAAAGGAGCUCUAUGGAUUAAAAAUGGUGUUGAACUUGAAUCAAGUGACAAAUAUGAAAUUACAGUGAAAGGAACUGUUCACACACUGAGAAUCAAACACUGUGUUGUCACUGAUGAGUCUGUUUACAGCUUUAAACUUGGAAAAAUAGGAGCAAAUGCCAGACUUCAUGUGGAAACUGUCAAGAUCAUCAAAAAGCCAAAGGAUGUGACUGCUUUGGAAAAUGCUGUUGUCUCAUUUGAACUGAGUGUUUCCCAUGAUACUGUACCAGUCCGCUGGUUCCAUAAAAAUAUUGAGCUUAAACAAAGUGAUAAAUACAAGAUGAUCUCUCAAAGGAAAGUUCACAAGCUUAUGCUGCACAACAUAUCUCCCGAUGACGCUGGGGAAUACACAGCUCUUGUUGGGCAAAUCGAAUGCAAAGCAAAACUGUUUGUGGAAAGCAUACACAUCACAAAGACCAUGAAAAGUAUUGAGAUCCCUGAGACCAAAACUGCCUCUUUUGAAUGUGAAGUUUCUCAUUUCAAUGUGCCAGCUGUCUGGCUGAAAAAUGGUGUGGAGAUUGAAAUGAGUGAAAAGUUCAAAAUAGUUGUCCAAGGGAAACUCCAUCAGCUCAAUAUAAUGAACACAAGCAGUGAAGACUCUGCGGAAUACACUUUUGUCUGUGGAAAUGAUAGAGUCAGCGCAACCCUGACUGUAAAACCCAUCCUAAUUACCUCCAUGCUAAAAGACAUCAAUGCCGAAGAGAAAGAUACAAUAACCUUUGAAGUUACUGUUAAUUAUGAAGGCAUCUCAUAUAAAUGGUUAAAGAAUGGAGUAGAAAUAAAAUCGACUGAUAAAUGCCAGAUACGAACAAAGAAGCUUACACACUCCCUCUCCAUAAGGAAUGUGCAUUUUGGUGAUGCAGCAGAAUAUACUUUUGUUGCUGGAAAAGCAGCUUCAUCAGCCACUUUAUAUGUGGAAGCUCGUCACAUUGAGUUUAGGAAGCAUAUUAAAGACAUCAAAGUGGUGGAGAAGAAGAGGGCUAUUUUUGAAUGUGAAGUUUCAGAACCUGACAUUCAGGUCCAGUGGAUGAAGGAUGGGCAAGAACUCCAGAUUGGUGAUAGGAUGAAAAUUCAGAGAGAGAAAUACGUCCAUCGUCUCAUCAUUGCUUCCACAAAAAUGUCUGAUGCUGGUCAGUACACUGUAGUAGCAGGUGGAAACACAUCCAGUGCCAAUUUGAUUGUGGAAGGUCGUGACAUCCGCAUCAGAAGUGCCCAGAAAGAUAUUCAGGUCAUUGAGAGACAAAGAGCUGAAAUUGAAUUUGAAGUCAAUGAAGACGACAUUGAACCACAGUGGUACAAGGAUGGUAUUGAGAUCAACUUCCAGUAUGAGGAAAGAUACAAGUAUGUGGUGGAAAGGAGAGUCCAUCGAAUGAGCAUCUUUGAAACCACUUACUCUGACGCUGGAGAAUAUACUUUUGUUGCGGGACGGAAUAGGAGUUCUGUUAUUCUUUAUGUGAAUGCUCCAGAGCCACCCCAGAUUAUUCGGGAGCUAGAGCCAACAACUGUGGAGUCUGGCAAACCUGCCCGCUUUUGUGCUAUUGUAUCAGGCAAACCCCAGCCCAAAAUUUCCUGGUACAAAGAUGACCAACAGCUUUCUCCAGGUUUCAAGUGCAAAUUUCUUCAUGAUGCACAAGAAUAUACUCUAUUGCUGAUUGAAACUUUCCCUGAAGAUGAAGCAGUGUACACCUGUGAAGCAAAAAAUGACUAUGGAGUAGCUACAACUUCAGCUUCACUUUCAGUUGAAAUCCCAGAAGUUGUCUCUCCUGAGCUAGAAAUGCCGGUGUAUCCGCCUGCUGUCAUAAUACCACUACGUGAUGCUGUUACAUCUGAGGGACAUUCUGCUUGUUUUCAGUGCAGAGCUUCUGGAACAGAUCUGAAAGUGUCUUGGUACAGCAAAGAGAAGGAGAUCAAGCCAUCACGUUUUUUCAGAAUGACUCAAUUUGAAGACACUUACCAGCUGGAGAUUGCUGAAGCUUAUCCAGAGGAUGAAGGAAUCUAUACCUUUGUGGCAAGCAAUUCUGUGGGCCAAGUGACCAGCACUGCCACCUUGAAGUUAGAAGCUCCUGAAAAAAUUGUUCAUGAGAAGCUAGAGGAAGAGGUUGAAAUGGAAGUGAAAGUUGCACCAAUCCUGAGGAGAAGGCUUGAACCCUUGGAAGUGGCUGUGAAUCAUGUGGCCAAGUUUACCUGUGAGGUGGAGAUGGCUCCCAAUGUCAAGUUCCAGUGGUACAAAGCCGGACGAGAGAUUUAUGAUGGGGACAAAUACUCCAUUCGCACCUCCAACUACCUCUCCACGCUGGAGAUCCCAAGGCCUCAAGUUGUUGACUGUGGGGAAUAUAGCUGUAAGGCUUCAAACCAGCAUGGCAGUGUAAGCUCUACAGCUGUUUUAACAGUAACUGAGGCAUUUCCACCAACGUUUCUUACCAGACCUGAACCUAUUACUACUUUUGUUGGCAAAAGUGCCAAGUUCCUGUGUACUGUUUCGGGCACUCCAGUCAUCGACAUCACCUGGCAGAAAGAUGGAACAACUAUUUCACCUUCGGACCACCAUAAGAUCUCCAAAGUGGAAAAUAAACAUGUUUUAGAAAUUUCCCUUCUUACUGCUAGUGACAGAGGGGUUUAUACUUGCAAAGCUUCCAACAAGUUUGGGGCUGAUAUUUGCCAGACUGAAAUGGUCAUUAUAGACAAGCCCCACUUCAUUAAAGAUUUGCAAUCAGUACAGUCAGCAGUUAAUAAAAAAAUACGCCUUGAAUGUCAGGUAGAUGAAGACAGGAAAGUAACUGUAGGGUGGACAAAGGAUGGAAACAAAAUCCCUCCAGGCAAAGAUUAUAAGAUUUACUUUGAAGACAAAAUAGCCUCACUUGAGAUUCCUCUGGCUAAGGUCAAGGACUCAGGCCACUAUGUGUGUACUGCUUCAAAUGAGGCAGGAAGCAGCUCCUCUUCUGCCAGCGUCACAGUCAGAGAACCACCAUCCUUUGUGAAGAAGGUCGAUCCAUCUUAUUUACUGACCCCAGGUGACUCUGCACGCCUUCAAUGCAAAAUCAAAGGGUCUCCUGAAAUCCAGGUUACUUGGUUCAAAAACAAUAAGGAAAUCCAUGAAAGUAACACACACAAGAUGUCCUUUGUCAAUUCUGUGGCCGUGUUAGAUAUUUUGGAAAUGAAAGUUGAUGACACUGGGACCUACUCAUGUGAAGCUGUCAACGAGGUUGGAAGUGACAGUUGCACCACCGAAGUGGUUGUCAAAGAGCCUCCAUCUUUCAUCCGAACACUUGAACCUGCAGAGCUAGUGAAGGGCACCAACCCCGUUCUUCAGUGCGAGGUUGCUGGCACUGGACCCUUUGAGAUUAGCUGGUACAAAGACAAGAAGCAGAUUCGCAGUAGUAAAAAAUACAGGUUGACCUCUCAGAAGGCUGUUAUUUCUUUGGAGGUGUCCUCAUUUAAUAGUGCAGAUGUCGGUGAAUACGAGUGUGUGAUAGCUAAUGAAGUCGGGAAGUGCAUGUGCAGUGCCACAUGCAUCUUGAAAGAACCACCAUCUUUUGUUAAGAAAAUCGAAAAUGUGACAGCUCUGGCUGGAGAUAGUGUUACAUUACAGGCCGUGGUGAAAGGGUCAGAGCCUAUUUCUGUGACAUGGAUGAAGGGCAAAGACAUUAUUAAAGAUGAUAACAAUGUGAGAGUGACAUUUGAUCACGGUCUAGCAACACUGCAAAUUACCGGAGUCCAGCUGAGCUCUGGUGGCAAAUACACCUGCGUGGCUGAGAAUGAUGCAGGAAGUCAGUCCUGCUUUGGUGAACUAGCAGUGAAAGAACCUGCCAAAAUAAUUGAAAAAGCUGAAAUGAUCCAGGUUACAGCAGGGGAACCAGCUAUUUUGGAGUACACUGUCACAGGCACUCCAGAGCUGAAAACCAAAUGGUUCAAAGAUGGAAAGCCACUCCCUGCCAGCAAAAAAUACAGGAUCAGCUUCAAAAAUAACAUUGCUCAGCUCAAGUUUUAUGCCGCUGAAAUGCAGGACAGUGGUGAAUACACCUUUGAGAUAUCCAAUGAUGUGGGCAUCAGCUCUUGUACUACCAGCUUCACUGUGCUAGAUCGCACUCUCCCUCCCUUCUUUACUAAACCACUGAAGAAUAUUGACAGCAUCAUUAGCACCUCAUGCCGCCUAGACUGCAAAAUUUCAGGCUCUCUUCCAAUGACUGUCUCAUGGUUUAAGCAAGAUACUGAGAUCACUUCAAGUGCCAAGUAUACAGUACACUUUGCAGAAGGCUCAGCAUCUUUGGAAAUAAAACACCUAGAUGCAAAUGAUGCUGGGGUCUACAUUUGCAGAGCCACCAACUCUGCUGGUAGCAAAGACAGCAGUAGCACUUUGUUUAUAAAAGAGCCACCCAGCUUCACUGUAGAACCAGAGUCUCAAGAUGUAUUGCCUGCAUCAACUGUACAUUUCAAAGGAAUGUUUAAAGGCACAACACCACUGACAGUGAAAUGGUUUAAAGGUGAUACUGAGCUGGUGACAGGAGGAUCCUGCUACAUUAUGACAGAAGCAUUAGCAAGUUACUUGGAGCUUUAUGCAGUCAAACCAACUGACUCUGGAAAAUACACCUGCAAAGUCUCCAAUGUAGCUGGUUCAGUAUCAUGCAGUGCAAACUUAUUUGUGAAAGAACCUGCUGCCUUCAAGGAGAAGCUAGAGCCGACUCAUCUCAUAAAGAAAGGUGGAUAUGCUGAACUGACCUGUGAAGUCACUGGUACUCCUGAGAUUAAAAUCACAUGGUUUAAGGAUGAUAGAGAGCUAAAAGAGAGUGACAAAUACAGGAUUUCUUUUACAAAAUCUUUGGCAAUACUCCGUGUUUCAGAGGUUGAUACUGAAGACAGCGGGGAAUACAUUUGCGAAGCGAAAAAUGACGCUGGAAAAGAUAUCUGCAGUAGCGUUGUUACAGUCAAAGAGUCACCUUAUUUUAGCAAGGAGUUUCAAUCCAUGGAAGUCUUGAAGGAUUCUGAUGUGGUUUUGGAGUGUGAGGUGCUUGGCACGCCUCCCUUUGAAGUGUUCUGGGUGAAAGAUGAUAAACCCGUGCGGAGCAGUAAGAAGCACAGAAUAAGCAUUGAGAAAUCUUUGAUUAGCCUCCACGUUUUCAGGUUUGAUGCUUCUGAUGUUGGGGAGUAUCACUGCAGAGUAACAAAUGAUGUUGGGAGCUGCCUCUGCCGUUCAGAGGUCACGCUGAAAGAGCCUCCACAAUUUUUGAAGAAGAUAGAAAACAUUAGCUCCCUUCGAGGGGGAACAGUUGUGUUUCAGGCUGCUAUUAAAGGUUCCUUGCCCAUCACUGUGUCGUGGUUGAAAGACAAUGAUGAAGUGAUUGAAGACAACAAUAUCAAAAUGACCUUUGUGAACAAUGUUGCCACUCUUAUGGUGAGAUCUAUUGAGCUGAAACAUGAUGGGAAAUAUUUCUGUCAGGCUAAAAACGAGGCAGGAAUUCAGAGGUGUUCUGCUCUGCUGACUGUCAAAGAACCUGCUACAAUUGUGGACAAGGCUGUGUCAAUAGAUGUGACUGAGGGAGACCCAGCAACCUUGCAGUGUAAAUUUUCAGGAACAAAACCUAUUACAGCCAAAUGGUUCAAAGAUGGCAAGGAACUGACGUUGGGCCCAAAAUAUAAGAUCAGUGUUACAGAUACCGUCUCAGUCUUAAAGGUGCUUUAUGCAGAUAAGAAAGAUAGCGGAGAAUACAUUUUUGAGGUUCAAAAUGAUGUUGGGAGCAGUAGCUGUUCUGCCAGCAUUAAUGUCCUAGAUCUCAUUAUACCACCUAAAUUCACCAAAAAACUCAAGAAAAUGGACAGCAUUAAGGGGUCUUUUGUCCACCUGGAGUGCAUAGUGUCUGGUUCGCAUCCUAUAAGUAUUCAGUGGUAUAAGGAUGGUCAAGAAAUAACAGCAAGUGAAAAGCACAAAUACUCUUUCCAUGAUAAUACUGCGUUUCUGGAAAUAAAUAAACUGGAAGGCACAGACAGUGGCUCUUACACUUGUGAAGCAACAAAUAAAGCAGGAAGCAGCCAAUGCAGCGGGUUUUUAACAGUAAAAGAGCCACCAUAUUUUGUGGAAAAGCCCCAGUCUCAAGAGGUUGUGCCCAAUGCUAGGGUUCAGUUCAAAGCGCUGGUGAAAGGGUCUACUCCUCUGCAGAUAAAGUGGUUUAAAGACAGCCAGGAGCUCCUAUCUGGAGCCAGUCGAUCUGUCUGGAAGGAUGACACUUCUAGUGUUCUGGAGCUCUUCUCAGCUAGGACAUCUGAUUCUGGGAACUACACUUGUCAGAUAAGCAAUGACGUGGGGACUGCAACCUGCAAAGCAACUCUGUUUGUAAAAGAGCCCCCCAGAUUUAUUCAGAUGCCAACUUCUGUAGUAGCUUUGCGUGAAGGACAGUCCACCACUUUUGAGUGCCAAGUAGUAGGCACGCCAGAGAUCCACAUUACAUGGUACCUGGAUGGAAAUGAAGUGACUGACAAAGCUAAGUACGGCAUCUCCUUCAUAGAUGGUUUAGCCACUUUGAGAGUCACUCAAGCCAGAGUAGCAGAUAGUGGGAUUUAUGUUUGUGAAGCCCACAAUGAUGCAGGUAGCGAGAGCUGCAGCGUCGAGCUGAAAGUAAAAGAGCCUCCAACCUUUGUUCGGGAGUUGCGUCCCACUGAGGUAGUGAAGGGCUCAGAGGCCACACUAGAGUGUGAGGUGUCUGGUACCCCUCCAUUUGAGGUGAAGUGGCUGAAGAACAAUAAGGAGAUGUUCAGCAGCAAGAAAUACACCAUCUCCACCAAAGAAUCAGUAUUUACUCUUACUGUGGCUAACUGUGACAUCUCGGAUGUUGGUGAAUAUCAGUGUAUUAUAUCCAAUGAAGGUGGGAGCUGUUCUUGCAGCACAAGACUCAGCUUAAAAGAACCACCAUCCUUCGUCAAGAAGCUGGAGAACGUCACUAGCGUUUUGAAGGGUGAUGCAUUCUUUCAGUGUGUCGUAGCAGGUGCUCAACCCCUAUCUGUGUCAUGGAUAAAAGAUGAGAAAAUACUAGAAGAUGAUGAGCAUCACCACAUUACCUUCGAGAACAGGGUGGCCACACUGAAGCUUACUAAUGUUGACCUCAGCCACAGAGGGAGAUACACCUGUCAGGCAAAGAAUGAAUCUGGCGUGGAGAAGUGUUUUGCUUUGCUUUUUGUACAAGAGCCUGCACAGAUCAUAGAAAAGGCUAAAUCACUUAAAGUCACUGAAAAAGACCCUGUGACUUUGGAGUGUACUGUGGCUGGGACACCAGAGCUCCGAAUAAGAUGGUACAAAGAUGGCAAGCAGCUCCUGCCCAGUAGAUACUACACAAUGAGCUUUGAAAACAAUGUGGCCAGUUUCAGGAUUGAACCUGUAUCAAAGGAGGAUAGUGGCACAUACAGUUUUAAGGUUGAAAAUGACUUCGGAAGUAGCACCUGUGAAGCUGUUCUGACUGUGCUAGAUCAAUCAAUUCCUCCUGUAUUUAUCAAAAAGCUAACCAAAAAGGAUACCAUUCUGGGAUCUUCUAUCCAAAUGGAGUGUAAAGUCUCUGGGUCACUCCCAAUUGUUGCAAAAUGGUUUAAGGAUGGAAAAGAAAUAACUGACAGUGCAAAAUAUAGAAGCCUGUGCCAUGAGAACACUAUGUCACUCGAGAUUGCUAACCUAGAGCUGGCAGACAGUGCAAAUUACACAUGCAGUGUCUCUAAUGUUGCUGGAAACGAUUCUUGCAGUGCUGUCCUGACUGUGAAAGAGCCACCAAGCUUCUUAGUAAAACCUGAAAGCCAGCAAGCCAUACCAGAUUCAACAGUGGAGUUUAAGGCCACACUGAAAGGAACACCACCCUUUACAAUAAAGUGGUUCAAAGAAGACUUAGAACUUGUAUCUGGUCCAACUUGUUUCAUUGGGAUUGAAGGUUCAACUGGGUUCUUAACCCUCUAUUCAGUGGAUUCUUCUAGGAGUGGGCACUACACUUGCCAUGUUUCAAACGAUGUUGGCAGUGACUCUUGCACUACAACACUGUUGGUAACAGAACCCCCCAAGUUUGCUAAGAAGCUAGAGGCAACAAAAGUAGUCAAGCAGGGUGAUUCAGCCCGGCUUGAGUGCAAAGUAAGUGGAUCUCCAGAGAUGAAAGUAGUGUGGUUCAGAAACGACCAUGAAAUAGUUGCCAGUGAAAAAUUCCGGACAUCAUUCAUUGACUCUGUGGCGGUGCUUGAAAUGAAUCAUCUCAGCACUGAUGAGAGCGGUGACUACAUCUGCGAAGCUCACAACCCUGCCGGCAAGGCCAGCUGUAGCACCAAAGUCACAGUGAAAGAACCUCCUGUCUUUAGCAGGAAGCCUUCUCCAGUAGACAUUGUCAGAGGCUCUGAGGUUAGCCUGGAAUGUGAGAUUUCAGGAACACCUCCAUUUGACGUUGCCUGGUACAAAGACAGGAGACAAAUCCGCAGUAGUAAGAAGUACAAGGUUACAGCCAAAAACUACCACACGAGCGUUCGCAUUCUUAAUGUCGAAGCUGCAGACGUUGGUGAAUAUCAGUGCAAAGCACAGAACGAUGUAGGAAGUGACACUUGUAUUUGCACUGUGAAGCUGAAAGAACCACCAAAAUUCUUGACUAAAAUAAACAGCAUGACAGUUGUGGUUGGUGAACCAGUAGAGUUACAAGCAAGAGUGGAGGGCUCCCAGCCAAUUUCUGUGCAGUGGCUUAAGGACAAAGAAGAAAUUAUCAGAGAAAGUGAGACCACAAAGAUCACAUUUAUAGAAAAUAUUGCAACUUUGCAAUUUGUGCGCACAGAGACCAGCAGUGCUGGAAAAUACACCUGUCAGAUCACAAAUGAUGCUGGAAGUCGCGAGUGUAUGGCUACCCUAACUAUUCUAGAGCCUGCAGUCAUUGUAGAGAAAGCAGAGCCAAUGAAAGUUACUAUAGGAGAUGCCUGUACUUUGGAAUGCAAAGUAGCAGGCACACCACAGCUUUCCACUGGGUGGUUCAAGGAUGGCAAAGAACUGACCAGCAGCCAAAAAUACAGAAUCACUUUCCUCAAUAAUGUAUCUACACUUAAAAUUAUGGAUGCAGAAAAGGAAGAUGGUGGAUUGUACACUUUUGCUGUGCAAAACGACGUGGGGAAAAGCAGUUGCACAGCAUCAGUUGAUGUUUUAGACCGAAUCAUUCCUCCUUCUUUCACAAGAAAACUAAAGGACAGCCCUUGUGUUCUGGGUUCCUCAGCACUGCUGGAAUGUAAAGUGUCAGGUUCACCUCCUAUUUCUGUUGCCUGGUUCCAAAAUGGACUUAAGCUAGUCAGUGGAGAAAAACAUCAAAUGUCCUUUUCAGAUAACCUAUGUGUUUUAGAAAUUAAUUCACUGAGUCACUCAGAUACUGGCACUUACACCUGCAAAGCUACCAACACAGCUGGCUCAGAUGAAUGCCGUGCUGUAUUGACUGUACAAGAGCCACCUUCUUUUGAGAGGACCCCAGAGCCUCUGGAUGUACUGCCAGGCACAAGCAUCACUUUCACAUGUGUUGUCAGAGGAACCCCUCCUUUUAAGGUUAACUGGUUUAGAGGGGCCAAUGAACUUGUGCCAGGGGACAAAUGCAAUAUCUACUUGGAGGAGUCCGUUGUGGAGCUUGAGUUAUUUGAUGUAACUCCUCCUCAAAGUGGAGAGUAUACUUGUCUAGUGACUAAUGAUGCUGGCAGGGUAAAUUGUACAACACACCUCACAGUAAAAGAGCCAGCUGUCUUUGUAAAGAAACUGAGUGAUCAGUAUGUGGAGCCUGGCAAGCCCAUCAUCCUAGAGGGCACUUACACAGGCAGCCUGCCCAUCUCUGUGACAUGGAAGAAGAAUGGCCACACCAUCACACAAUCUCAGAAGUGUAGCAUCACCACCACAGAGAAAUCCUGCAUCCUAGAAAUACUUGACAGCACCAAAGAAGAUGCAGGAGAAUACACUUGCCAUGUUGAAAAUGAGGCAGGAAGAGAUGUUUGUGAGGCUGUAGUCUCUACCCUAGAACCUCCCUACUUUGUUACACACUUGGAACCUCUUGAGGUGUCAGUUGGGUCUUACACAACAUUGCAAUGCCACGUUGCUGGAACACCAGAAAUUACUGUGUCUUGGUACAAAGGUGAUACGAAACUCAGGUCUACUCCUGAGUAUAAAGUUUUCUUUAAAGACAAUGUUGCUACACUUAUCUUCAACAAAGUGGCUAGCAGCGACAGUGGAGAAUAUAUCUGCAAGGCAGAAAACAGUGUAGGAACUGCAUCUACAAAGGCUCUCUUAACAGUUCAAGAACGCAAACAACCACCUUCCUUUGCAAGAAAAUUAAAGGACCUCGAGCACCCUGCUGGUUUGCCCCUUAAGCUCAUGUGUCGGCUCAAUGGCUCAGAGCCCAUUACUGUCACUUGGCACAAAGAUGGUGUGCUGCUAAAGGAUGACCACAAUGUGCACACAUCCUUUGUAGAUAAUGUUGCAGUGCUGCAACUGCUGCGAACCGAGAUGAAUCACACUGGGCAAUACACCUGCACAGCCACCAACUCUGUGGGCACUGCCACCUCAAGUGCUAGGCUCACAGUGGCAGAACCCAAGCAAGCACCUGUCUUCGACAUCAAACCAGAAUCUAUUGAUGUGCCUUUUGGAGAAAGUGCUGAUUUUGAAUGCCAUGUUACGGGAGCCCAGCCAAUACACAUAACGUGGUCCAAGGAUGGUCGGGAGAUCCGAACUGGAGGAAAUUUCAAUAUUACAUUCACAGCCAACACAGCUCACCUUCGAGUGCUCAGAGUGGGUAAAGGAGACUCUGGCCAAUAUACUUGCCAAGCUAGUAAUGAAGCUGGGAAAGACUUCUGCUCAGCCCAACUCAGCGUCAAAGAACCUCCCAAGUUCAUCAAGAAGCCUGAAGCUUUGCGGUUCGUGAAGCAGGGGGACACAGUUCAGCUUGAAUGUAAAAUCAGUGGCACACCAGAGAUCAGAAUCGUGUGGUACAAAAACGAUCAGGCACUCCAGGCAAGCGACAGGCUGCACAUGUCCUUUGUAGACUCUGUGGCAACGCUGACCAUCCUGGGUGCCACUGCUGAAGAUGCUGGGGAUUACAUCUGCGAAGCCCACAACUCUGCAGGCACAGCCAGCUGCAGCACUUCAGUCACAGUGAAAGAACCACCUGUUUUUAGCAAGGUGCCAAGCCCUGUGGACACUCUUAAAGGCUCAGAUGUUAUCCUUCAGUGCGAGAUAGCAGGGACCCCACCCUUUGAGGUGGCUUGGUUCAAGGACCGGAGGCAGGUCAGGAGCAGCAAGAAGUUCAAGGUGACAGCAAAGCACUCCAUUGCCAGUCUUCAUAUUCUCAAUUUGGAAGCUCAAGACACUGGAGAAUACCAAUGCAAAGCUAUGAAUGAGGUGGGAAGCGACACUUGCACCUGCCCAGUGAAAUUCAAAGAACCUCCACGGUUCGCCAAGAAGCUGAGUGACACGGCAAUCUUCAUUGGGGAGCCAACAGCCCUGCAGGCAGUAGUGGAAGGAUCCCCACCAAUUUCUGUUGUCUGGCUCAAGGAUAAGGGUGAAGUUAUUAGGGAGAGUGAAAAUGUUCAGAUGUGGUUUAUGGACAACAUUGCAACUCUUGAGAUUGCCAGUGCAGAGGGAACUGACGUUGGGAAGUACAUCUGUCAGAUCAAAAAUGACGCUGGCAUGCGGGAGUGCUCUGCCUUUUUACAGGUCCUAGAACCAGCAGUCAUCUUAGAGAAGACCGAGCCGAUCACAGUAAUGGCUGGCAAUCCUUUUACCUUGGAGGUCAAAGUAGGAGGAACACCUGAGCUUAUCACCAAGUGGUACAAAGAUGGCAGAGAACUAAAGAGUGACCGCAAAUACCAAAUUUCCUUUUUCAACAAUAUAUCCACUUUGAAAGUCUUUUCUGCAGACAGGGGAGACAGGGGCUUGUAUACUUUUGAGGUGCACAAUGAAGUGGGGGACAGCAGCUGCACUUCUUCAGUUGAUGUUUCAGAUCGCCUCGUUCCUCCUUCAUUCUCAAGAAAACUAAAGGAAACAAAUGGGGUGCUGGGAUCCUCUGUGCUGCUGGAGUGCAAAGUAUCUGGCACAGCUCCCAUAUCUGUGUCUUGGUUUCAAGAUGGGAAUGAGAUUGUUAGUGGAGAAAAACAUGAAAUCUCAUUCUUGGAUAAUGUUUGUGCUUUGAAGUUGAAUGCCCUGGAUGUCACAGAUACAGGGUCAUAUACAUGUGUGGCAGCCAACGUGGCUGGGUCUGAUGAAUGCAGUGCCUUCUUGACUGUACAAGAACCACCUUCUUUUGUGAAGACACCUGAUCCCCAGGAAGUUUUGCCUGGAUCAAAUGUGACUUUCACCGGCUACAUCAAGGGCAGUACUCCCUUCAAAGUGACCUGGUUCCGAGGCAUCAGGGAGCUGGUGCCAGACAGCAACUGCUCCAUCUCUCUCCAUGAGUCUGUGGCACAGCUGCAGCUGUACAACGUGGAGCCAGGCCACAGUGGGGACUAUGCCUGUGUGGUCACAAAUGAUGCUGGCAGUGCCUCAUGUACAACACAGCUCUUUGUGAAAGAGCCUGCAGUCUUUGUGAAGAAAUUAAGUGAUUUCAGUGUGGAGCAGGGGAAGUCCAUUGUGCUGGAAAGCAGCUACAUUGGCACCCCUCCCAUCUCUGUCACCUGGAAGAGAAAUGGGAUGCCCAUUUCUCAGUCUCAACGCUGCACUGUUACAACUACUGAAAAAUCUGGCAUUCUUGAAAUCUUCAACAGCACAAAGAACGAUGAAGGCGAAUAUACCUGUGAGGUGGCAAAUGAGGCGGGUGGGGAUGUUUGCCACAGCCUUGUCUCCAUCUUAGAACCACCUUAUUUUGUCACGCACCUGGACCGUGUGGAGGUGAAGGUUGGCGAGCCCUUGACCUUAAAAUGCCAGAUUGGCGGUUCACCAGAAAUCAAGGUGUCCUGGUACAAAGAUGACACCAAACUCAGAUCAACACAGGCUUACAAAAUGCACUUCAAGAACAAUGUGGCAACACUGGCAUUCUCUGCUGUAGAGGAUAGCAACAUUGGAGAAUAUAUCUGCAAAGCAGAAAAUAGCAUCGGCUUUGCCACCUCCACAGCUUUGCUUGUUGUUAAAGAACGUCAACUUCCCCCGACAUUCACCAGAAAACUUAAAGAUAUUCAGGAGGUGGUUGGUGCCCCGGUGACAUUUGACUGCCGCAUAACUGGCUCAGAGCCUAUCCAGGUGUCUUGGUACAAGGAUGGGGCUCUCUUAAGCGACACUGAUAACAUGCAAUCAGCCUUCUUAAAUAAUGUUGCGACUUUACAGAUCUUAGAAACUAGUAUGGAUUACUGUGGCCAAUAUACUUGCUCAGCCCAAAAUGCUCUGGGGACUGCCUCUUCCAGUGCCAAACUUCUCCUUACAGAACACCUACGACCUCCCUUCUUUGAUGUCAAGCCAGUAUCAAUCGAUGUGGCACUAGGGGAAAGCGCAACCUUCAAGUGCCACUUGACUGGUUCUGCUCCCAUGAGGAUUACUUGGACCAGAGACAACAGAGAGAUUCGUCCAGGUGGCAACUACAAAAUGACACUGGUGGAAAACACGGCCAGCUUGACAGUCCUCAAAGUUGGUAAAGGGGAUGCUGGACUCUACACCUGCACUGCCAGCAACAGUGUUGGAAAGGACGCAUGCGCAGCUCAGCUGGCUGUACAAGAACCACCAAGGUUUAUUAAGAAACUAGACUCCUCAAAACUUGUGAAAGAGCACGAUUCCACAACGUAUGAAUGCAAAAUAGGUGGAUCUCCAGAAAUCAAAGUCACCUGGUACAAAGGUGAAACUGAAAUCCAUCCCAGUGAAAAAUACAGAAUGUCUUUUGUGGACUCAGUGGCAGUCAUUGAAAUGCACAACCUCGGUGUUGAAGACAGCGGUGACUACACUUGUGAAGCUCAGAAUCCAGCGGGUAGUGCAAGCACCAGUACUACACUGAGAGUAAAAGCACCCCCUCUUUUUACCAAGAAGCCUCGUCCAGUUGAGACCUUGAAAGGGUCUGAUAUUCAUCUGGAGUGUGAGCUUCAGGGCACUCCUCCAUUCCAGAUUUCAUGGUAUAAAGACAAACGAGAAAUUCGGAGCAGCAAGAAGUAUAAGGUCAUGUCUGAGAACUACAUAGCUAGCCUUCACAUUCUCAGUGUGGAUACUGCAGAUGUUGGUGAAUACCACUGUAAGGCUGUAAAUGAUGUGGGAAGUGACUCUUGUAUUGGCUCUGUAACACUAAGAGCACCACCAACCUUUGUGAAGAAGCUGAGUGAUCUCACUGUCGUAGUUGGGGAGUCGAUUGAACUGCAGGCGACAGUACAAGGAUCACAGCCCAUUUCUGUUCUGUGGUUAAAAGACAAAGGGGAAAUCAUCAGAGAAAGUGAUAAUCUUUGGAUCUCCUACUCAGAAAACAUUGCAACUCUGCAGAUUGGAAAUGCAGAACCAACCAAUGCUGGGAAAUACAUUUGUCAGAUAAAAAAUGAUGCUGGAGUUCAGGAAUGCUUUGCCAUGCUGAAAGUGCUAGAACCUGCAGUCAUUGUAGAGAAGCCAGGCCCAGUCAAAGUCACAGCCGGAGACUCUUGUACUCUGGAAUGCACAGUAGAUGGCACACCAGAGCUUACUGCUAGGUGGUUUAAGGAUGGUAAUGAGCUGUCCACUGACCAUAAAUAUAAAAUCAGUUUCUUCAACAAAGUAUCUGGGCUUAAGAUCCUCAAUGCAACACUAGAAGACAGUGGAGAAUAUACUUUUGAGGUGAAAAACAGUGUCGGUAAAAGCAGCUGCACAGCUUCAGUGCAUGUUUCAGAUCGUAUUAUACCUCCUUCUUUCACAAGAAAACUGAAAGAAACUUAUGGUCAGCUGGGUUCUUCUGCUGUACUGGAGUGCAAAGUUUAUGGGUCACCACCCAUUCUUGUUUCCUGGUUUCAUGAUGGACAAGAGAUUACCAGUGGAGAGAAGUAUCAGGCUACUCUUACAGACAAUACCUGUUCUCUGAAAGUGAAUGGACUUCAGGAGUCUGAUAUGGGAACUUAUUUGUGCACAGCUACUAAUGUAGCUGGGUCUGAUGAAUGCAGCGCAUUUUUGAGUGUUAUAGAACCACCAUCUUUUGUGAAGAAACCUGAACCACUGGAUGUUUUAUCUGGGGCAAACAUAACCUUUACUAGUAUCGUAAAAGGUUCCCCUCCAUUGGAAGUUAAAUGGUUCAGAGGCAGCAUUGAGCUAGUACCAGGACCCAGAUGCAAUAUCACCUUGCAAGAUUCAGUUGCAGAAUUGGAACUAUUUGAUGUACCACCACUUGAGAGUGGAGACUACACCUGCCAGGUCUCUAAUGAGGCAGGGAAAAUUUCUUGCACAACACAUCUUUUUGUCAAAGAACCAGCCAAAUUUGUGAAGAAGGUCAAUGAUUUAAAUGUAGAGAAAGGGAAAAAUUUAAUCUUGGAAUGCACAUAUGUGGGUACUCCACCGAUUUCAGUGACAUGGAAGAAAAAUGGAGUGAAAAUAAUGCACUCUGAAAAGUGUAGCAUCACCACUACAGACACAUCUGCCAUACUGGAAAUCCCUAGCAGCAAACUAGAAGACCAGGGGCAAUAUUCUUGUCAUAUUGAAAAUGAUUCUGGGAAAGAUACUUGUCAUGGUACAAUCACAAUACUAGAACCACCUUACUUCAUUACACCCUUGGAGCCAGUGCAGGUGACUGUUGGGGAUUCUGCAUCCUUACAGUGCCAGGUUGCUGGAACACCAGAAAUGAUUGUGUCAUGGUACAAAGGUGAUACAAAGCUGAGAGGAACUGCUACUGUGAAAAUGCACUUUAGGAACCAAAUUGCUACUCUGGUUUUCAGCCAGGUAGACAGUAGUGACAGUGGGGAGUACAUCUGCAAAGUAGAAAACUCUGUUGGGGAGGCUUCUUCAUCAUCUUUGCUUACAGUUCAAGAGCGUAAACUUCCUCCUUCUUUUACACGAAAAUUAAGAGACGUUCAUGAAACUGUUGGCUUACCAGUCGUGUUUGAUUGUGGCAUUGCUGGCUCCGAACCCAUCGAAGUAUCUUGGUUUAAAGACGGCGCGCGUGUAAAAGAGGACUACAAUGUUCACACGUCCUUUGUAGAUAAUGUAGCAACCCUCCAGAUUUUGAAGACAGAUAGGAGCCUUAUUGGGCAAUACACCUGCACAGCUGUCAAUGCUAUUGGGACUGCUUCUUCUAGUGGCAGGCUUGUCCUUACAGAGGGGAAAACUCCUCCAUUCUUUGACAUCCCACUUGCACCUGUGGAUGGCAUUAUUGGAGAAAGUGCUGAUUUUGAGUGUCACGUUUCUGGAACACAGCCUAUUAGAGUCACUUGGGCAAAAGAUGACCAAGAAAUUAGAACAGGAAAGAACUAUCAGAUCAGUUAUGUAGACAACACAGCCCAUCUGACCAUCUUGAGAGUUGACAGGGGAGAUUCUGGAAGAUAUACAUGCUAUGCUAGCAAUGAAGUUGGAAAGGACUCUUGCACAGCUCAACUGGCUGUUAAAGAACGAAAAACUCCUCCUACUUUUACUAAGAAACUGUCUGAAGCAGUAGAAGAAACAGAAGGGAAUGAACUUAAACUUGAGGGUCGUGUUUCCGGUUCUCAGCCUUUGACUGUUGCUUGGUAUAAAAACAAUCAGGAAGUCCAUUCAAGCGCUCACUGUGAAUUAUCUUUCAAAAACAAUGCCUUGCUUUUACAUAUCAAGACUGUAGAGCAAUCAGAUGCUGGUUUAUACACCUGUAAAGUGUCCAACGAAGCAGGAAGCGUGUUGAGUACAUCUUCUGUUGUUAUCAGAGAACCCCAAAAGCCUCCAGUUUUUGACCAGCCUCUUCAGCCAGCAGCAGCAGAGGAAGGUGAUACCCUGCAGCUUAGCUGUCAUGUCCAGGGAUCACAGCCAAUCCGGAUCCAGUGGCUGAAGGCAGGAAGAGAAAUAAGAGCCUCAGACAAAUGCAACUUCAGUUUUGCUAAUGGAGUAGCUCUCCUAGAACUUGCUGCAGUUACCAAAUCAGAUUCAGGAGAAUAUGUAUGCAAAGCUUCAAAUGCAGCUGGCACUGAUACUUGCAAAUCUAAAGUGACAGUCAAAGAAAAACCGGCAGCUGCUCCAGCAGCUAAGAAAGCAGAAGUGGAAGGCAAACUUUAUUUUGUGUCAGAGCCUCAGAGUAUCAAAGUCAUGGAAAAGACCGUUGCAACAUUUACUGCAAAAGUUGGAGGAGAUCCAAUUCCAAAUGUUAAGUGGAUGAAGGGAAAAUGGAGGCAACUCAACCAGGGAGGCCGCAUUAUAAUCCAGCAGAGAGGAGAUGAAGCCAAACUAGAAAUAAAGGACACAAUAAAAACUGACUCGGGCAUGUACAAAUGUGUUGCUUUUAACCAACAUGGUGAAAUUGAGAGGAGUGUAAACCUGCAAGUUGAAGAAAGAAAGACAGAAGUUGUUGAAGGGGAUCUCAGGGCAAAACUAAAAAGCACUCCAACAAAAAGAAAAGAGGAGGAAGAGCAACCUAUUGAUAUCUUGGAACUUCUCAAAAAUGUAGAUCCCAAAGAAUAUGAGAAAUAUGCUCGCAUGUAUGGAAUUACAGAUUUCCGUGGCCUCCUGCAAGCUUUUGAGUUACUAAAGCAAACCCAGGCAGAAGAAAGCCACAGAUUGGAAAUUGAGCUCACAGAGAAAGCUCAAAGGGAAGAUCAGGAAUUUGAUGAACUUGUAGCUUUUAUUCAGCAACGACUCACACAAACAGAGCCUAUUACUCUGAUCAAAGACAUUGAAAAUCAGACGGUUUUAGCAGAUGAGGAUGCUAUCUUUGAAUGUGAGAUUAAGAUUAACUAUCCAGAAAUUAAACUGUCAUGGUACAAGGGAACACAGAAACUGGACUCCAAUGACAAAUAUGAAAUUAGAAUUGAAGGUGAUCGCCACAUACUGAGAAUUAGAAACUGCCAGCCUGAAGAUCAAGGAAAUUUCAGAAUAGUGUGUGGACCACAUAUUGCCAGUGCCAAGCUAACUGUGAUUGAACCUGCAGUUGAGCGGCAUCUUCAUGACACCACUUUCAAGGAAGGAAAAACAUGCACACUGACUUGUCAGUUCUCUAUCCCAAAUGCCAAGUCUCAGUGGUAUAGGAAUGGGAGACCCAUUAAGAUAGGAGGGAGAUAUUCAACACAAGUCUCUGACAAAGUGCACAAACUCAUCAUCAAGGAUGUUAGAACGGAAGACGAGGGACAGUAUACCUGCAAGCUUGACAGUCUAGAAACAACGGCAGAUCUGGCCAUUGAAGCGGAACCAAUUCAGUUCACCAAGAGCAUACAGAACAUCGUUGUGAGUGAACACCAGUCUGCAACCUUCGAGUGCGAGGUGUCUUUUGAUGAUGCAGUUGUGACGUGGUAUAAAGGCCCCACUGAACUGAGAGAGAGUCCCAAGUACAGCUUCAGAAGUGAAGGUCGUUGCCAUUAUAUGACUAUCCACAAUGUUAAUGCAGAUGAUGAAGGUGUUUAUUCUGUAAUUGCUCGUCUUGAACCAAGAGGAGAAGCAAGAAGCACUGCAGAGCUCUAUCUUGUAACCAAAGAAAUCAAACUGGAGUUGAAGCCACCAGAUGUUCCUGAUGCCAAGGUUGCAGUUCCACCUCAGAAACCAGCUGAAGCUGCCCCUAUUCCCAUUCUUCUGCCUCUUGUUCCACCUCCAGAGAAGAAAAAGCCAGAGAAAAAGGUUCCAUUAAAGAAAGUCCCCCAAAAGGUGGUUAAAAAAGCUCCUGAAGAAGUCCUGCCACCUAAAGCUCCUGAGGUGCUACCAGAGAAGCCCAAAGAGGUCAAAAUAACAUCCAUGGCAAGGAGAGAAGAGAUACGUGAAGAAAAGAAAAUACAAGAAACGCCCAAAGAAAUUUAUGAAGAAUGGGAGGAAGAUUAUGGUGAAGACCAUGACUAUUAUGUCAAGGAAGAGGGCUAUGAUGAAGGGGAAGAGGAAUGGGAAGAAGCUUAUGAGAAAAAAGAAGUGACUUAUGAAGAAAAAAGAAUAAUUCAUGAAGAAGUGACUGAAGUUCCUAAGAAAACUGUGCCUGAGCGAAAACCACCAGCCAUUAUAGCUGAAAAGAAGGAAAAGAAGGAAGUAACUGUUCAAAAAGUUGUCAAGAAACCUGUCGAUGAAAAAGUGGAGGUAACCACUCAGAGGGUUGCAGAAGAAAAAGUCAAAAGGGCUGAGGUUACCAAGAAAGUUCUGCCACCAAAACCUACACCAGCGGUCAUCGAGGAAAAAGUUAUGAAAAAGGAAGUACCAACAGUAGAAACAUGGACUGUUUCAGAAGAAAAGAUGUCAGUUUCUGUCCACAGAGAAGAAGAGUAUUCAUAUGAUGUUACAGAGCCAACAGAGCAUGAGAAAACAGUUGAAGAAAGAUUCUUUGAAGCUGUUUACCCAAUUGAAGCGCAUAGAGAGGUCGAGGAGGAGGAAGAAGUUGUUUCUACGGAACUGGAGAUCUCUCAUGUUGAAGUGCCUGAGAUACCAAAGAGGCGUGUUCCAGAAGAAAGAAAGCCUGUUCCUGUGCCUAAAGCAGAAGCUCCAUCAGCUAAAGCUCCUGAGGCAAGGAAGAAAGUUGUGGCUGCAAAACCUGGUGAACCUCCGAAAUUGGAACCUCCACCUGCUAAAGUGCCUGGACUUGUAAAGAAACCUCGGAAAGUCAUUCCUGAGCCUACUCCCCCACCAAAAGAAGAAGUUGUUUUGAAAAGAGUUCUUAAAAAGAAACCUGAAGAGGAAGAACCUAAACCAGAAAAAGAGCCUAAACCAGAAGUUAAACCAGUACCUACACCAAUAGAAAAAAUUAAGAAACCUGAAGUCCCAGAAGUUCCUACAAAGAAAACUGAGAUACCUGCCAUAAAAAAAGAGGAGAAACCUGUGCUUGAACCAACAAAAGCUAUAAAAUCUCCAAAACCAGCUGAAGAACCCACUGUUACUGCUCCAGUGACAGCUCCAGUUGUUGGAAAGAAAGCAGAGGCCAAGCCACCAAAAGAAGAAUCUCCGAAGGGUAUCAGUCCAGUCAAAGGGAUGUCCAAGAAGACACCUUCACCAGCAGAUGCAGAAAGAAGGAAACUCAGGCCAGGCAGCGGUGGUGAAAAACCUCCUGAAGAGCCUCCAUUUACUUACCAACUCAAGGCUGUACCACUGAAGUUUGUCAAGGAGAUGAAAGAUAUAGUGCUAAAGGAAGCUGAGUCUGUUGGGUCUUCUGCAAUCUUUGAAGUCCUAAUUUCACCAUCCACUGCAAUUACCAGCUGGAUGAAAGAUGGAAGCAAUAUCCGAGAGAGCCCAAAACACAAGUUUAUUGCUGAUGGCAAAGAUAGGAAGCUGCAUAUUAUUGAUGUCCAGCUGUCUGAUGCUGGUGAAUAUACUUGUGUAUUAAAACUGGGGAACAAAGAGAAGACCUCUACAGCCAAACUUAUUGUUGAAGAACUCCCCGUGCGGUUUGUGAAAACCCUUGAAGAAGAAGUGACUGUCAUUAAAACCCAGCCACUGUACUUAACUUGUGAGCUUAACAAAGAAAGAAAUGUGGUCUGGAGAAAGGAUGGUAAAAUCAUCAAAGCCAAGCCUGGGAAAUUUGCUCUGGGUGUUAUUGGUUUGUCACAUUCCCUCACAGUCACGGAUUCGGAUGAUGCUGAUGCUGGCACUUACACUGUUACCGUGGAAGACUCUGAACUGUCAUGCUCAUCUUGUGUCAAGGUAGUAGAAGUUAUAAGGGACUGGUUAGUAAAACCCAUAAGAGACCAGCAUGUUAAACCGAAAGGAACAGCUACUUUCAGCUGUGACAUUGUCAAGGAUACACCAAACAUUAAAUGGUUCAAAGGAGAUGAGGAAAUCCCUGCUGAACCCACUGACAAGACAGAAAUCUUGAAAGAAGGAAAUAAAAUUUUCCUGAAAAUCAAGAAUGCUGGUCCUGCUGAUAUUGGAGAAUAUGCAGUGGAAGUUGAAGGUCGCAGAUACCCAGCUAAACUGACCCUUGGUGAACGUGAAGUUGAGCUUCUGAAGCCAUUAGAGGAUGUUACAGUUUAUGAGAAGGAAACAGCAAGCUUUGAUACAGAAAUAUCUGAAGAUGAUAUUCCUGGUGAAUGGAAGCUGAAAGGAGAAGUCCUGAGACCUUCGCCUACGUGUGAAAUCAAAGCCGAAGGAGGAAAACGCUUCCUAACCUUACACAAAGUCAAGUUAGAGCAAGCUGGCGAAGUCCUUUACCAGGCCCUGAAUGCUGUCACUACAGCCAUCCUGACAGUAAAAGAAAUUGAAUUGGACUUCGCUGUGCCCCUGAAAGAUGUCACUGUUCCUGAGAAGCGCCAAGCAAGGUUUGAGUGUGUCCUUACCAGAGAGGCCAAUGUUAUAUGGUCUAAGGGCACUGAUAUAAUCAAGGUUGGAGAAAAAUUUGACAUCAUUGCAGAUGGAAAGAAGCACAUUCUUGUUAUCAAUGAUUCACAGUUUGAUGAUGAGGGAGAGUACACUGCUGAAGUUGAUGGCAAAAAGAGCACAGCAAGACUGUUUGUGGAAGGUGUGAGGCUGAAGUUCAUAUCACCUCUGCAGGAUCAAACAGUGAAAGAGGGGGAAACAGCCCACUUUCAGUUUGAGCUUUCUCAUGAAGACAUGCCUGUGAAAUGGUUCAAAAAUGACAAGAGACUUCACACAAGCAGAACAGUUUUGAUUACUUCAGAAGGCAAAGUCCAUAAACUAGAAAUGAGAGAAGUAACACUUGAUGAUAUCUCAGAAAUAAAGGCUGUAGUCAAGGACAUGAACACACAAGCCAACCUGAAAGUCUUAGAGGCCGACCCAUAUUUCACUGUGAAAUUACAAGACUACAGUGCUGUAGAGAAAGAUGAUAUUACACUGGAGUGUGAACUUAGCAAAGAUGUGCCAGUAAAAUGGUACAAAGAUGGUGAAGAACUAAUAGCUUCCAACAGAAUUUCCAUUAAAACGGAUGGCUUACGCCGUAUCCUGAAGAUCAAGAAGGCUGCAGAGAGUGACAAAGGUGUUUAUGAGUGUGACUGUGGAACCGACAAGACAAGCGCCAAUAUCAGCGUGGAGUCUCGCUUAAUUAAAGUGGAGCGCCCACUGUAUGGAGUGGAAGUAUUUGUUGGUGAAACAGCACGCUUUGAAAUUGAAAUUUCUGAGCCUGAUGUCCAUCCUGUAUGGAAGCUAAAAGGAGAAACUCUAACACCUUCACCUGACUGUGAAAUCAUUGAAGAUGGGAAGAAGCAUAUUCUUGUCCUUCAUAACUGUAACCUUGAUAUGACUGGAGAAGUGUCUUUCCAAGCUGCCAAUGCUAAAAGUGCUGCUAAUCUGAAAGUGAAAGAACUGCCUCUUAUCUUCAUCACUCCCCUAAGUGAUGUGAAGGUCUUUGAGAAGGAUGAAGCUAAGUUUGAAUGUGAGGUAUCCAGAGAGCCCAAGACUUUCCGCUGGUUGAAAGGAACAGAAGAGAUCACUCCUGAUGAAAAAUUCGAAAUCAUUUCAGACGGAACAAAGCAUGCUCUGAUUAUUAAAUCUGUUGCCUUUGAGGAUGAAGUAAAAUACACAUUUGAAGCUGAGGAUAAAAGAACAAGUGCCAAGCUAAUUAUUGAAGGCAUCCGCCUGAAAUUCAUCACUCCUCUCAAGGAUGUAACAAAGAAGGAGAGAGAAACUGCAGAGUUCACUGUGGAACUCUCCCAUGAAAACAUCACUGUGGUCUGGUUCAAGAAUGACCAACGAUUACAUACCAGCAAAGUGGUUUCAAUGACAGAUGAUGGCAAAUUCCAUACACUCACAAUCAAAGAUCUUACUAUUGAUGAUACUUCUCAGAUAAAAGUGGAAGCUAUGGGCAAAUCCUCAGAAGCUAAACUCACUGUUCUUGAGGGAGACCCUUAUUUCACUGGGAAGCUGCAGGAUUACACUGCUGUGGAGAAAGAUGAAGUAAUCUUACAAUGUGAAAUCAGCAAAGCAGAUGCCCCAGUGAAAUGGAUGAAGGAUGGCAAGCCAAUUACUGCAUCAAAGAAUGUCGUUAUUAAGGCAGAUGGCAAAAAGAGAAUCCUUAUUCUCAAGAAAGCUUUGAAGAAAGACAUUGGACAGUACACUUGUGACUGUGGUACUGACCAAACCUCUGCUAAACUUGAUAUUGAAGACCGGGAUAUUGAGAUUGUGCGACCGCUAUACAGUGUGGAGGUGAUUGAGACAGAGACUGCCCGUUUUGAUAUUGAAAUCUCUGAGGAAGGUGUCCAUGGCAAUUGGAAGCUAAAAGGAGAACCUCUGACUGAAUCAGCUGAAUGUGAAAUCAAGGAGGAAGGAAAAAAGCACUUCCUUACACUGUACAAUGUACGCUUGGAUCAAGCUGGUGGAGUAGAUUUUCAAGCAGCAAAUGCCAAGUCUGGUGCUCACCUUCGAGUGAAACCUCGAGUAAUUGGCUUGCUGAGACCCCUCAAGGAUGUAACAGUGACAGCUGGGGAAUCAGCAACCUUCGAUUGCGAACUCUCUUAUGAGGGAAUCCCAGUAGAAUGGUUCCUGAAAGGAAAGAAACUGGAGCCCAGUGAUCAGGUUGUGACUCGUGCUGAAGGGAGAGUUCACACACUUAUUCUCAGAGACGUCAAGUUAACAGAUGCAGGAGAGGUAUCACUGACAGCAAAAGAUUUCAGAACCCAAGCAAAUCUUUUUGUGAAAGAACCCCCAGUUGAAUUUACUAAACCACUUGAGGACCAGACUGUGGAAGAGGAAGCCACUGCAGUACUGGAAUGUGAAGUCUCCAGGGAAAAUGCAAAAGUUAAAUGGUUCAAAAAUGGCGAAGAAAUUCACAAAUCAAAGAAGUAUGAUAUCAUUUCUGAAGGCAGAGUCAGAAAACUCAUCAUCCGUGGCUGCACACUGGAUGAUGCAAAAACAUAUGCCUGUGAUGCUAAGGACUUUAAGACAUCAUGUUUCCUCAAUGUGGAGCCUAUUCGUGUCGACUUCCUGAAACCCCUGACUGACCUUGAGGUUAAAGAAAAAGAAUCUGCUCGGUUUGAAUGUGAAAUUUCUCGUCCAAAUGUCAAGGUGAAGUGGUUUAAGGAUGGCAUGGAAAUUAGAAAAGGCAAGAAGUAUGACAUAAUUUCUAAAGGUGCAGAACACAUUCUUGUCAUCAAUAAAUGUGUCUUUGAUGAUGAAGCUGAAUAUUCCUGUGAAGCAAAAACAGCUCGAACGUCCGGCCUACUUACAGUGAUAGAGGAAGAGGCUGUUUUCACAAAAAAUCUUCCUGAUCUUGAAGUAAAUGAAAAUGACACUGUAAAAUUGAUCUGUGAAGUUUCAAAGCCUAAUGCUGAAGUUACUUGGCUUAAAGGAGAUGAAGAGGUGCCUGAUGGUGGUAGAUUUGAACACAUUUCUGAUGGUAGAAAGAGAAUUCUUGUUAUACAUAAUGCUCAUCCUGAAGAUGCUGCCAAAUAUACUUGCAAGCUCCCAAGCUCUAGUACAACAGGAAAACUUACUGUACAUGAACUUGCAGCAGAAUUUCUUACCAGACCACAAAACCUUGAGGUGCUUGAAGGAGAAAAAGCUGAAUUUGUCUGUUCAGUAUCCAAAGAAGCCAUCACAGUACAGUGGCUAAGGGGUGACACAGUCCUGGAGCCUGGUGAUAAGUAUGACAUCAUUUCAGAUGGCAAAAAGAGAACACUUGUGGUUAAAGAAUCUGUUCUAGGAGAUACAGGAAUGUAUACUGUCAUGGUUGGUGAAGCUAAAGCUACAGCACACUUAGCAGUGAUUGAAAAACUCAAGAUUAUAACUCCUCUUAAGGACCAAGAAGUUACUGAGUGUCAAGAAAUUAUCUUCAACUGUGAAGUCAAUAAAGAAGGUGCCAAAGAGAAGUGGUACAAAAAUGAUGAGGCAAUAUUUGAUAGUGCAAAGUACAUUAUUGUUCAGAAGGGUGUAGUCUACACUCUCAGAAUCAGAGAUGCAGAGUUGAAAGAUGAAGCUACCUACACCAUCUCACUGACAAACCAGAGAGGUGAACACGUUAAAAGCUCUGCUGCUUUAAAAGUAUUAGAGGAGGAUCUCAGAAUUGUUGAGCCCCUUGAAGACAUUGAGACCAUGGAAAAGAAAACUGUCACAUUCUGGUGCAAAGUCAAUCGCCUUAAUGCAACUCUCAAAUGGACAAAGAAUGGAGAGGAGAUCACAUUUGACAGGCGCGUUUUGUACAAAAUUGACAAAUUCAAGCACUCAUUGAUCAUUAAAGACUGUGGGUUUGUAGAUGAAGGCGAAUACACUGUUACUGCUGGACAAGACAAAUCAGUUGCAGAGCUUCUCAUCACAGAAGCACCAGCAGACUUCACUGAACAUCUUCAGGACCAGACUGUCACUGAAUUUGAUGAUGCUGUCUUUACAUGCCAGCUUUCCAAAGAGAAAGUCAGUGUAAAAUGGUACAGAAAUGGAAGAGAAAUCAAAGAAGGCAAAAAAUACCAAUUUGAAAAGGAUGGAAAUCUGCACAGGUUAAUCAUAAAAGACUGUAGACUAGAUGAUGAGUGUGAAUAUUCCUGUGGAGUGGAUGACAGGAGAUCUAGGGCAAGACUUUUUGUUGAAGAAAUCCCUGUUGAGAUUAUUCGACCACCACAAGAUAUUUAUGAAGCACCUGGUGCAGAUGUCAUCUUCAUGGCUGAAUUGAACAAAGAUGGUGUGGAGGUCAAGUGGUUGAGAAACAACAUGAUUAUCAUCCAAGGUGACAAACAUCAGAUGAUGAGUGAAGGAAAGGUCCACAGGCUGCAGGUGUGUGACAUAAAGCCCCGUGACCAAGGGGAAUACAGAUUUAUCGCCAAAGACAAGGAAGCUAGAGCUAAACUUGAAUUAGCUGCUGCACCUAAAAUCAAGACUGGUGAUCAAAACCUUGUGGUUGAUGUUGGAAAACCUUUAACUAUGACUGUCCCAUAUGAUGCCUACCCAAGAGCAGAAGCUGAAUGGUUUAAAGCAGGAGAAAGUCUGCCCACAACAACUGUUGAUACAACAACUGACUGCACUACCUUCAAAAUUUAUGAAGCAAAGAAAUCAGAUAAGGGAAGGUACAGGAUUGUGCUUCGAAACAAACAUGGCCAGGCAGAAGCAUUCAUCAAUGUAGAGGUCAUUGAUGUUCCAGGUCCAGUGAGAAACUUGGAAGUCACUGAAACCUAUGAUGGUGAAGUUGGUCUCGCGUGGCAAGAACCAGAAAGUGAUGGUGGAAGUAAAAUCAUAGGCUACGUUGUUGAAAGACGUGAUAUCAAGCGUAAGACCUGGAUUGUGGCCACAGAUCGUGCUGAAAAUUGUGAAUACACUGUUACUGGACUUCAGAAAGGGGGAGUUGAGUACCUCUUCCGUGUCAGUGCACGCAACAGAGUGGGCACUGGUGAGCCAGUGGAAACAGACACACCUGUGGAAGCUAAGAGCAAAUUUGAUGUUCCUGGUCCUCCUCAAAAUGUAGAAGUUAGUGAUGUGAACAGGUUUGGAGCCACACUUAGCUGGGAACCACCUGAGGAUGAUGGAGGAUCCCCGAUUACUGGCUACGUUAUUGAACUGCGUAACAGAGCUACCAUCAGAUGGGAGCCAACUAUGACCACAGGAGCUGAUGAACUGUCAGCUGUCCUGACUGAUGUUGUGGAAAAUGAAGAGUACUUCUUCAGAGUAAGAGCUCAAAACAUGGUUGGAGUUGGCAAACCAAGUCCUGCUACACGUGCAGUAAAAAUCAUGGAUCCAAUUGAGAGACCAAGUCCUCCCAUUAACCUUGAGCAUUCAGAUCAAACUAAGUCAUCAGUUCAGCUCACAUGGGAACCCCCUCUCGAAGAUGGAGGAAGUCCAAUCUUAGGCUAUAUUAUUGAAAGGCAAGAGGAAGGAACAGACAAGUGGAUUCGUUGUAACCCUAAACUAGUACCUGCUCUUACUUUUAAGGUAACUGGAUUGAAACAAGGAUCCAGUUAUUACUACAGAGUCUCAGCAGAAAAUGCAGCUGGUGUGUCUGACCCAGCAGAGGCUAUUGGGCCAUUAACUGCAGAUGAUGCUUUUGUUGAGCCUACAAUGGACCUAAGUGCAUUUAAGGAUGGGCUGGAAGUUAUUGUACCAGAGCCAAUCAAGAUCCACGUUCCCAUCACUGGCUACCCUGUGCCAACUGCCACAUGGUAUUUUGGCGACCAAGUCUUAGAAGAAGGUGAUCGCGUAAAAAUGAAGACCACUGCCUCCUUUGCAGAACUUGUAAUUACUCCGAGUGAGCGCCCAGACAAGGGACUUUAUUUCUUGACAUUAGAAAACCCUGUGUCAUCUGUUACAGGAGAAAUUAAUGUUAAUGUCAUUGCUUGUCCAAGUGCACCAAGAGAGCUCAAUGUUUUAGAAGUACUCAAGAGUACAGUGCAGCUCGCAUGGGAACCUCCAGAAGAUGAUGGUGGAAGUCCAGUCACUGGCUAUAUAAUUGAAAAACGUGAAGUAAGCCGGAAAACGUGGAGCAAAGUUAUGGAUCAUAUUGUUGACCAAGAAUUCACUGUACCUGACCUCGUCCAAGGGAAAGAAUAUUUAUUUAGAGUUUUUGCAUGCAAUAAAUGUGGCCCUGGAGAGCCUGCAUAUAUUGAUGAACCUGUAAAUAUGUCAGUACCAGCAACGGUACCUGACCCACCAGAAAAUGUUAAAUGGAGAAAUCCAACAUCAAAAGGAAUAUUCCUAACAUGGGAGCCUCCCAAAUAUGAUGGUGGUGCACGCAUUAAGGGUUAUCUGGUAGAAAAAUCCCAACGUGGCACAGACAAGUGGGAGAUAUGUGGGGAGCCUGUUAUUGAAACAAAAAUGGAAGUAACAAAGCUCCAGGAAGGAGAGUGGUAUGCUUAUCGGGUUAAGGCUUUGAACAGAAUGGGAGCAAGUAGGCCAAGUAAGCCAACUGAUGAUAUUCAGGCCAUUGAUGCAAAAGAGGCUCCAGAAAUUUUCUUAGAUGUGAAGCUUCUUGCUGGACUUACUGUGAAAGCUGGAACUAAAAUUGAGCUGCCAGCUAAAGUAACUGGAAAGCCUGAGCCCCAGGUUACUUGGACCAAGGCUGACAAAAUUUUGAGACCUGACAAUAGAAUCACCAUUGAAAGCCAGCCUAACCAUUCUACAGUCACUAUUACAGACAGCAAGAGGAGUGACAGUGGAACCUAUAUCAUAGAAGCUGUAAAUUCCAGUGGACGGGCUACUGCUGUUGUUGAAGUUAAUGUUCUUGAUAAACCUGGUCCACCAGCUGCAUUUGAUGUAACAGAAAUCACAAACGAAUCCUGCCUUCUAACCUGGAAUCCUCCACGAGAUGAUGGGGGUUCUAAAAUUACCAACUACGUCCUUGAGAAAAGAGCUACAGACAGCGAAAUAUGGGACAAGUUGUCAUCAACUAUUAAAGAUACAAAAUUCAGAGCCACCAAUUUAACUCCUCAUAAAGAAUAUGUGUUUCGAGUCAGUGCUGAAAACAUGUAUGGUGUUGGGGAGCCAGCACAGUGUAGCCCCAUCAUUGCCAAAUAUUCAUUUGAUCCGCCAGGCCCUCCAACAGGUCUCAAGCCCAUAGAGGUCACUAAAGAUUCAGUCACUUUAACAUGGAAUGAACCAGAUGAAGAUGGUGGCAGCCCCAUAACUGGCUACUGGGUUGAAAGAUAUGAUCCGGAGCAGGAUAAAUGGAUAAAAUGCAACAAAAUGCCAGUGAAAGAUACAACAUUCAAAGUUAAAGGUCUUACAAAUAAGAAGAAGUAUAAGUUCCGUGUGUUGGCAGAGAAUCUUGCAGGACCUGGAAAACCAAGCCGGGAAACAGAGCCAAUCUUAGUGAAAGAUCCAAUUGAUCCACCAUGGCCUCCUGGAAAGCCAACUGUGAAAGAUAUUGGCAAGACAUUCCUUACCCUGAACUGGACAAAGCCAGAACAUGAUGGAGGGGCAAAAAUUGAAUCUUACGUCGUUGAGCUGUUAAAGACUGGAACAGACGAAUGGGUGAGAGUGGCUGAAGGAGUUCCAACAACUGAACACUUCCUCAAAGAUCUUAUGGAGAAACAAGAAUAUUCAUUCCGUGUGAGAGCUGUGAACAAGGCUGGCGAGAGUGAGCCCAGUGAGCCCAGUGACCCUGUGCUGUGCAAGGAGAGGCUCUAUCCUCCUUCACCACCCCGAUGGCUUGAAGUUAUUAAUAUUACUAAAAAUACAGCAGAUCUUAAAUGGACAGUACCAGAAAAGGAUGGGGGUUCCCCAAUUACCAACUAUAUUGUUGAGAAAAGAGAUGUAAGGCGGAAGGGCUGGCAGACAGUUGAUACGACAGUGAAGGACACCAAGUACACAGUAAGCCCACUGACUGAAGGCUCACUCUAUGUGUUCCGUGUGGCUGCUGAAAAUGCCAUUGGACAGAGUGACUACUGUGAAAUUGAAGACUCAGUGCUUGCUAAAGAUACUUUCACAACCCCUGGGCCUCCAUAUGCCCUUACAAUAGUUGAAGUGAAAAAAGGCCAUGUUGAUUUGAAGUGGGAACCACCUAAGAAUGAUGGUGGCAGACCAAUUCAAAGAUAUGUUAUUGAAAAGAAAGAAAAGCUGGCUACUCGCUGGGUAAAAGCUGGGAAGACAGCUGGUCCAGAUUGCAAUUUCAGAGUGACAGAUGUCAUUGAAGGAACAGAUGUACAGUUCCAGGUCCGUGCAGAAAAUGAAGCCGGAUGUGGUCAUCCCAGUGAACCAACUGACCUCGUUCAUAUUGAAGAUCCAACAAGCCCUCCUUCACCUCCUCAGGAUUUACAUGUCACAGAUGCAGGCCGAAAGCACAUUUGCAUUGCUUGGAAACCUCCUGAGAAGAAUGGUGGAAGUCCUAUUAUUGGAUACAAUGUUGAGAUGUGUGAAGCAGGAACAGAAAAAUGGAUGCGAAUCAAUUCUCGUCCAAUUAAAGAUCUAAAAUGUAAAGUGGACGAGGGAGUUGUUCCAGACAAAGAAUAUGUGCUGAGAGUCAGAGCUGUCAAUGCUGUUGGAGCUAGUGAGCCAUCAGACAUCUCAGAAAAAGUUGUUGCCAAGGACCCAGACUGUAAUCCAACCAUUGAUCUGAAAACUCGGGACAUUGUUGUUGUUAAAGGACAGAAGCUAAGUAUCCCUAUACCCUUCAGAGCUGUUCCAUCCCCAACUAUAACAUGGCACAAAGAUGGCAAGGAGUUGAAAGCUGGUGACAGAACAACAAUGAAGAGUGACUACACCUCUGCAUUGCUUGAAGUGAUAGACAGUGUUCAUGCUGAUGCUGGUGUUUAUACUAUCACACUGGAGAACAAGCUGGCAUCAACAACUGGCUCAGUCAAUGUCAAAGUCAUAGGUCCACCUGGACAGUGUAAAGACAUCAAGGCAAGCGAAGUAACUAAGAAUUCUUGCAAGGUAUCCUGGGAGCCUCCAGACUUUGAUGGUGGUACUCCUAUUUUGCAUUACGUUCUGGAACGCAGGGAAGCUGGUCGUAAAACAUACAUCCCAGUCAUGUCUGGUGAAAAUAAGCUUUCAUGGCAAGUCAAAGAUCUGAUACCAAACUGUGAAUAUUACUUCCGUGUUAAAGCUGUCAAUAAGAUUGGAGGGGGUGAUUAUCUUGAACUAAGAAACCCGAUCAUUGCAGAAGACCCGAAACAGCCCCCAGAUCCGCCUGUCGACCUUGAAGUCCAUAAUCCAACAUCAAAAUCAGUAACUCUUACAUGGAAACCACCCCUGUUUGAUGGGGGAAGCAAGAUUAUGGGCUAUAUAAUAGAGAAGCUUGCUAAGGGCAAAGAGAGGUGGGAGAGAUGCAAUGACUAUCUGGUACCCUUGCUAACUUACACGGUGAAAGGCCUUGAGGAAGGAAAGGAGUAUCAGUUCCGUGCACGUGCUGAGAACGCUGCUGGCAUCAGUGAGCCUUCUCGGAUUACUCCUUUUGUGAAAGCUGUGGAUCCUAUUGAGGCUCCAAAAGUCUUCCUUGCUGCAAACCUACAGUCUGGCCUUGAGGUGAAGAGAGGUGAUGAGAUCAUACUUGAGGCACAUAUUUCAGGGUCACCCUAUCCAUCUAUUACCUGGCUGAGGAAUGAUGAAGUUGUCAGACCAGAGGAUAUCAAAAAGAGAGUAACAGUACCUAAAAAGAAGAAGGGUGAAGCUGAAGAAGAGAAACCUUUCCAGCUUUCACUGCCAGAACGUAUGAGUGUUGAUAACCACAAGGAGGGAGAGUCCAUACUAUCAGUUCGUGACUCCAUUAGAGCAGACCACGGCACAUUUACAAUUAAAGUAGAAAAUGAUCAUGGAGUUGCAAAAGCCUCCUGUGAAGUCAAUGUGUUGGAUACACCUGGGCCACCAGUCAACUUUGUAUUUGAAGAUUUGAGGAAAAAUUCUGUCCUUUGCAAGUGGGAGCCUCCCCUUGAUGAUGGUGGAAGUGAAAUCCUAAACUAUGUACUGGAAAAGAAAGACAAUACAAAAGCUGAAAUGGGCUGGGUCACUGUCAGUUCAACACUCAGGCAUUGCAAAUUCCAUGUAACAAAACUGAUUGAAGGAAAAGAGUAUCUAUUCCGUGUAUUUGCUGAAAAUAGAGUUGGAGCAGGACCACCAUGUGUUUCAAAACCAAUGACAGCUAAAGAUCCUUUCUCUCCACCAGAUGCACCUAAUAAGCCUGAUGUGGAAGAUGUAACCAGCAACAGUAUGCUGGUGAAGUGGAAUGAACCAAAAGAUAAUGGCAGCCCUAUCAUAGGAUACUGGAUUGAAAAACGUGAAAUCAAUAGUACUCAUUGGGCUCGGGUCAACAGGAACCUUGUGAAUGCUCUGGAACUAAGAGUUGAAGGACUGUUGGAAGGUUUAACUUACAUCUUCAGAGUGUGUGCUGAAAAUGCAGCUGGCCCUGGUAAAUUUAGUCCACCAUCAGAUCCAAAAACUGCACAAGACCCAAUAAUGCCACCUGGUCCCCCGAUUCCAAGGAUUGCUGACACAAGUGCAACUUCCAUUGAGCUAGAAUGGCAACCUCCUGUAUAUAAUGGUGGUGGAGAUAUCACUGGUUACCAUGUGUACAAACAACUGAUGGGUGUAAACGAGUGGUCACGCUGCACAGCAAAGCCCAUUAAGGUCCUGCAGUUUACUGUUGGAGAGGUGAGGGAAGGUGCAGACUAUAAGCUCCGUGUUACUGCACUCAACGCGGCUGGAGAAGGACCACCUGGGGAAACUGAACCCGCAACAGUUGCAGAGCCUAAAGAGCCUCCCACUGUUGAGCUGGAUGUUUCUGUGAAAGCAGGCAUUCAGGUCAUGGCUGGACAGACUAUUAAAAUUCCUGCUACUGUGACAGGGCGUCCUGCUCCCACCAUUACAUGGGCUAUAGACGAGGGGGAAUUAGACAAAGAUCGAGUUGUUAUUGAAAAUGUUGGCACAAAAUCUGAGUUAACCAUUAAGAGUGCAUUGAGAAAAGACCAUGGAAGAUAUGUAAUUACUGCUACCAAUAGCAGUGGUACAAAAUCAGCAGGAACCAGAGUAGAAGUAUUUGAUGUUCCUGGACCAGUCCUUGACCUAAAGCCAGUGGUCACAAACAGAAAGAUGUGUUUGCUUAACUGGUCUGAUCCUGAAGAUGAUGGUGGCAGUGAAAUCAUAGGCUUCAUUGUUGAAAGGAAGGAUGCCAAAAUGCAUACAUGGAGACUAGCUGUAGACACUGAUAGAUCUAAAUGUGAUAUUACAGGUCUAAUUGAAGGCCAAGAAUAUAAAUUCCGUGUUAGUGCCAAGAACAAAUUUGGUACUGGUCCAGCUGUGGAAAUAGGACCCAUUCUUGCAGUUGAUCCAUUAGGUCCUCCUACAGCACCUGAGAGGUUCAUGUACAAAGAGAGGACGAAGUCAUCCAUUACACUUGACUGGAAGCCUCCACGCAGUGAUGGUGGUAGUCCCAUCUUAGGAUAUAUUGUAGAGAAGAGGAGACAUGAUUCAAAAGAUUAUGAAAGAGUUAAUGCAAGGCUCUGUCCUAAAACAUCUCUUCUUGUUGAAAAACUCGAUGAACUUCAUAUGUAUGAGUUUCGUGUGAAAGCUGUCAAUGAGAUUGGAGAAAGCGAACCAUCACUGCCCCUCAAUGUAGUUAUACAAGAUGAUGAAGUGCCUCCAACUGUUACAUUGCGUUUGGCUGUGAGAGGAGAUACUAUCAAAGUCAAGGCAGGAGAGCCAGUUAACAUUCCUGCUGAUGUAACCGGCCUGCCAAUGCCAAAGAUUGAAUGGGACAAGAAUGAAGUUUUAAUUGACCAAACAUCUGAUGCACUUAAGAUAACCAAGGAAGAAGUAUCUAGAACUGAGGCAAAAACAGAACUCAUCCUUCCUGCAGCAGCGAGGAGUGAUAAAGGCACUUACACUGUGAGAGCUACCAAUCGUCUUGGCACUGCAUUCCGCAAUGUGCAUGUCGAAGUGUAUGAUCGUCCUUCUCCACCAAGAAAUCUUGCUGUUUCUGAUAUUAAAGCAGAAUCAUGCUAUUUAACGUGGGAUGCACCUCUUGAUAAUGGUGGUAGUGAAAUUACCCAUUACAUUAUUGAAAAACGUGAUGCUAGUAAGAAGAAAUCGGAGUGGGAAGAAGUCUCUAAAGGCGCCGUUGAGAGAAGAUUCGGGGUAUGGAAUCUUUCAACAAAUGAAAAAUACCAAUUUAGGGUCCGCGCUGUGAACAAAUACGGAAUAAGUGAUGAAUGCCUCUCCGAAAAAGUUGUCAUUAAGGAUCCCUAUGGUCUUCCUGGACCUCCUGGAAAGCCAAAAAUUUUGGAUCGCACCAGAUCAUCUAUGCUGGUGACGUGGGAGCCUCCUUUGGACAAUGGUGGCAGCCCAAUAACUGGCUAUUGGUUGGAGAAGAGAGAGGUGGGAGGUGUCUACUGGGCACGUGUCAACAGGGCUCCAGUAACAAAACCAUCAGUAAAAGGUCUGGAGCACAAUGUGCUUCGUUUGGCUGAAGGUGUUGAAUACCAGUUUAGAGUUAUGGCUGAAAAUCUUGCUGGAAUUGGCCCUCCCAGUGAACCAUCAGAUCCAGCUUUGGCAGCAGAUCCUAUAUUUGUGCCUGGUCCACCAUCAUGCCCAGAGGUCAAAGACAAAACCAAAUCAUCUGUAGCACUUGCAUGGAAGCCUCCUCAAAAGGAUGGUGGGAGUCCUAUAAAAGGAUAUAUUGUUGAAAUGCAAGAUGAAGGUAGUACUGAUUGGAAGAAGGUGAAUGAAGGAGACAAACUCUUUCCUACUUGUGAAUGUGUUAUUCCCAACUUGAAAGAGCUCAGAAAAUACCGAUUUAGGGUGAAAGCUGUAAAUGCUGCUGGAGAAUCAGAACCAAGUCCUGCAACAUCAGAGAUACCUGUCCAAGAUAUUCUAGAGGAACCAGAAAUCUUCCUUGAUCUUGGAGCACAGGAUUUGCUCUCUUGUCGUGCUGGCACAACAAUUAAAAUCCCAGCUAUUAUCAAGGGUCGUCCAGUUCCAAAAACAUUUUGGGAGUAUGAAGGAAAAGCAAAAACAGCAGCAAAGGAGGGAGGUCAUAAUAUACCUGAAGAAGCAAAGGUGGAAGCAACUGAUACACGUUCAGAGGUUAUCAUCCCUGACUGCAACAGAAGUCACUCUGGACGAUACAGUAUUACAGCAAAAAAUAAAGCAGGACAAAAGACAGUGCAUGUCAGAGUCAAUGUGCUUGAUGUCCCUGGUCCACCAAAAGACCUUAAAGUAAGUGAUAUCACAAGAGGUAGCUGUAAACUCUCAUGGAAGAUGCCAGAUGAUGAUGGUGGAGAUAGAAUCAGAGGCUAUGUUAUAGAGAAGAGAAAUAUUGAUGGGAAGGCCUGGACUAAAGUCAAUCCAAACUGUGGCAGUACUUCCUUUGUGGUACCUGAUCUCAUAACUGGCCAAGAGUAUUUCUUCCGGGUGCGUGCAGAAAACCGUUUUGGAGUUGGGCCUCCUGCAGAAACCAUCCAGCGGACCACAGCCAGGGAUCCAAUCCAUCCUCCUGAUCCACCUAUUAAACUGAGGAUUGGCCUUGUAACCAAGAACACAGUGAGCCUGACAUGGAAACCACCAAAGAAUGAUGGUGGAGCUCCUGUUACACAUUAUAAUGUUGAAUGUCUCCGCUGGGAUCGUACUGGAGAAGUGAAAGAGUCUUGGAAGCAAUGCAACAGACGUGAUGUGGAAGAAACUAAGUUUACUGUUGAGGAUCUUGUAGAAGGUGGAGAAUACGAAUUCAGAGUCAAAGCUGUAAAUAUAGCAGGUCCUAGCAGACCUUCAGCCACUGUUGGCCCGCUUGUUGUCAAAGACCAGACAUGUCCACCAUCUAUUGAGCUGAAAGAAUUUAUGGAAGUUGAAGAAGGAACAGAUGUUAAAAUUGUGGCAAAGAUAAAGGGUGUACCCUUCCCCACAUUAACAUGGCUAAAAGCUCCUCCAAAGAAACCAGAUGAGAAAUCACCAGUGGUGUAUGAUCAACAUGUCAACAAGAUUGUUGAUGAAAAUACUUGCACUUUAGUGAUCCAACAGUCUCGCAGAAAUGAUACAGGCCUAUAUACUAUCACAGCUGUAAAUGACCUGGGAACUGCUUCAAAGGAGAUGCGGCUAAAUGUUCUGGGUCGUCCUGGACCUCCAGUAGGACCUAUUAAAUUUGAAUCCAUUUUGGCUGAUAAAAUGACAAUAUCAUGGCUUCCUCCAUUGGAUGAUGGUGGUUCUAAGAUAACAAACUAUGUUAUAGAGAAAAAAGAAGCAAAUAGGAAGACAUGGGUGGCUGUUACUAAUGAACCCAAGGAAUGCAUAUUCACUGUUCCCAAGCUGAUGGAAGGCCAUGAAUAUGUGUUCCGCAUUAUGGCACAAAACAAAUACGGUAUUGGAGAACCUUUGGACAGUGAGCCAGAAACAGCACGAAACCUUUUCACUGUGCCUGGACCUCCUGACAAGCCAACAGUUAGCAGUAUAACACGUGACUCAAUGACAGUAAACUGGGAAGAACCAGAACAUGAUGGUGGCUCUCCUAUUACUGGUUACUGGUUGGAGCGCAAAGAGACCACUGGAAAGAGAUGGACCAGGGUUAACCGAGAUCCUAUCAAGCCUAUGACCCUGGGGGUUUCAUACAAAGUUACAGGCCUUAUUGAAGGCUCUGAGUAUCAGUUCCGUGUGUCAGCUAUCAACGCGGCUGGUGUUGGCCCACCAAGCAUGCCAUCUGAUCCAGCACUUGCUAGAGAUCCUAUUGCCCCACCUGGCCCUCCUAUACCAAAAGUUACUGAUUGGACAAAGUCUUCUGUAGACUUGGAGUGGACUCCACCAGUAAAGGAUGGUGGUUCUAGAGUCACUGGCUACAUUGUUGAGUUUAAAGAGGAAGGAAAGGAAGAAUGGGAACGGGUAAAAGACAGAGAAAUUAGAGGAACCAAGUUUGUUGUGACAGGAUUAAAAGAAGGUUGUUUUUAUAAAUUUAGAGUUAGAGCAGUAAAUGCUGCUGGCAUCGGAGAGCCUGGAGAAGUUACAGACAUUAUUGAAAUGAAGGACAGAAUUGUGGCUCCUGAUAUUAAUUUGGAUGCAAGUGUCAGGGACAGAAUUGUUGUUCAUGCUGGAGGAGUAAUUCGGAUCAUAGCAUAUGUCUCAGGAAAACCACCUCCAACAGUGAGUUGGAGCAUGGAUGAGCAAGCUUUGCCAGAAGAAGCCAAAAUUGAAGAAACAGCUAUUAGUUCUUCUUUAGUCAUCAGGAACUGCAAAAGGAGUCACCAGGGUUUAUACACUCUUCUUGCUAAAAAUGAUGGUGGAGAGAGGAAGAAGACAAUUAUUGUUGAUGUGCUAGAUGUGCCAGGCCCAGUUGGAAUGCCACUCCUUACAGAGAAUCUAACUAAUGACUCUUGUAAAUUGUCAUGGUUUACUCCAGAAGAUGAUGGUGGUUCUCCUAUUACCAACUAUAUAAUUGAAAAACGUGAAUCUGACCACAGAGCUUGGACUCCAGUGACCUACACAGUUACAAGACAGAAUGCUACUGUUCAGGGACUUAUUCAAGGGAAAGCCUACUUUUUCAGAAUUGCAGCUGAGAAUAUAAUUGGCAUGGGUCCUUUCACGGAAACAACAAAAGAGAUUCUCAUUAGAGAUCCAAUAACUGUUCCUGACCGUCCAGAAGACCUGGAAGUAAAAGCAGUUACCAAGAACUCUGUUACACUAACUUGGAACCCUCCAAAAUAUAAUGGAGGCUCAGAUAUCACCAUGUAUGUUCUAGAGAGCCGCCUCAUUGGAAAAGACAAAUUCCACAAAGUUACAAAGGAGAAAAUGCUUGAUAGGAAAUUCACUGUAGAAGGCUUGAAAGAAGGUGACACCUAUGAGUUUCGUGUGAGUGCUUGCAAUAUUGUGGGGCAAGGCAAGCCAUCAUUUUGCACUAAACCAAUCACGUGCAAGGAUGAAAUUGCUCCUCCCACACUUGACCUUGACUUUAGAGACAAGCUUAUUGUCCGAGUUGGUGAAGCUUUCAGCUUGACUGGACGCUACUCAGGCAAACCUGCACCAAAGGUUACUUGGCUAAAGGAUGAUAUUGUUGUGAAAGAAGACGACAGAAUAAAGAUUAAGACAACUCCUACAACUCUUUGUUUGGGAAUAGUAAAAUCUGUCCGUGAGGACACAGGCAGAUAUUGUGUUACUGUAGAGAACAGCACAGGGUCAAGAAAAGGAUUUUGUCAAGUUCAUGUCGUUGAUCGCCCAUCACCUCCAGUAGGCCCAGUUAUAUUUGAUGAAGUCUUUAAAGAUCAUAUGGUUGUUUCCUGGAAACCUCCAUUAGAUGAUGGAGGCAGUGAAAUUACAAAUUACAUAAUUGAGAAGAAGGAUACACACAAAGACUUGUGGAUGCCAGUUACAUCUGCCACAGUGAAGACAACAUGCAAAAUUCCCAAGCUGCUUGAAGGAAGAGAAUAUCAAAUUCGAAUUUAUGCUGAAAAUCUUUAUGGCAUAAGUGAUCCUCUCAUCUCUGAUGAGAUGAAAGCCAAGGACCGUUUCCGUGUUCCUGAUGCACCUGAGCAACCAAUCAUUAAGGAUGUAACCAAAGACUCUGCAGUAGUGGUUUGGAACAAACCAUAUGAUGGAGGCAAGCCAAUAACAAACUACAUUGUAGAAAAGAAGGAAACAAUGGCUACAAGAUGGGUCAAAGCUACCAAAGACCCAAUUUUCCCUGGUACAAAGUUCAAAGUACCUGAUCUCCUUGAAGGUUGUCAGUAUGAAUUCCGUGUUUCAGCAGAAAAUGAAAUUGGUGUUGGCGAUCCUAGUCCACCAUCAAAGCCAAUUUUCGCUAGAGAUCCAAUCGCAAAACCAAGUCCACCUGUUAAUCCAGAAGCAAUAGAUAAAACUAAAAAUUCAGUUGAUUUAUCUUGGCAACCACCACGCCAUGACGGAAAUGGCAAGAUAAUUGGCUACCUUGUAGAGUUUCAGAAAGUUGGAGACGAGGAAUGGAAACAGGCUAAUCUUACAGCAGAUUCUUGUCCUGAAACAAACUACAAAGUCACUGGUCUUACUGAGGGAUUAACCUAUAAAUUCAGGGUCAAGGCAGUCAAUGCAGCAGGUGAAUCUGAUCCAGCGCAUGUUCCUGAUCCAGUAGAAGUAAAGGACAGGCUUGAACCUCCUGAGUUAAUACUUGAUGCUAAUAUGGCCCGCGAACAGCAUGUAAAAGCUGGUGAUACCCUGAGACUUAGUGCUGUUAUUAAAGGGGUUCCAUUCCCAAAAGUUACUUGGAAGAAGGAAGAUCAUGAGGUCUCACCCAAGGCUGAUAUUGAAGUUACAGGAGUUGGCAGUAAGCUUGAAAUCCGUAACACUGUCCAUGAAGAUGGUGGAAUGUACUCCCUGACAGUUGAAAAUCCAGCUGGUUCAAAGACUGUUUCAGUAAAAGUUGUGGUCUUAGAUAAACCUGGUCCCCCCAGAAAUCUGAAUGUCAGUGAUGUUAGAAGCGACUCAUGCUAUCUCACUUGGAUGGAACCAGAAGAUGAUGGUGGCUCUGUGAUUACCAACUAUGUGGUGGAGAGGAAGGAUGUAGCUUCUGCACAGUGGGUAGCCAUCUCAUCAUCCUCCAAGAAACGCAGUCAUAUGGCUAAAUAUCUGAUGGAAGGCACUCAGUAUCUCUUCCGAGUUGCAGCUGAGAAUCAGUAUGGUAGAGGUCCAUAUGUGGAAACACUUAAGCCUAUCAAAGCUAUAGAUCCACUGCAUCCUCCAGGGCCACCAAAGAAUCUGCAUCAUGUUGACGUUGACAAGACUGAAGUUUCCCUUGUUUGGAAUCGACCAGAUCGUGAUGGUGGUGCUGAGAUAACUGGGUAUUUAGUGGAAUAUCAAGAAGAUGGUGCAGAUGAAUGGACAAAGUUCCAGACAGUCCCUAUGCUAGACUGUGUUGUUACAGGCCUACAGAAAGGAAAAACAUACAAAUUCCGUGUGAGAGCUCAAAACAUUGUUGGUCUUAGCCUUCCAGAUACAACUAUACCAAUUGAGUGUCAAGAAAAACUAGUACCUCCAUCUGUGGAUCUAGAUGUGAAGUUAAUUGAAGGUCUUGUUGUUAAAGCUGGCACCACAGUGCGCCUUCCUGCGAUUAUGAGAGGUGUGCCAGUUCCCACAGCAAAAUGGGUUACUGAUGACACUGAAAUUAAACCAGAUGGCAAAUAUAAGAUUGAGACCGACAAUUACUCAACUGUUCUUACUAUCAAAGACUGUGUAAGAAAAGAUACAGGAGAAUAUCUACUCACAGUAUCUAAUGCAGCUGGCAGCAAAACUGUGGCUCUGCACCUUACAGUUUUGGAUGUCCCAGGCCCACCAACUGGUCCUAUUAAUAUUCUUGAAGUUACACCAGAAUAUAUGGUUAUUUCUUGGCGCCCUCCUAAAGAUGAUGGUGGGAGUCCUAUAAUAAAUUAUAUUGUUGAGAAGCGUCAAUCAAAGAAAGAAACCUGGGGAGUGGUUAGCUCUGGAACAAGUCACACAAAAAUUAAGGUUCCACGACUGCAGAAAGGCUGUGAAUAUAUUUUCCGUGUCCGUGCAGAAAAUAAGAUAGGCAUUGGUGCACCUCUGGAUUCAGAACCAACAGUUGCUAAAUACAUGUUUGAUCCACCAUCCCCACCUGGUAAACCAAUGGUUUAUGAUAUUACAGAAAAUGCUGCAACAGUGUCUUGGACCCUACCAAAAUCUGAUGGUGGAACUCCAAUAACUGGUUAUAUACUCGAACGUCGGGAAGCAUCUGGUAAAUGGGUGCGUGUCAAUAAGACACCUAUACUUGAUAUGAAAUACAGAGUCACCGGUCUUUUUGAAGGCAACACAUAUGAAUUCAGAGUUUUUGCAGAAAACAUGGUGGGCUUAAGCAAACCAUCUCCAAGCUCUGAUCCAAUAAAAGCAUCACGUCCUAUCACUCCUCCUGGGCCACCUAUAAAUCCAAAAUUAAAAGACAAAACUAAAGAAUCAGCUGAUCUUGUGUGGACAAAGCCCCUCAAGGAUGGUGGCAGCCCAAUUCUGGGAUACAUUGUGGAAUGUCAGAAAAGUGGAACUACACAGUGGAAUAGGAUUAAUAAGGAUGAACUCAUUAGACAGUGUGCUUUCAGAGUACCUGGAUUAAUAGAAGGAAAUGAAUAUAAAUUCCGAAUAAAAGCUGUUAACAUCGUGGGAGAAGGAGAACCAAGAGAACUACCAGAAACUGUACUUGCAAAAGAUAUUCUUUCUCCACCAGAAAUAAGCCUAGAUGUGACCUGUCGAGACUUAAUUACUGUCCGAGUAGGUCAAACAAUACGUAUUACUGGUAAGGUAAAAGGCAGACCAGAUCCUGAAAUAACAUGGUCUAAAGAUGGCAAAGUACUAGUCCAAGAAAAGCAUGUUGAAAUACUUCAUGAUCUACCUAAUGUUGAACUGCAAGUGAAGGAAGCCAAAAGAUCUGAUCAUGGCAAAUAUAUAAUAGCAGCUAAAAACAGCUGUGGACAGGCUCAAGCUUUUGCUAUUGUUAAUGUACUUGACAGACCUGGACCAUGUCAGAACCUGAAAAUAAGCUAUGUCACAAAAGACUCUUGUAUGAUCUCUUGGGAGAGUCCAGUGGAUAAUGGUGGCUCUGAAAUUACAAAUUACAUAGUAGAAUACCGUCAGCCGAAUCAGAGGGGAUGGUCAAUUGUCUCCUCUGAUAUUACUAAGCGAUUAGUAAAGGCAAAUCUUGUAGAGAACCGUGAAUACUUCUUCAGAGUUUGUGCAGAGAACAAAAUAGGUCCAGGUCCUUGCAUUGAAACCAAGACUCCUAUCCUUGCUAUCAAUCCUAUUGACAAGCCUGGAGAGCCAGAAAAUCUUCACAUUGCAGAGAAAGGAAAGACAUUUGUAUACCUGAAAUGGAGAAGGCCCGAUUAUGAUGGUGGAAGUCCCAAUUUAAGUUACCAUGUUGAGAGAAAACUGAAAGAUUCAGAUGAAUGGGAAAGAGUUCACAAAGGCAGCAUUAAGGAAACACACUACAUGGUAGAUAAAUGUGUGGAAAAUAAAAUUUACCAAUUCCGAGUUCAAACUAAGAAUGAGGCUGGUGAAAGUAACUGGGUAAAAACAGCUGAAGUUGUUGUGAAGGAAGAUCUCCAGAAACCAGUGCUAGAUUUGAAAUUAAGUGGCGUUCUAACUGUGAAAGCAGGCGAUACAAUUAGAAUUGAGGCUGGAGUCAGAGGAAAACCACAGCCUGAAAUUGUAUGGGCAAAAGACAAAGAUGCCACAGAUCUCACCAGAUCUCCAAGAGUCAGUAUUGAAAACACUUCUGACAUGUCUAAGUUUGUUCUCACAAAAUCAAGGCGCACUGAUGGUGGGAAAUAUGUGAUUACAGCAACUAAUGCAGCUGGUAGCUUUGUGGCAUAUGCUACUGUUAUUGUCUUGGAUAAACCAGGUCCCGUACGAAACUUGAAGGUCACUGACAUUUCAAGUGAUAGAUGUACUGUUACUUGGGAUCCUCCAGAAGAUGAUGGUGGUUGUGAAAUACAGAACUACAUCCUGGAAAAAUGUGAAAGCAAGCGUAUGGUUUGGUCUACAUUCUCUUCCUCUGUCCUAACAAACUAUGCCAAAGUGACACGCCUCAUUGAAGGUAAUGAAUAUAUAUUCAGAGUGCGUGCAGAGAAUAAAAUGGGCACUGGUCCACCAACAGAAACACAUCCAAUUAUUGCAAAAACGAAAUAUGAUAGACCUGGACGCCCUGACCCUCCAGAUGUCACAAGAGUCAGCAAAGAAGAGAUGACUGUAGUUUGGAAUCCACCAGAAUAUGAUGGUGGCAAAUCAAUUACAGGAUACAUUUUAGAGAAGAAAGAGAAGCGGUCACUAAGAUGGGUUCCUGUUACUAAAACUCCAAUCCCAGAGAGACGCAAGAAGGUUACUAAUCUCUUCCCCGGUCACGAAUACCAGUUCCGCGUCAGUGCUGAAAAUGAAGUCGGACUUGGAGAACCAAGCUUGCCAUCAAGACCUGUAAUAGCCAAAGACCCAAUAGAACCACCUGGUCCUCCCACAAACUUGAGAGUGGUUGAUAGCACAAAGACUUCCUUAACCCUUGGCUGGGGAAAACCAGUGUACGAUGGUGGUGCUCCGAUUAUUGGAUAUGUUGUAGAAAUGAGACCAAAAGUUGAGGGUGCUGAUCCUGAAGCAGGAUGGAAACGAUGCAAUGUUGCUGCUCAAGUUAUUCAUACAGAAUUCACAGCUACCAGCCUGGAUGAGAAGCAAUUAUAUGAGUUCAGGGUUUCUGCCCAAAACCAGGUUGGCCUUGGCCGACCAGCAGAAUUGAAAGAAGCUGUGUCUCCCAAAGAAAUACUUGAACCUCCUGAGAUUGAGCUGGAUGCCAGCAUGAGAAAGUUAGUCACAGUCAGAGCAGGAUGCCCUAUUAGACUUUUUGCCAUUGUGAGGGGUCGCCCAGCACCAAAAGUCACCUGGAGGAGAAUGGGUAUUGAUAAUGUUAUCAGAAAAGGACAAGUUGAUCUGGUUGACACUAUGGCCUUCUGCGUCAUUCCCGAUUCCACACGUGAUGAUUCUGGCAAAUAUUCAUUGACACUUGUUAAUGCAGCUGGAGAAAAGGCUGUAUUUGUGAACGUCAGAGUUCUGGAUACUCCUGGACCUGUGUCAGACUUCAAGGUUUCAGAUGUCACCAAGAUGUCCUGCCAUCUUUCAUGGGCACCUCCAGAGAAUGAUGGGGGUAGCCCAGUGACUCAUUACAUCCUGCAGAAACGGGAGGCUGACAGGAAGACAUGGGCAACAGUCACAGCAGAACUGAAGAAAACUAGUUUCCAAAUAGCAAACCUUGUGCCUGGAAAUGAAUAUUACUUCAGAGUAACAGCAGUGAAUGAAUAUGGAUCCGGUGUUCCAAGUGACAUACCAAAACCUGUUCUAGCAUCAGAUCCUCUAAGUGAACCUGAUCCACCAAGAAAACUUGAAGUUACUGAAAUUACAAAGAAUAGUGCUACUUUAGGCUGGCUGCCACCACUGCGCGACGGAGGCUCUAAGAUUGACGGAUACAUUGUUAGCUACAAAGAGCACGAUCAACCAGCAGAUCGCUGGAUGGAGUACUCAGUCGUUAAAGAUCUCUCCAUUGUUGUGGCUGGUCUGAAAGAGGGAAAGAAGUACAACUUUAGAGUGGCAGCUAGAAAUGCUGUAGGAGUAAGUUUGCCAAUAGAAGCUACAGGAGAAUAUGAAAUUAAAGAACAACUCAUCCCACCUAAGAUUCUGAUGCCUGAUCAUGUUCACAUUAAAGCUGGAAAGAAACUGAGAAUUGAAGCUCAUGUAUAUGGGAAGCCUCAGCCAGUCUGUAAAUGGCUGAAGGGAGAUCAAGAUGUAGUUACAUCCAGUCGCCUUGCUGUGCAUAAAGCAGAAAAGUCUUCCGUUCUUAUCAUUAAGGAUGUGACUAGAAAAGAUACUGAUUUUUAUACUCUUACUGCAGAAAAUAGCUCUGGUACUGAUAGUCAGAAAAUCAAAGUGACAGUCAUGGAUAAACCAGGUCCGCCACAGCCUCCAUUUGAAAUUUCUGAAAUAGAUGCUGAUGCUUGCACUCUUUCAUGGCACAUACCUCUUGAAGAUGGUGGCAGCAACAUUACAAACUAUGUAGUUGAGAAAUGUGAUGUGAGCCGAGGAGACUGGGUAACCGCUUUAUCUUCUGUCACAAAGACAAGCUGCAGAAUUGGAAAACUGAUUCCUGGAGAAGAGUAUAUGUUCCGUGUUCGUGCUGAAAAUCGUUUUGGGAUUUCUGAGCCGCUUCCUUCUGACAAGAUGAUCGCAAGAUUCCCAUUUGAUGUUCCCAGUGAACCAAAGAAUGCACGUAUCACCAAGGUCAAUAAGGACUGCAUUUUUGUUGCUUGGGAUAGACCAGAUAGCGAUGGAGGCAGUCCAAUCACUGGGUAUCUCAUUGAGCGCAAAGAAAGGAACAGUUUACUGUGGGUGAAAGCUAACGACACCGCCGUGCGCUCCACGGAAUACCCUUGUGUGGGCCUCAUUGAAGGUCUCGAGUAUACUUUCAGAAUUUAUGCACUGAACAGAGCUGGAGCAAGUAAACCUAGUAAACCAACCGAGUUUGUCACAGCAAGAGCACCAGUUGAUCCCCCUGGAAAACCUGAAGUUAUUGAUGUCACUAAGAGUACUGCAUCACUGGUAUGGACAAGACCAAAGCAUGAUGGUGGUAGCAAACUUCUUGGCUACUUUGUGGAGGCUUGCAAAUUACCCGGUGAUAAGUGGGUUCGGUGCAAUACAACUCCAUAUCAAAUACCCCAGGAAGAGUACACUGUGACUGGUUUGGAAGAAAAUGCUCAGUACCAAUUUAGAGCAAUUGCCAAGACAGCAGUUAACAUUAGUCGACCUUCAGAGCCUUCUGAUCCAGUGACCAUUCAUCCAGAAAAUGUUCCUCCCAGAAUAGAGUUGGAUCUGUCCAUGCAAUCACAGCUUACAGUAAAAGCUGGAUCUAAUGUGCGCCUGGAGGCAAAUGUGUAUGGCAAGCCAAUGCCAGCAAUCACCUGGAAGAAAGAAGGAGAAGUUUUAAAGCCGUCUGAAGGUCUUAAGAUCACCACAAAGAGAAAUCUUGCUACAGUUGAGUUGUUCAGUGUUAACAGGAAGCAAACAGGAGACUACACUAUCACUGCUGAAAAUGCAAGUGGAUCAAAGUCAGCAACCAUUAGGCUUAAAGUACUUGAUAAGCCUGGCCCACCAGCUUCUGUCAAAGUCAAACAUAUGUAUGCAGAUCGUGCAAUGCUUUCUUGGGAGCCUCCUUUGGAAGAUGGAGGUUCAGAAAUUACUAACUACAUUGUAGACAAGCGUGAAACAAGCAGACCUAACUGGGCCCAAGUCAGUCCCAAUGUACCCAUUACAAGCUGCACUGUGGAGAGACUGAUAGAAGGACAUGAGUAUCAGUUCCGCAUUUGUGCUGAAAACAAAUACGGUGUUGGAGACCCCAUCUUAACUGAACCUGCAGUUGCUAAGAACCCAUAUGAUGUGCCAGGACCUUGUGAUCCACCAGUAAUUAGCAAUGUAACAAAAGACUUUAUGACUGUUAGCUGGAAGCCGCCAGCUAGUGAUGGUGGAUCCCCAAUAACUGGUUAUAUACUUGAGAAGCGUGAAACAAAGGCUCUUAACUGGACAAAAGUAAACAGGAAGCCUGUCAUUGAAAGAACUGUUAAAGCUACUGGACUCCAGGAAGGAACAGAGUAUGAGUUCCGGGUGAUAGCAUUGAAUAAGGCUGGACCUGGCAAGCCUAGCGCACCGUCUAAAGCUGUGUAUGCUCGUGACCCUCAAUAUCCUCCUGGCCCACCUGCUUUCCCAAAAGUGGUUGAUACUACUCGUAAUUCCAUAAGCCUAUCAUGGAGCAAACCAGCAUAUGAUGGGGGAAGCCCUAUCAUUGGUUAUCUAGUGGAAUCAAAACGAGCUGACACAGACAACUGGGUCAGAUGCAAUCUACCCAAGAACUUACAGGCUACACAAUUUGUGGUAACGGGGCUAAUGGAGGAUACAGAGUACCAGUUCCGUGUUUAUGCUGUCAAUAAGAUUGGAUACAGCGAUCCAAGUGAUGUUCCGGAUAAACACACUGCCAAAGACAUUUUAAUUCCACCUGAAGGAGAACUUGAUGCAGAACUAAGGAAAGUCCUUGUGCUGCGUGCUGGAGUCACAAUGAGACUUUACGUGCCAGUAAGAGGACGUCCACCUCCUAAGAUUUCAUGGUCUAAAGUGGGUGCCAACCUAAGAGAUAGACAAGGAUUAGACAUCAAAUCAACUGAUUUUGAUACCUUCCUGCGUUGUGAAAACGUAAAUAAAUAUGAUGCUGGAAAAUAUGUCCUCAGUCUGGAGAACAGCUGCGGCAAAAAGUCGUACACCAUUGUUGUAAAAGUACUUGAUACUCCAGGCCCACCCAUUAACCUGGUUGUAAAGGACGCAUCCAAAGAUUCUGCCUACAUUACAUGGGAACCUCCUCUGGUAGAUGGGGGCAGUCCAAUCACAAAUUAUGUUGUUGAAAAACGUGAUGCAGAAAGAAAAUCAUGGUCCACAGUGACAACAGAAUGUCCAAAGACAAGCUACAGGAUAACUAACUUAGAAGAAGGCAAAUCUUACUUCUUCAGAGUUUUUGCUGAAAAUGAAUAUGGUAUUGGUGAUCCUUGUGAAACUCGUGACGCUGUCAAAGCUUCUGAAACACCUGGGCCAGUUGUGGAUCUAAAAGCUUCAGCUGUAACAAAAUCCUCAUGCAAUUUGGUAUGGAAGAAGCCUAUCAGUGAUGGUGGAAGCCGAAUUUCUGCAUAUAUUGUUGAGGUCCUGAUUGGUGAAGACAAAUGGCAAGAAGUCAUGCGGGGAAAGAACCUCCAUUUUUCAAUGAGAGACUUAAAAGAAGGACAAGAAUACACUUUCAGAGUGAGGGCCCAAAAUGAUGCUGGAUAUGGAACUCCAUCAGAGAUCACAAUUGUAGCGAGAGAUGAUGUUGCGGCACCUGAACUUGACUUAAGAGAUCUACCUGAUUUGUGCUAUACUGCUAAAGAGGGUAGCAAUUUCCGUCUUAAAAUCCCUAUGAAAGGCAAGCCUGUCCCAACCGUGACUUGGAAGAAGGAUGAAGACCAGGCAAUUACUGAGAGUGGAAGAGUUGCAUUUGAAUCUACAGCAGUUAACACCACCCUUGUGGUACAUGACUGCCAGAAAGUUGAUGCAGGAAAAUACACAAUAACUCUGAGGAAUGUUGCUGGCAGCAAGGAAGGCACUAUUUUUGUGAAAGUUGUUGGCAAACCUGGCAUACCAACAGGUCCAGUGAAAUUUGAAGAAGUCACAGCUGAUGCCAUAACCUUAAAAUGGGGCCCUCCAAAAGACGAUGGUGGUUCAGAAAUUACGAACUAUGUUCUAGAGAAGAGAGAUAAUGUAAACAAUAAGUGGGUGACUUGUGCCUCUGCGGUCCAGAAAACCACAUUUAGAGUUACAAGACUUCAUGAAGGAAAUGAAUAUACCUUCAGGAUCAGGGCUGAAAAUAAAUAUGGAGUAGGGGAAGGUCUUAAAUCAGAGCCUGUCAUUGCAAAACAUCCAUUUGAUGUCCCAGAUGCUCCUCCACCUCCCAAUAUUGUUGCUGUUCGGCAUGAGUCUGUAGCUUUAACUUGGACUGAUCCCAGAAGAACUGGAGGUUCACCAAUCACAGGCUAUCACAUUGAAGUUAAAGAAAGAAAUAGUCUUCUGUGGAAGAGAGCAAAUACAACGCCAAUAAGAAUGAAAGAUUUCAGAGUGACAGGGCUAACUGAAGGUCUGGAGUAUGAAUUCAGAGUAAUGGCAAUCAAUAUGGCUGGAGUAGGUAAACCAAGUCUUCCAUCUGAACCAGUUGUGGCACUUGAUCCUAUUGAUCCGCCUGGGAAGCCUGAAGUUAUCAAUGUAACCAGGAGCUCAGUAACACUCAUUUGGACUGAACCAAAAUAUGACGGUGGACAUAAAUUAACUGGCUAUAUUGUUGAAAAGUGUGAUUUACCCAAAAAGACUUGGAUGAAAGCUAAUCAUGUGAAUGUUCCAGACUGUGCAUUUACUGUAACUGACCUUACUGAAGGCUGCAAAUACGAAUUCAGAAUUAGAGCAAAGAACACUGCUGGAGCUAUCAGUCCUCCAUCUGAAUCCACUGGAACCAUAAUAUGCAAGGAUGAGUAUGAGGCACCAAGCAUUGUUCUGGAUCCUACUUUGAAGGAAGGUUUAACAGUAAAAGCAGGGGAAACCAUCACACUGUCUGCUAUUAGUAUCCGUGGCAAACCACCUCCAACUUCAGCAUGGUCUAAAGCUGGAAAAGAUUUUAGACCCUCAGAGCUUGUGCACAUUGAAACCAAACCAACUUCUUCUACUCUAAGUGUCAAAUAUGCAGCCAGAAAAGAUUCUGGAGAAUACACCAUCACUGCAACCAAUCCUUUCGGCACUAAGCAGGAGACUGUACAUGUGAAAGUUUUAGAUAUUCCAGGACCUCCAGGGCCUAUUGAGAUCAGCAAUGUUUCAGCAGAAAAAGCGACUCUUACAUGGACACCUCCUGCAGAAGAUGGUGGAUCACCAGUAAAAUCAUAUGUUCUUGAAAAGAGAGAAACUAGUCGACUGCUCUGGACAUUGGUUGCUGAAAAUAUUGAGAGCUGUAGGCAUGUUGUUAGCAAGCUCAUUCAAGGAAAUGAAUAUGUUUUCCGUGUCUCAGCUGUAAAUAAGUAUGGCAAGGGUGAACCAGUACAAUCAGAACCAGUUAAAAUGGUGGAUAGAUUUGGUCCUCCAGGCCCUCCUGGAAAACCAGAAGUAACAAAUGUGACUAAAAAUACUGUCACAGUUACCUGGAAAAGGCCAGUCGAUGAUGGUGGAAGUGAAAUCACAGGUUACCAUGUGGAGCGAAGAGAAAAGAAAGGUUUAAGAUGGGUGAGAGCAACAAAGAAACCAGUUUCAGAUCUUAGAUGCAAAGUAACUGGUCUUCUGGAAGGAAACGAAUAUGAAUUCCGUGUCAGCGCAGAAAAUAGAGCUGGAGUCGGACCACCAAGUGACACUUCAAACUCAGUCCUUUGCAAAGAUGUUGCAUACCCACCAGGUCCACCUGCAAAUCCAAGAGUGACUGAUACCACAAAGACAAGUGCAUCUUUAGCCUGGAACAAGCCUCACUAUGAUGGUGGUCUUGAAAUCACUGGCUAUAUAGUAGAGCAUCAAAAAGAAGGAGAAGAUGAAUGGGUGAAAGACACAAUAGGGACUGCUUUAAGAAUCACUCAGUUUGUUGUAGCUCCUCUGCAGACCGGGGCCAAGUAUAAUUUCAGAAUCUCUGCCAUGAAUGCUGCAGGUGUUGGUGAAGCGGCAAUAAUUCCAAGUGUGGAAAUCGUUGACCGAGAAGAGAUUCCUGACUUUGAACUGGAUGCUGAGCUAAGAAGAACACUUGUUGUUAGAGCUGGAUGCACUAUUCGGAUUUUUGUACCAAUUAAAGGGCGUCCAACACCAGAAGUUACAUGGACAAAAGAUGAUGUUUCACUCAAAGGACGUGCCAGUAUUGAAAAUACCGACUCUUUUACACUCUUGAUUGUCACAGAGUGCACCAGAUAUGAUGCAGGAAAAUAUGUAAUGACUCUUGAAAAUGCUGCUGGUAAGAAGACUGGCUUUGUAAAUGUAAAAGUCUUGGAUACACCAGGUCCACCAAUAAACCUUAAGCCUAGAGAAAUAACUAAAGACAGCAUCACCCUCCAAUGGGAUAUGCCUCUGGUAGAUGGAGGUUCACGUAUAACCAACUACAUCGUUGAGAAACGCGAAUCAACUCGGAAGGCAUAUUCAACAGUCACAACCAACUGCCAGAAGUGUUCCUUCAAGGUUCCUAAUUUGGCGGAGGGGUGUGAAUACUAUUUCAGAGUACUAGCUGAAAAUGAGUAUGGUAUUGGUGAGCCAGCUGAAACUACAGAACCAGUAAAAGCUUCUGAGGCCCCAUCCCCACCUGAGAGCCUUAAUAUUAUGGAUGUAACACGGAAUUCAGUUAGCUUAGCUUGGCCAAAACCAGAACACGAUGGUGGCAGCAAGAUCACUGGGUAUGUAAUUGAAGCACAGAGAAAAGGAACCAACCAGUGGGCACACAUCACCACUGUAAAAACGCUGGAUUGUGUAGUAAAGAAUCUAACUGAAAAUGAAGAGUAUACUUUCCAGGUUAUGGCAGUUAACAGUGCUGGAAGAAGUGCCCCAAGGGAAAGCAGACCAGUUAUUAUCAAGGAGCAAACAAUGCUACCAGAGUUUGACCUCCGUGCUCUUUACCAGAAAACAGUCAUUGCCAAAGCUGGUGACAAUAUCAAGAUUGAAAUCCCUGUACUUGGUCGUCCAAGGCCUACUGUGACUUGGAAGAAAGAAGACCAAAUACUUAAGCAAACACAAAGGGUAAAUUAUGAAAAUACAGCAACUGCAACCAUACUGACCAUCAAUGAAUGUAUUCGAAGUGAUAGUGGUCAAUAUCCACUGUCAGCUAAAAAUAUUGUUGGAGAAGUUAGUGAAGUAAUCACAGUUCAGGUUCAUGACAUACCUGGACCACCUACUGGACCAAUCAAAUUUGAAGAAAUUUCAUGUGAUUUCCUAACAUUCUCAUGGGAGCCUCCUUUGAAUGAUGGUGGCGUACCAAUAAGUAACUACGUUGUAGAAAUGCGUCAGACUGACAGUACCACGUGGACUGAAUUGGCAACUACAGUGAUACGCACUACAUUUAAAGCCAUUCGUCUCACUACUGGAGUUGAGUAUCAGUUCCGCGUUAAAGCUCAAAACAGAUAUGGAGUUGGUCCAGCCAUUACUUCAGAGUCUGUAGUUGCCAACUACCCAUUUAAGGUACCUGGGCCUCCUGGCACUCCUCAGGUGAUUGCAGUCACCAAAGAAACCAUGACCAUUAGCUGGAAUGAGCCAGUUAGUGAUGGUGGAAGCCCAAUACUGGGAUAUCACAUUGAAAGAAAAGAGAGAAACAGCAUUGUUUGGCAGACUGUAAGUAAAAUGUUGGUGUCAGGAAAUAUCUUCAAAUCAUCUGGACUUACCGAUGGCAUUGCAUAUGAAUUCCGUGUUAUAGCAGAAAACCUGGCUGGGAAGAGUAAGCCAAGCAAGCCAUCUGAGCCUGUGUUUGCCCUGGACCCAAUAGAUCCACCUGGUAAGCCGAUACCUCUGAACAUUACAAGACAUGCAGUUACACUGAAGUGGACUAAACCAGAAUAUAAUGGAGGUUUUAAGAUAACUGGCUACACUGUUGAAAAAAGAGACCUUCCUAAUGGCCGUUGGCUGAAGGCUAAUUUCAGCAAUAUACUGGAGACUGAAUUCACUGUCAGUGGUUUAACAGAAGAUGCUGCCUAUGAGUUCCGUGUCAUUGCUAGGAAUGCUGGUGGAGCUGUUAGUCAGCCCUCAGAGCCAUCAGAUGCAAUCACUUGUAGAGAUGACAUUGAAGCACCAAGGAUAAAGGUGGAUGCUAAAUACAAGGACACCAUAGUGCUGAAAGCAGGUGAAGUUUUUAGACUUGAGGCUGAUGUUUCAGGUCGCCCUCCACCAACUAUGACAUGGACAAAGGGAGAAAAAGAACUUGAGGACACAGCAAAAUUAGAAAUAAAAAUAGCAGAUUUCUCUACCACUCUCACCAAUAAAGAUUCCUCAAGAAGAGAUGGUGGUGCUUACACACUUACUGCAACAAACCCUGGUGGCUUUGCCAAGCAUAUCUUCAAUGUUAAAGUUCUUGAUAGACCUGGUCCCCCAGAAGGGCCUUUGGCUGUGUCUGAAGUCACUGCAGAAAAAUGUGUGCUGUCGUGGCUACCCCCGCUGGAUGAUGGAGGAGCAAAGAUUGACCAUUAUGUGGUUGAAAAACGUGAAACAAGUAGAUUGGCGUGGACAUCUGUAGGCGCAGAAGUUCCAGUGACUAAACUGAAGGUUACUAAACUGUUGAAGGGCAAUGAGUACGUGUUCCGAGUCAUGGCUGUUAACAAAUACGGAGUUGGUGAGCCUCUGGAAUCAGAGCCCAUUCUUGCAGUAAAUCCAUAUGUUCCACCUGAUCCACCUAAAACACCUGAAGUUACAGCAAUUACAAAGGAUUCUAUGGUUGUCUGUUGGGGCCAUCCUGAUUCUGAUGGUGGGAGCCCAAUAACUAACUAUAUUGUGGAACGUCGAGACAAGACCGGUCUACGGUGGGUGAAAUGUAACAAAAAGGUUGUUACUGACUUACGUUUUAAAGUGUCUGGACUGACAGAAGGCCAUGAAUAUGAAUACAGAGUCAUGGCAGAAAACGCUGCUGGUGUCAGUGAGCCAAGCCCAACCAGUCCAUUCUAUAAAGCCUGUGAUACUGUGUUUAAGCCUGGUCCCCCAGGUAAUCCUCGUGUUUUGGAUAGCAGCAAGUCUUCUAUUACAAUAGCAUGGAACAAACCAAUAUAUGAUGGUGGUUCAGAGAUCACAGGUUACAUGGUUGAGAUUGCUCUACCUGAAGAAGAUGAGUGGAAGAUUGUAACUCCACCAAUGGGUCUAAAGGCCACUUCUUUUACCAUCACUGACUUGAAAGAAAACCAAGAGUACAAAAUACGGAUAUAUGCUAUGAACUCUGAGGGUCUUGGCGAACCUGCUCUUGUUCCUGGCACUCCAAAAGCUGAAGAAAGAAUGCUACCUCCAGAGAUUGAACUUGAUGCAGAGCUACGUAAAGUUGUAACUAUUAGAGCUUGCUGUACUCUGAGACUCUUUGUCCCAAUUAAAGGAAGACCAGCACCUGAAGUUAAAUGGACAAGAGAACAUGGGGAAUCUUUGGAUAGAGCAAGCAUUGAAUCAACAAGCUCCUAUACUUUACUUAUUGUUGAAAAUGUAAAUAGAUUUGAUAGUGGAAAAUACAUACUGACAAUUGAAAACAGCUCAGGUAGUAAAACAGCUUUUGUGAACGUCAGAGUUCUUGAUACUCCAGGGGCACCUCAAGAUUUGAAAAUAAAGGAAGUUACAAAAUCUUCAGUUACACUCACAUGGGAGCCUCCUCUCAUAGAUGGUGGCUCUAAAAUAAAAAAUUACAUCGUUGAAAAGCGUGAAUCAACAAGAAAAGCUUAUUCAACUGUUAAUGCCAAUUGCCACAAGACCAGCUGGAAAGUUGAUUCACUGCAAGAAGGCUGCAACUACUACUUCAGAGUCCUUGCUGAAAAUGAGUAUGGAAUAGGCCUUCCAGUUGAAACUUCAGAAUCCAUAAAAGUGUCAGAAAGACCACUUCCACCAGGGAAAAUAACUUUGUUGGAUGUGACAAGAAAUAGUGUAACCUUAUCUUGGGAAAAACCUGAACAUGAUGGUGGUAGCAGAAUUCUGGGCUAUAUUGUAGAAAUGCAAAGCAAAGGCAGUGAAAAGUGGUCAACCUGUGCUACCGUGAAAGUUACUGAAGCGACCAUCACAGGACUGAUCCAAGGUGAAGAAUAUACCUUCCGUGUUUCAGCUCAGAAUGAGAAAGGUAUCAGUGAUCCUCGCCAGCUGGGUAUACCAGUGGUUGCAAAAGAUCUUGUGAUCCCCCCAGCUUUCAAACUGCUGUUUACCACUUUCAGUGUUCUAGCAGGAGAGGACUUAAAGGUUGAUGUUCCUUUUGUUGGUCGACCCAAACCGGCAGUGUCUUGGCAUAAAGACAAUGUGGCACUGAAGCAGACUACAAGAGUAAAUGCAGAAAGCUCAGAAAACAACACAGUGUUAACAAUAAAAGAAGCAUGCAGAGAAGAUGUGGGAUCAUAUUUAGUUAAACUUACAAACUCUGCUGGUGAAGCAACUGAGACACUAAAUAUUGUUGUCCUUGACAAACCAGGACCUCCAACUGGACCAGUAAAAGUAGAUGAAGUCACAGCAGAUAGUAUUACCAUUUCCUGGGAACCACCCAAGUAUGAUGGUGGUAGCUCUAUCAAUAAUUACAUUGUAGAAAGAAGAGACACUUCCACCACGACUUGGCAUAUUGUGUCAGCUACUGUUGCUAGAACAACUAUAAAAGCAUGUCGUUUAAAGACUGGCUGUGAAUAUCAGUUCAGAAUUGCAGCUGAGAACAGAUAUGGGAAGAGUACGUAUCUCACCUCAGAGUCAAUAGUAGCCCAAUACCCAUUUAAAGUUCCUGGUCCACCUGGAACUCCUUUUGUAACAAAUACCACAAAAGACAGCAUGGUGGUACAAUGGCACGAACCAGUCAACGAUGGCGGUAGCAGGAUCAUUGGUUAUCACUUGGAGCGCAAAGAAAGAAACAGCAUUCUGUGGGCUAAACUGAACAAAACACCUCUUCCGGAUACCAAAUUUAAGACAACUGGCCUUGAGGAAGGUCUUGAAUAUGAAUUCAGAGUCUCUGCAGAAAACAUAGUGGGAAUUGGAAAGGCAAGUAGAGCAUCUGAGUGCUAUACUGCACGUGACCCAUGUGACCCUCCGGGUCGUCCAGAACCUGUAAUUGUCACAAGAAGCUCAGUAACACUCCAGUGGAAGAAGCCUAUAUAUGAUGGUGGAAGUAAAAUCACAGGUUAUGUUGUUGAAAAGAAGGAAUUACCUGAUGGCCGUUGGAUGAAAGCAAGCUUUACAAAUGUCAUUGAUACUCAGUUUGAAGUAACUGGUCUAGUCGAAAACCAGAGAUACGAGUUUCGUGUUAUCGCACGAAAUGCUGCAGGUGUUUUCAGUGAACCAUCUGAGAGUUCAGGGGCAAUUACAGCAAGAGAUGAGGUAGAACCACCUCAGAUAAGUAUGGAUCCAAAAUUCAGAGACACUAUUGUAGUGCAUGCUGGUGAGUCAUUCAAGCUUGAUGCUGAUGUUCAUGGCAAACCAAUACCUUCCAUUCAGUGGUUAAAAGGUGAUCGUGAGCUGACAAGCACUGCUCAUAUGGAAAUAAAAACUACUGAUUUUGCAACAAGCCUCAGUGUGAAGGAAGCAACGAGAGUUGACAGUGGGCAGUAUGUACUACUGGCAAAGAAUGUUGCAGGUGAAAAGAAGGUUCCUGUUAAUGUCAAAGUUCUUGAUAGACCUGGACCUCCAGAAGGACCUGUUGAGUUUACAGGUGUUACAGCUGAAAAAUGCACACUGUCAUGGAAACCUCCACUACAAGAUGGUGGUAGCGAUAUUUCACACUACGUUGUAGAAAAAAGAGAAACCAGUCGCUUGGUGUGGACUAUUGUUGACUCAAAUGUGCAAACCCUGAACUGCAAAGUUACAAAACUUCUAGAAGGAAAUGAGUAUGUUUUCCGCAUCAUGGCAGUAAAUAAAUAUGGUGUUGGUGAACCUCUUGAGUCUGACCCAGUAGUCGCAAAGAACCCAUUUGUUGUGCCACUUCCUCCAAAGGCUCCAGAAGUCACAGCAGUUACCAAGGAUUCUAUGAUAGUUGUAUGGGAAAGACCAGCCUCAGAUGGUGGCAGUGAAAUCCUUGGCUACGUCCUUGAAAAACGAGAUAAGGAAGGCAUUCGCUGGACAAGAUGUAACAAACGCCUGAUAAGUGAACUGCGAUACAGAGUGACUGGUCUUAUAGAAAAUCAUGAUUAUGAGUACAGAGUUUCAGCUGAAAAUGCUGCUGGUCUUAGUGAACCAAGUCCACCUUCUACUUACUACAAAGCAUGUGAUCCUAUUUACAAGCCAGGUCCACCCAAUAAUCCUAAAGUUACGGAUGUCACAAGAUCUUCAGUUUUUCUUUCAUGGGGUAAACCUAUAUAUGACGGUGGCUCUGAAAUUCAGGGAUACAUUGUGGAAAAAUGUGAUGUAAGUGAUGGUGAAUGGUCAAUUUGUACCCCUCCAACUGGAAUUAAGAAUACUCACAUGGAAGUAGAAAAAUUAGUGGAAAAACACGAAUACAAAUUCCGCAUAUGUGCAGUUAAUAAAGUAGGAGUUGGAGAGCAUGCAGAUGUUCCUGGUUCUGUUGUUGUCGAAGAGAAGAUGGAGGCACCAGACCUUGACCUUGACAUGGAAUUAAGGAAGAUUGUAAAUGUGAGAGCAGGAGGUUCCUUAAGACUGUUUGUUCCCAUCAGAGGUCGUCCAACACCUGAAGUAAAAUGGGGUAAAGUGGAAGGUGACAUCAGAGAAGCAGCUAUUAUUGAUACCACUAGUAGCUUUACUUCCCUUGUUCUAGAUAAUGUUAACAGAUUUGAUAGCGGAAAAUAUACUCUGACCUUGGAAAACAGCAGCGGAACAAAGUCUGCAUUUGUCAGUGUAAGAGUACUGGAUACCCCAAGUGCACCUGUUAAUUUAAAAAUCAGAGAGAUCACUAAAGACUCUGUUUCACUUUCAUGGGAGCCUCCUCUCUUGGAUGGUGGAGCAAAAAUAAAGAAUUUCAUUAUUGAAAAGCGUGAAGCAACAAGAAAGGCAUAUGCAGCUGUUGUAACAAACUGCCACAAGACUUCAUGGAAAGUAGAUCAACUUCAGGAGGGCUGCUAUUACUUCUUCAGAAUCUCUGCUGAGAAUGAAUAUGGAAUUGGCCUCCCUGCAGAGACCAGUGACCCAAUUAAAGUUGCUGAAGUUCCACAGCCUCCUGGGAAAAUAACAGUGGAGGAUGUCACAAGAAACAGUGUCUCACUUAGCUGGGCAAAACCUGAACAUGAUGGUGGUAGCAAAAUCAUACAAUAUAUUGUUGAAAUGCAAGCAAAGGGUAGUGAGAAGUGGUCAGAGUGUGCUCGUGUUAAAACACUUGAAGCAGUUGUUACUAAUCUAACUCAAGGGGAAGAAUAUCUUUUCAGAGUAAUGGCUGUCAAUGAAAAGGGUAAGAGUGAUCCUCGAGCACUUGCAGUUCCAAUAGUUGCCAAAGACCUGGUGAUUGAACCUGAUGUAAGACCUGCUUUCCACAGUUACAGUGUUCAGGUGGGACAGGACCUAAAAGUAGAAAUACCAAUUGCAGGUCGACCUAAGCCAACUGUUACCUGGGUUAAAGAUGGGCAGCCAUUGAAGCAGACAACAAGAGUCAAUGUCAGUGAUUCAACUGACCUCACUGUAUUGACCCUUAAGGAAACUAGCAAAGAAGACAGUGGCACUUAUGAAAUCACUGUGGCUAAUGUUGUUGGGCAAAAGUCUGCCUCUGUUCAAAUUAUUACUCUAGACAAACCUGACCCUCCAGUUGGACCUGUGAAGUUUGAUGAAAUAAGUGCAGAAAGUAUUACCCUGUCAUGGAAUCCCCCAGUGUACACAGGCGGCUGCCAAAUCACCAACUAUAUUGUGCACAAGAGAGAUACAACAACCACUGUAUGGGAAACAGUUUCAGCUACUGUUGCAAGAACUACACUGAAGGUGACUAAACUGAAAACUGGUUCAGAAUACCAGUUCAGAAUAUUUGCUGAGAACAGGUAUGGGCAGAGUUUUGCAUUGGAAUCUGCACCGGUCGUAGCACAGUAUCCCUACAAGGAACCAGGACCUCCUGGGACACCGUUUGUGACAACAGUUACAAAAGACUCCAUGGUUGUACAAUGGCACGAACCAGUAAAUGAUGGUGGCAGUAAAGUGUUGGGUUACCAUCUUGAGAGAAAGGAGAAAAACAGCAUCCUAUGGACUAAAGUAAACAAGACUAUCAUUCAGGACACAAGUUUUAAGACAAAUAACCUUGAAGAAGGAAUUGAGUAUGAGUUUCGAGUUUCUGCAGAAAACAUUGUUGGUGUAGGCAGAACAAGUAAAGUUUCUGAGUGCUAUGUAGCUCGAGAUCCAUGCGAUCCUCCAGGUCGCCCAGAAGCUAUAAUAAUAAAAAGAAGCUCUAUUACUCUACAGUGGACCAAACCAGAAUAUGAUGGUGGAAGCAAGGUUACUGGUUAUAUUGUAGAGAAACGUGACUUACCAGAUGGUCGCUGGAUGAAAGCGAGCUUCACAAAUAUCAUUGAAACUCAGUUCACUGUUACAGGACUUACUGAAGACCAAAGAUAUGAAUUUAGAGUAAUUGCAAAGAAUGCUGCAGGUGCAAUAAGCAAACCUUCUGACAGUACAGGACCAAUAACAGCAAGGGAUGAAGUUGAACUUCCACGAAUUUCAAUGGAUCCGAAGUACAAAGACACUAUUGUUGUAAAUGCUGGUGAGACAUUCAGACUUGAGGCUGAUGUCCAUGGAAAGCCACUACCAACCAUUAAGUGGUACAAAGGAGAUAAAGAGCUUGAGGACACUGCUAGAUAUGAAAUAAAGAACACCGAUUUCAGUGCAUUAAUAAUUGUAAAAGAUGCUAUUAGAGUUGAUGGUGGACAGUACAUUCUAGAAGCCUCUAAUGUUGCAGGAACAAAGACAGUAACAGUAAAUGUAAAAGUCUUGGACAGACCAGGACCUCCAGAGGGCCCAGUCCAAGUGACAGGAGUUACAGCUGAAAAAUGUGCACUGGCAUGGGGUCCUCCUCUUCAUGAUGGUGGCAGUGAUAUUUCUCAUUACAUUGUAGAGAAGAGAGAAACUAGUCGCCUGGCGUGGACUGUGGUUGCUUCAGAAGUUUUACCUACAAUGCUGAAAGUAACAAAACUCUUGGAAGGAAAUGAAUACGUCUUCCGUAUCAUGGCAGUUAACAAAUAUGGGGUUGGUGAGCCAUUAGAAUCUGUGCCAGUAAUGAUGAAAAAUCCAUUUGUGGUUCCUGGACCACCAAAGGCCUUGGAAAUUACCAACAUCACGAAGGAUUCUAUGACUGUGUGCUGGACCCGGCCAGACAGUGAUGGAGGUAGUGAAAUCGUAGGUUACAUUGUAGAAAAGCGAGACCGAGCAGGCAUCAGAUGGAUAAAAUGCAAUAAACGCCGCAUUACAGAUUUGCGAUUAAGAGUUACAGGUUUAACAGAGGAUCAUGAAUAUGAAUUCAGAGUUUCUGCUGAAAAUGCUGCUGGAGUUGGGGAGCCAAGCCAAGUUUCUCCCUACUUCAAAGCUUGUGACCCGAUGUUCAAGCCUGGCCCACCUACAAACGCCCAUGUUGUGGAUACCACCAAAAGUUCAGUUACACUCGGUUGGAGUAAACCUAUUUAUGAUGGUGGUUGUGAAAUCCAGGGAUACCUUGUUGAAAUCUGUAAAGCAGAUGAAGAUGAAUGGUCGCUUGUUACUCCACAGAUGGGCAUACGUGCCACUCGAUUUGAGAUCAAAAAGCUUACUGAACAUCAAGAAUACAAACUACGAGUGUGUGCUCUCAACAAAAUUGGUGUGGGAGAGCCUGCAUCAGUUCCUGGUACUAUUAAACCAGAAGACAAACUUGAAGCUCCAGAGCUUGAUAUUGAUUCAGAGCUAAGGAAAGGGAUAGUGGUUAGAGCUGGUGGGUCUGCUAGGAUUCACAUACCAUUCAGGGGACGACCAACACCUGACAUCACAUGGUCCCGAGAAGAAGGUGAAUUCACAGAAAAAGUUCAGAUUGAUAAAGGCAUAAACUACACACAACUUUCAAUUGACAACUGUGAUAGAAAUGAUGCUGGAAAGUAUAUUCUCAAGCUGGAGAACAGCAGUGGUUCUAAAUCUGCAUUUGUUACAGUGAAAGUCUUGGACACGCCGGGACCCCCACAAAACUUAGUGGUAAAGGAUAUAAAGAAGGAUUCUGCUGUAUUAUCUUGGGAGCCACCGAUUAUUGAUGGUGGUGCAAAGGUCAAGAACUAUGUAAUAGACAAGCGUGAGUCAACCAGGAAGGCAUUUGCAAAUGUAAGUGCUAAGUGUGCCAAGACAAGUUUUAAAGUUGAAAAUCUUACAGAAGGAGCAAUUUAUUACUUCAGAGUUAUGGCUGAAAAUGAAUAUGGAAUUGGUGUUCCAGUUGAAACCAGGGAUGCUAUCAAAGCCUCAGAGCCACCUCUGCCUCCUGGGAAAGUAACACUCACUGAUGUCACUCAGAGAAGUGCAUCACUUAUGUGGGAAAAACCUGAACAUGAUGGAGGUAGCAGAAUUUUGGGAUAUCUUGUUGAAAUGUUGCCUAAAGGAACAGAAAAGUGGAGUGUCGUGAGUGAGACCAAAACAUGUAAUGCAGAGGUGUCUGGUUUGAGUCCAGGACAGGAAUAUCAAUUCCGUGUGAUUGCCUACAAUGAAAAAGGCAAAAGUGAUCCCAGGGCACUUGGAAUUCCUGUGAUAGCUAAAGACCUGACUAUUGAGCCAAGUUUCAAACUGAUGUUUAAUACAUACAGUGUACAAGCUGGAGAAGAUCUGAAGGUAGAAGUACCAUUUAUAGGUAGACCCAAACCUACUAUUACUUGGACAAAAGAUGAGCAGCCACUGAAACAGACAACCAGAUUAAAUAUUGAGAAUACGACAACAUCAACUAUUUUACAUAUUAAAGAAAGCAACAGGGAAGACUUUGGUAAAUAUACAGUAACAGCAACAAAUGCAGCAGGUACAGCAACAGAGCACCUGAGCAUAAUUGUACUAGAAAAGCCUGGCCCACCACGAGGACCCGUCCGCUUCGAUGAAAUUAGUGCAGACUUUGUUGUUUUAUCAUGGGAACCACCUGAUUAUACUGGUGGCUGCCAGAUAAGCAACUAUAUAGUAGAAAAGCGUGACACAAGCACUACCACAUGGAACAUUGUGUCAGCAACUGUUGCAAGAACAACCAUCAAAGCAACAAAGCUUAAAACAGGUACUGAAUACCAGUUCAGGAUUUCUGCUGAAAAUAGAUAUGGGAAGAGCUCUCCUUUGGCUUCUAAAUCAGUUGUUGUGCAAUACCCCUACAAGGUGCCUGGACCACCUGGAACCCCAUUUGUUACAGCAUCCUCCAAAGACCACAUGAUUGUACAAUGGCAUGAACCAGUUAACGAUGGAGGAAGCAAAAUUCUUGGCUACCAUCUUGAACGUAAAGAUAAGAACAGCAUUCUUUGGACAAAGCAGAACAAGUCACUUAUUGUGGACACCAAAUAUAAAACAGACGGCCUUGAAGAAGGUCUUGAAUAUGAGUUCAGAGUUUCUGCUGAAAACAUUGUUGGCAUUGGAAAAGUCAGCAAAGUAUCAGAACUGUAUGUUGCCCGAGAUCCUUGUGACCCACCUGGCCGCCCAGAGGCCAUUGUUGUUACAAGAAAUAAUAUCACACUGAAGUGGAAAAAGCCAGAAUAUGAUGGUGGAAGCAAAAUAACUGGUUAUAUUGUGGAAAAGAAAGAACUACCAGACGGUCGCUGGAUGAAAGCCAGCUUUACAAAUGUAUUGGAAACAGAAUUUACAGUAAGUGGUCUUGUCGAAAACCAACGAUAUGAAUUCCGAGUAAUUGCAAGAAAUGCAGCAGGUUGCUUGAGUGAACCAUCUGAAAGUACAGGGCCUAUUACUGCCAGAGAUGAAAUUGAAGCACCAGGAGCUUCAUUGGAUCCUAAAUACAGAGAUGUCAUUGUUGUUCAUGCUGGAGAAACCUUUAUUCUUGAAGCUGAUAUCCAUGGCAAACCUAUUCCUGACAUUACAUGGUCAAAAGAUGGUAAAGACCUUGAAGAAACAACUGCAAGAAUGGAAAUUAAAUCUACCAUUGAGAAAACAAGUCUCACUGUCAAAGACUGUAUAAGAGUAGAUGGAGGUCACUAUACCCUUAACCUCAAAAAUGUUGGUGGCACCAAAUCUAUACCAAUCACUGUGAAAGUGCUUGACAGACCAGGACCUCCAGAAGGACCUUUGAACGUUACAGGUGUCACUGCAGAAAAAUGCUACUUGUCAUGGUCUCCACCUUCACAUGACGGUGGUUCUAGUAUCUCACAUUAUAUCAUUGAGAAGAGAGAGACAAGUAGGCUUUCAUGGACGCAAGUAGCAACAGAUGUGCAGGCUCUAAAUCACAAAGUAACCAAACUUCUUCCAGGCAAUGAAUACAUUUUCCGUGUAAUGGCAGUGAAUAAAUAUGGAGUUGGAGAGCCCUUGGAAUCUGAACCAGUUGUGGCUCGUAAUCCAUACAAGCCCCCUGGUCCUCCUUCAACACCUGAAGUUUCAGCAAUCACAAAAGAUUCUAUGGUGGUAACAUGGGGUCGCCCAGAAGACAAUGGAGGAGCUGAAAUUGAAGGUUACAUCCUUGAAAAACGAGACAAGGAUGGUAUCCGGUGGACCAAAUGCAAUAAGAAAAGGCUGACAGACUUGCGAUUCAGAGUAACAGGUCUAACUGAUGGGCAUUUCUAUGAGUUUAGAGUGUCUGCUGAAAAUGCUGCAGGGGUAGGGGAACCCAGUGAGCCAUCCAUUUUCUAUCGUGCUUGUGAUGUAUUAUAUCCACCAGGUCCGCCUACCAAUCCAAAGGUUACAGACACUUCCAGGUCAUCAGUUUCCCUGGCCUGGAGUAAGCCCAUUUAUGAUGGUGGCGCUCCUGUUAAAGGAUAUGUAGUGGAAGUAAAAGAAGCUGCUGCUGAUGAAUGGACUACCUGCACCCCACCAACAGGCCUACAAGCAAAGCAGUUCACCGUGACAAAACUGAAGGAGAACCAGGAGUAUAACUUCCGCAUCUGUGCCAUCAACUCAGAAGGAGUAGGAGAACCUGCAACUAUACCUGGUGCAGUCUUAGCAGAGGACAAGACUGAACCUCCUGAAAUUGAACUUGAUGCAGAUCUCAGAAAAGUAGUCACUGUACGUGCUAGUGGUACUUUACGCCUGUUUGUCACCAUCAAAGGAAGACCAGAACCUGAAGUUAAAUGGGAGAAAGCAGAAGGAACAAUUAGUGAGCGAGCUCAGAUUGAAGUCACCAGUUCCUACACAAUGCUGGUCAUUGACAAUGUCAAUAGAUUUGAUAGUGGUAGAUAUAAUCUUACAUUAGAGAACAACAGUGGCAAAAAAUCUGCUUUUGUUAAUGUCAGAGUGCUUGAUACACCUAGUGCACCUCUAAACCUGACAAUCAGAGAAGUGAAAAAAGAUUUUGUAACUUUAGCCUGGGAAGCACCACUUAUUGACGGCGGAGCUAAAAUUACCAACUACGUAGUUGAAAAGCGAGAAUCUACAAGAAAGGCAUAUGCCACAGUUACAAGCAACUGUACUAAGAAUUCCUUCAAGAUUACUCAGCUACAAGAAGGAUGUAGUUAUUAUUUCCGUGUUCUGGCUGUAAAUGAAUAUGGGGCUGGUUUACCAGCAGAAAUUGCUGAUCCAGUUAAGGUGUCUGAACCACCUUCUCCACCUUCAAAGGUCGUUCUUGUUGACGUGACUCGCAAUUCUGCAUCAAUUAAAUGGGAAAAGCCAGAGAGUGAUGGUGGUAGCAAAAUUACUGGUUAUAUAGUAGAAAUGCAGACUAAAGGAAGUGUAAAAUGGAGUGCAUGUACCCAGGUGAAAACACUGGAAGCCACAGUAACAGGCUUAAGUAUGGGGGAAGAGUACAGCUUCAGGGUGAUUGCUGUUAAUGAAAAAGGAAAAAGUGAUCCAAGAGAACUUGGUGUCCCAGUCAUUGCAAAAGAUAUUGAAAUCCAGCCAUCUGUUGAGCUUCUUUUUAACACAUUCACAGUGAAAGCUGGAGAUGAUCUUAAGAUUGACAUUCCAUUCAGAGGGCGACCUCUUCCCACUGUUAGCUGGAAGAAAGAUGGGAAUCCCUUAAAACAGACAACCAGAGUAAAUGUUCAAACAUCAAAGUCUUUAACUUCACUGUCCAUCAAGGAAGCUACAAAUGAAGAUCUGGGACAGUAUGAAUUACAUCUUUCAAAUACUGCUGGAACAACAACAGUUUCUCUAACUGUAGUUGUCCUUGACAGACCAGGGCCACCAACUGAUGUUAAAAUUGAUGAAGUUAGUGCUGAUAGUGUAACUCUGUCUUGGAAACCUCCAGCAUAUGAUGGCGGAUGUCACAUUAGCAAUUACAUUGUGGAGAAGAGAGAUACUACCACAACAACAUGGGAGGUCGUAUCUGCAGCAGUUGCAAGAACAUCAAUUAAAGUAUCUCGGCUUGUCACUGGAUCUGAAUAUCAGUUCCGUGUUUGUGCAGAAAACCGCUAUGGGAAGAGCACUUAUACCAAUUCUCCUUCUGUUGUGGCAGAGUAUCCAUUUAAGCCUCCAGGUCCUCCAGGAACACCUCGUGUGGCACAUGCAACCAAGUCUUUCAUGAUUGUAACUUGGCAGGUACCAGUUAAUGAUGGAGGCAGCGUAGUACUAGGAUACCAUUUGGAGCAUAAAGAAAGAAGCAGCAUUCUUUGGACAAAAGUCAACAAGAGCCUCAUAACUGAUACACAAAUGAAAGUUACAGGUCUUGAUGAAGGACUCAUGUAUGAAUAUCGUGUGUAUGCAGAAAACAUUGCUGGAAUAGGCAAAUGCAGCAAAGCAUGUGAACCAGUUGCUGCAAGAGAUCCAUGUGAUCCUCCUGGUCAACCAGAAGUUACUAAUAUUACAAGAACAUCUGUCUCAUUGAAGUGGACUAAACCAGAAUACGAUGGUGGAGCUAAAGUAACAGGAUAUAUUAUUGAACGCCGAGAACUACCAGAUGGUCGUUGGCUAAAAUGUAAUUUUACUAAUGUGCAAGAAACAUACUUUGAUGUAGGUGGACUUACAGAAGACCAGCGUUAUGAAUUCCAUGUGAUUGCAAAGAAUGCUGCUGGACUCUUCAGUCAGCCAUCUGAAUCAACUGGACCUGUGACCGUAAAAGAUGAUGUAGAGGCUCCAAGAAUUAUGAUGGAUGCCAAAUUCAGGGAUGUUGUAGUUGUGAAAGCUGGAGAAGUGUUUAAAGUCAAUGCUGAUGUUGCAGGACGGCCAAUACCCGUGAUUUCAUGGACAAAAGAUGGCAAGGAGCUCGAAGGGAAAGCUAGAGUUGAAAUAGUGUCAACAGAUUUCACUACCGCAAUAACCAUUAAGGACUGUAUCCGAGGGGAUUCAGGACAGUAUGUACUAACACUACAGAAUGUUGCAGGAACAAAAUCUUUGGCAAUUAAUUGCAAAGUACUUGAUAGACCUGGCCCACCUGCAGGUCCAUUAGAAAUAAAUGGCCUUACUGCUGAAAAGUGCCAUUUGUCAUGGGGACCCCCUCAAGAAAAUGGUGGUGCAGAUAUUGAUCAUUAUAUUGUAGAAAAACGUGAGACCAGCAGAAUUGCAUGGACACUUUGUGAAGGAGAGCUUAAAACAACAUCUUGUAAAGUGACAAAAUUACUCAAAGGUAAUGAAUAUAUUUUCAGAGUCAUGGGAGUUAACAAGUAUGGCGUUGGUGAGCCUCUAGAAAGUGUUGCUGUCAAAGCCCUAGACCCAUUUACAGUUCCAAGCCCACCUACAUCUUUAGAGAUCACCAGUGUGAGCAAAGAUUCGAUAACUCUGUGCUGGGCAAGACCUGAGUCUGAUGGAGGCAGUGAGAUCUCAGGCUAUGUAAUUGAAAGGCGUGAGAAAACCAGCCUAAGAUGGAUUCGUGUAAACAAAAAGCCAGUUUAUGAUUUAAGAGUGAAAUCAUCGGGUCUCCGUGAGGGAUGUGAAUAUGAAUUCCGGGUUUAUGCAGAAAAUGCUGCUGGCCUCAGUCUCCCAAGUGAAACCACACCAUUGAUUAAGGCAGAAGAUCCAAUCUUCUUGCCAUCACCCCCAUCUAAACCUAAGAUUAUGGAUUCUACAAGGUCAAAUAUCACAAUUGGUUGGACAAAGCCACUGUUUGAUGGAGGUGCUCCAGUAACAGGGUACACUGUUGAAUACAAGAAAACUGAUGAAACUGACUGGACAACAGCUAUUCAGAAUUUAAGAGGCACAGAAUAUACCAUAACUGGAUUAACGUCGGGCUCUGAGUAUGUUUUUAGAGUGAAAUCCAUUAACAAAAUGGGUGUCAGUGAACCAAGUGAUGUCUCAGAACCUCAGGUGGCUAAAGAAAGAGAGGAAGAACCUGCCUUUGAAAUCGACAGUGAAAUGCGGAAGACUUUAAUUGUAAAGGCUGGUGGAUCGUUCACAAUGACUGUUCCUUUCAGAGGCAAACCAGUCCCAAAUGUAACAUGGAACAAACCAGACACUGAUCUCCGUACACGUGCAAGCAUUGACACUUCAAGUAAUUGUACAUCUCUUACUAUUGAAAAAGCAACAAGAAAUGAUUCUGGAAAAUAUACAUUAACGUUGCAAAACAUCCUGAACACUACCGCCUUGACUUUAAUGGUCAAAGUUCUUGAUACACCUGGCCCACCAUCUAAUAUUGCAACAAAAGACAUAACUAAAGAAUCUGCUGUGUUAUCUUGGGAUGUACCUGAAAAUGAUGGUGGAGCACCUGUAAAGAACUAUGUAAUUGAAAAACGAGAAGCUAGCAAAAAGGCGUGGGUCACUGUGACAAACAACUGUCAUCGCCUGUCCUACAAAGUGACUGGUUUGCAAGAAGGUGGCAUUUACUACUUCCGUGUCUCCGGAGAAAAUGAAUAUGGUGUUGGAGUGCCUUCUGAGACCAAAGAGGGAACAAAAAUAACAGAAAAACCCAGCCCACCAGAAAAGCUAGGAGUCACAAACGUCACAAAGGACAGUGUUUCUCUUUCAUGGCUAAAACCAGAACAUGAUGGUGGAAGCAGAAUUAUUAGCUAUCUCCUUGAAGCUCUUGAGAAGGGACAGCAAAAAUGGGUUAAGUGUGCAGUUGUAAAGACAACUCAUCAUGUUGUCCAUGGUCUUAAGGAGAACGUUGACUAUUUCUUCAGGGUGUCUGCCGAAAACCAAGCUGGUUUAAGUGAUCCUAAGGAACUGCUGCUCCCCGUUACAGUUAAAGAACAAUUAGAAUCUCCUGAGAUUGACAUGAAGGGCUUCCCUCAUAACACUGUAUAUGUUCGAGCAGGAUCAAAUCUCAAAGUUGAAAUUCCAGUUUCUGGAAAACCAGUGCCAAAGGUGACGCUGUCUAGAGAUGGUGUUGCACUGAAACCUACCAUGAGAUUUCACACAGAAACCACUGCAGAAAGUCUCAUCAUUAACCUUAAAGAAAGUGUGGCUGCUGAUGCUGGCAGAUAUGACAUUACUGCUGCAAACUCAAGUGGCACCACAAAAUCAUUUGUUAAUAUUGUUGUGCUGGAUAGACCCGGUCCUCCUGUUGGUCCUGUUGUCCUUAGCGAUGUCACUGAAGAGAGUGUAACACUCAGAUGGCAACCACCAGCUUAUGAUGGUGGAAGUCAGGUUACCAACUAUAUCGUACUGAAAAGAGAAACAAGUACUGCUGCUUGGUCUGAAGUGUCUGCCACUGUUGCUAGAACCGUUAUCAAAGUUAUGAGGCUCACAACAGGAGAAGAGUACCAAUUCCGCAUCAAAGCUGAGAACCGCUUUGGCAUCAGCGAUCACAUAGACUCCCAGUGUGUGGUUGUCAAGCUUCCUUACACUACACCGGGCCCUCCUUCUACACCAUGGGUCACUAAUGUUACCCGAGAGAGUAUUACUGUUGGAUGGCAUGAACCAGUCACUAAUGGUGGCAGUGCUAUCACUGGAUAUCACCUGGAAAUGAAAGACAGAAAUAGCAUUUUGUGGCAGAAGGCUAACAAGACCCUUAUUCGUACCACUCAUUUCAAAGUCACCACGAUCAGCGCUGGCCUUAUCUAUGAAUUUAGAGUUUAUGCAGAAAAUGCAGCUGGCAUUGGAAAAGCAAGUCGUCCUUCUGAUCCAGUCCUUGCAAUUGAUGCUUGUGAACCACCAAGAAACGUUCGUGCCUCAGAUAUUUCCAAGACCUCUAUCACUCUCGCCUGGCAGAAGCCAGCAUUUGAUGGCGGUAGCAAAAUCACUGGAUACAUCGUAGAAAAACGUGAUCUUCCAGAUGGCAGAUGGACAAAAGCUAGCUUCACCAAUGUUAUUGAGACUCAGUUCACAGUAUCUGGCCUGACACAGAAUUCCAAGUAUGAAUUCCGGGUCUUUGCAAAGAAUGCUGUCGGUUCCAUCAGUAAUCCCUCAGAUGUUGUGGGUCCUAUCACAUGUGUUGAUACAUAUGGUGCACCUGAAAUCGAUGUGCCACCAGAAUAUACAGAAGUGGUGAAAUACAAAGCAGGAACUUCAGUUAAGCUAAAACUAGGCAUCUCAGGCAAGCCUAUACCCACAAUUGAAUGGUUCAAAAAUGGCAAUGAGGUACUAACCAGUGCACUAGUGUCUUUUGAAAGCACAACAGAAUUUGCUUCUAUACUCAUCAAGGAUGCAAAUCGACUUGACAGUGGCACCUAUGAAUUAAAAUUGAAGAAUGCCAUGGGUUCAGCAUCAGCCCAUAUUAGAGUACAGAUACUUGACAAGCCAGGACCCCCAGGUGGACCUAUACAGUUUAAGACAGUCACUGCUGAAAAGAUUACAAUAAUGUGGGAGCCACCAGCAGAUGAUGGCGGUGCACCUAUAACACACUACGUUGUUGAAAAGCGGGAAACAAGUCGGGUUGUAUGGUCUUUAAUUUCUGAAAAACUGGAGGGAUGCAUCAUAACUACAACAAAACUCAUCAAAGGAAAUGAGUAUGUGUUCCGUGUCCGUGGUGUGAACAAGUUUGGAAUUGGUGAUCCACUGGAAUCUGAGCCCGUUAUAGCCAAAAAUUCAUUUGUCACACCUGGACCACCUAGUACACCAGAAGUCACGAAGAUAACCAAGAAUUCCAUGACUGUUGUCUGGAGUAGGCCCACUGUUGAUGGAGGCAGUGAAAUAUCAGGAUAUUUUCUGGAGAAACGUGACAAGAAGAGUCUGAGUUGGUUCAAGGUCUCUAAAGAAACCAUUCGGGACACCAGACAGAAAGUAACAGGUCUGACUGAAAAUAGUGAAUAUCAUUUCCGAGUUUGUGCCGUCAAUGCAGCUGGACCAGGUCCCUUCUCUGAGGCUUCUGACUUCUACAAAGCUGCAGAUCCUGUUGAUAAGCCAGGCACACCAACAAAGCUGAAAGUUGUGGACACAACCAAGACAUCUGUUACCCUUGGCUGGAUUAAACCUGCCUAUGAUGGAGGAAGUCCAAUUACCCACUAUGUGGUGGAGAAGAGGGAAGGUGAAGAGCAAGAAUGGACUGUAGUCAGUACCAAGGGAGAAGUGAGAACAACUGAAUAUGUUGUAUCCCACCUUCAGCCAAGUGUUAAUUACUAUUUCCGUGUAUCUGCUAUGAAUUGUGCUGGACAAGGAGAGCCUAUUGAAAUGAUGGAACCCCUUCAAGCUAAAGAUAUUCUUGUGGCACCAGAGAUUGAUCUGGAUGUUGCUCUUCGGACAUCUAUUGUUGCUAAAGCAGGUGAAGAUGUGGAAAUAACAAUUCCAUUCAAGGGAAGACCUCCGCCAACAGUCACAUGGAGAAAGGGGGACAAGAAUCUUGGUACUGAUGAAAGAUAUAUAAUCCAAAACACAGAAUCAUCUACACUACUUGUUAUUCCUCAAGUUACACGAAAUGAUACAGGAAAAUAUGUUCUUACAAUUGAAAAUGGAGUUGGAGAAGCAAAAUCAUCAUUUGUGAAUGUGAAAGUACUUGACACACCUUCUGCAUGCCAGAAGCUGCAGCUCAAGCAUGUUUCUCGUGGCACAGUUACACUGGUCUGGGAGCCACCUCUCAUCAAUGGUGGUUCUGAAAUAACAAAUUAUGUUGUUGAAAGAAGAGAUGCUACAAAGAGGGCCUGGUCAACUGUUACAACAAAAUGUUCUCAUACCACCUUUAAACUGACUAACCUGUCAGAAAAGACUGCAUUCUUUUUCCGUGUUCUUGCUGAAAAUGAAAUUGGUCUAGGUGAACCUUGUGAGACCACUGAACCAGUGAAAGCUGCUGACGUACCAGGACCUGUAAAAGACCUAGCCAUGAAAGACUCUACAAAGAGUUCUGUUAAAUUGCAGUGGAGCAAACCUGACUAUGAUGGUGGUAGCAUUAUAUCAGACUAUGUUAUUGAAAAGAAACUUCAGGAAGAGAAAGAAUGGACAUAUGCAGGCACAAGCAAGAGCUGUGAAUUUGUAGCUGACAAACUUAAAGAGCUGUCUGUCAUGGAAUUCAGAGUCUUUGCUAAAAACGAAAAAGGCAUGAGUGACUCUGUUACUGUUGGACCCAUUACUGUGAAAGAACUUAUUAUAACACCUGAGGCUGACCUUUCUGAUAUUCCUGGAGGUCAGAUUGCAGUAAGAAUUGGACAUAAUCUGCACGUUGAAUUGCCCUAUAAAGGUAAACCUAAUCCAUCAAUGAGCUGGCUCAAGGACAACCUCCCUCUUAAAGAAACAGAACAUCUUCGUUUCAAGAAAACUGAAAACAAGAUAAGUUUAAGUAUCAAGAAUGUGAAAAAGGAGCAUGGUGGCAAAUAUACUUUAAUUCUUGAUAAUGUAGUCUGCAGAAAGUCAUUCACAAUCACUGUAAUCACUCUUGGUCCUCCAUCUAAGCCAAAAGCACCUUUAAGAAUAGAUGAAAUCAAAGCAGAUAGUGUAGUUUUGUCAUGGGAGGCUCCUGAUGAUGACGGGGGAGGAGAAAUUACUGGCUACAGCAUUGAGAAGAGAGAAACAUCACAAAUGAAUUGGAAGCUGGUGUGUUCAAGUGCUGCAAGAACAACCUUCAAAGUACCAAACCUUGUUAAAGAUACUGAAUAUCAGUUUAGAGUUCGUGCAGAAAACAGAUACGGAGUGAGCCCACCUCUUGUCUCAGCGGAUGUUGUGGCAAAGCACCAGUUUAAACCACCAGGUGCCCCAGGCAAGCCUGUUGUAUACAACGUAACUGCUGAUGGAAUGAGCAUUUCUUGGGACGCUCCCGUUUAUGAUGGCGGUUCGGAGAUUAUGGGAUACCAUGUUGAAAAGAAGGAAAGAAACAGUAUUUUGUGGCAGAAGGUUAAUGUUGCAUUAAUAUCUAACAGAGAAUACAGGAUUACUGGACUGCUUGAGGGCCUGGAUUACCAGUUCCAAGUAUAUGCUGAAAACGCUGCAGGUCUAAGCCGAGCUAGUGAGCCAAGCAAAUAUACUUUGGCAGUCUCUCCAGUGGACCCACCUGGUACUCCUGAUUACAUUGAUGUCACUAGGGAGACCAUCACCCUGAAAUGGAACCCCCCUCUGCGUGACGGAGGCAGUAAGAUUGUGGCUUACAGCAUUGAGAAGCGGCAAGGAAGUGCAGACCGUUGGCUCAGGUGUAACUUUACUGAUGUCAGUGAGUGCCAGUACACAGUCACGGGGCUCAGUCCAGGUGACCGGUAUGAAUUCAGAGUGCUCGCAAGAAAUGCUGUUGGUACCAUCAGCCCACCUUCACAGUCUUCAGGCUAUAUCAUGACCAGAGAUGAAAAUGUGGCUCCAACAAUUGAAUUUGGUGCUGAACACUUCGAAGGCGUUACUGUUAAAGCUGGAGAGAGCAUUAGACUUAAAGCUCUAAUCAGAGGACGUCCAGUACCUAAAGUGACAUGGUUUAAGGAUGGUAAAGAGAUUGAUAAAAUGAUGAGUAUAGAAAUAACUACAGCUAUUGGACAUAGUACAAUCUUCAUUAGAGAUGCUGUCCGGGAACAUCGUGGAGUCUACACAGUAGAAGCCAAAAAUGCAUCAGGCACUAAACGAGAAGAUAUUACCAUCAGAGUACAAGACACACCAGGAAAAGUUGGUGGACCAAUACGAUUCACAAACAUCACUGGAGAAAAAGUCACAUUAUGGUGGGAGCCUCCAGCUAAUGAUGGCUGUGCUUCUAUUUCUCACUACAUAAUUGAAAAACGUGAAACCAGCAGGAUUGCUUGGGCAUUAGUUGAAGAUAAAUGUGAAGCUUGCAGCUAUACAGCACUUAAAUUAAUUAAGGGCAAUGAGUAUCAGUUCCGUGUCUCUGCAGUGAACAAAUUUGGAGUUGGCAGACCAUUGGAGUCUGAUCCAGUUAUCGCACAAAUACCUUACACUCUCCCUGAUGCACCAGGAACUCCAGAGCCUACGCAUGUAACAGGAGACAGUAUCACACUCACAUGGGCAAGACCAGAGUCAGAUGGUGGAAGCGAGAUAAAUGAGUACAUUCUUGAAAGGAGAGAAAAGAAGAGCAUGCGCUGGGUUAAAGUAUCCAGCAAGAGGCCCAUUACUGAGAACAGAUACAGAGUAACUGGCCUUAUUGAAGGCAAUGAGUAUGAGUUCCAUGUCAUGGCUGAAAACGCUGCAGGGGUUGGACCUCCAAGCGACGUCUCGAAGCUGAUUAAAUGCAGAGAACCAGUCAGCCCGCCAAGUGCUCCUAAUGUUGUCAAGGUGACAGACACAUCAAAAACUAGUGUAAGCUUAGAGUGGACAAAGCCAGUUUUUGAUGGAGGCAUGGAAAUAAUUGGGUACAUCAUUGAGAUGUGCAAGGCUGAUCUUGAAGCAUGGCAGAAAGUCAAUGCAGAGACUGUUAUUGCUACUAAAUAUACUGUUGUUGAUUUGGAGGCAGGAGAACACUAUAAAUUCAGAGUUAGUGCUGUCAAUGGUGCUGGCAGAGGAGAAAGUUGCGAAGUUCCUGCUUCAGUCCAAACUGUGGACAGGCUUUCUGCACCUGAACUUGACAUUGAUGCAAACUUCAAGCAGACUCAUAUUGUAAGAGCAGGUGCAAGCAUUCGUCUGUUUAUUGCCUUCUCUGGAAGGCCAGUUCCUACUGCGGUGUGGUCCAAAGCAGAUGCUAAUCUUAGUUUGCGUGCUGACAUUCAAACAACUGAUUCAUUCAGCACUUUGACUGUAGAGGAAUGCAAUAGAAAUGAUGCUGGCAAGUAUGUCUUUACUGUGGAAAACAACAGUGGAAGCAAGUCCAUUACAUUUACUGUCAAGGUUUUGGACACACCUGGUCCACCAGGUCCUAUUACCUUUAAAGAUGUGACUCGAACAUCUAUUACUUUAAUGUGGGAUGCUCCUGUUCUGGACGGAGGUUCUCGUAUCCACCACUAUGUUGUGGAAAAACGUGAAGCAAGUCGUCGUAGCUGGCAAGUAGUGAGUUCAAAAUGCACUCGGCAAAUCUUUAAGGUCACAGAUCUAGCAGAAGGUAUGCCAUAUUACUACCGAGUAUCAGCAGAAAAUGAAUAUGGUGUAGGUGAACCCUGUGAAUUAACAGAACCAGUUGUGGCCACAGAAGAACCUGCUCCACCUAAGAGACUAGAUAUUGUUGAUACAACCAAAUCUUCUGUAGUUUUAGCUUGGCUUAAACCUGAUCAUGAUGGUGGUAGCCGUAUUACUGGAUACCUUCUUGAAAUGAGACAAAAAGGAUCUGACUCCUGGACUGGAGCUGGACAAACCAAGCAACUUACUUUCACCAUUGAAGGCCUUGUGGAGAACACAGAAUAUGAGUUCCGGGUGAAGGCAAAGAAUGAUGCUGGCUACAGUGAGCCAAGAGAAGCUUUCUCUUCUGUUAUCGUUAAGGAGCCACAGAUUGAGCCAACAGCAGAUCUCAGCGACAUAAGCAGACAGCUUAUAACAUGCAAGGCUGGAAGCACCUUUACUAUUGAUAUACCAAUCAGUGGGCGCCCAGCUCCAAAAGUGACUUGGAAACUUGAGGAGAUGAGGCUGAAGGAAACUGAAAGAGUGACCAUCAAGACGACAAAAGACCGAACCACGCUGACUGUAAAAGACAGUAUGAGAGGUGACUCUGGUAAAUACUACCUUACACUUGAGAACACUGCUGGUGUGAAAACGUUUACUGUCACAGUGGUAGUCAUAGGAAGGCCAGGUCCUGUCACUGGCCCAAUUGAAAUAUCGUCUGUAUCUGCUGAGUCCUGUGUGUUGACCUGGAAAGAACCUGAAGACGAUGGUGGCAGUGACAUUACAAACUACAUUGUAGAGAAACGUGAAUCUGGCACAACAGCAUGGCAGCUGGUGAAUUCCAGUGUGAAACGCACACAGAUCAAAGUCAGUCAUCUCACAAAAUAUCAAGAGUACAGUUUCCGAGUGAGCUCAGAAAAUAGAUUUGGUGUCAGCAAGCCAGUUGAAUCAAAAACAGUAGUUGCUGAGCAUCCAUUUGUCCCACCAAGCCCACCCUCAAGGCCAGAAGUCUAUUCUGUGUCUGCAAGUGCCAUGGCCAUUCGCUGGGAAGAACCCUAUCAUGAUGGCGGCAGCAAAGUCAUUGGAUAUUGGGUGGAAAAGAAGGAGCGCAACACCAUCCUUUGGGUGAAGGAGAACAAAGUACCAUGUUGUGACUGCAACUAUAAAGUCACAGGGUUGGUGGAAGGCCUAGAAUAUCAAUUCAGAACCUAUGCUCUAAAUGCUGCAGGUGUUAGCAAAGCUAGUGAAGCUUCCAGACCUGUAGUGGCUCAAAAUCCAGUUGAUCCACCAGGAAGACCAGAAGUAACAGAUGUCACCAGAUCUACAGUGUCACUGAGCUGGUCACCUCCACUUUAUGAUGGUGGAAGCAAAAUAAUCGGAUAUAUUGUUGAGCGCAAACCAUAUAACGAAUCUGGUGAUGGACGUUGGCUGAAAUGCAAUUACACCAUUGUCUCAGAAAACUUUUUUACUGUGACAGCUCUUAGUGAAGAUGAAGCCUAUGAAUUCCGUGUACUAGCAAAGAAUGCUGCUGGUGUGAUUAGCAAAGGAUCUGAAUCAACUGGUGCUGUCAUUUGCAAAGAUGAAUACACACCACCAAAGGCUGAACUUGAUGCCAGACUGCAGGGAGAAGUUCUGAGCAUUAGGGCUGGAUCAGAUCUUGUUCUUGAUGCAGCCGUUGGUGGAAAACCAGAACCAAAAGUCUUCUGGUCCAAAGGUGACAGGGAACUGGAGCUAUGUGAAAAGAUAUCUCUGCAAUAUACCAGCAAACGAGCUAUUGCAAUUAUCAAGUUCUGUGACAGAAGUGAUAGUGGAAAAUAUACCCUGACAGUUAAAAAUGCCAGUGGGAUGAAACAAAUUUCUGUUGUUGUCAAAGUGCUUGAUUCACCAGGUCCAUGUGCAGGCAAAAUCACAGUUAGCAGAGUAACAGAGGAGAAAUGUACUCUGGCAUGGAACAUUCCUGAGGAAGAUGGAGGUGCAGAAAUCACUCACUACAUCAUAGAAAGGCGUGAAACCAGCAGACUUCACUGGGUUAUUGUUGAGGCUGAAUGCCAGACUUUAUCAACUGUGGUAACAAAACUUAUUAAAAAUAAUGAAUACAUUUUCCGUGUGAGAGCUGUCAACAAAUAUGGACCAGGUGUUCCACUUGAAUCAGAAACUGUGAUUGCCAGGAAUGCUUUCACUAUUCCAACACAGCCUGGUGCUCCUGAAGAAGUGACCGUUGGCAAGGAGCAUAUCAUUAUUCAGUGGUCGAAACCAGAAUCGGAUGGUGGCAGUGAGAUUAAGGACUAUCUUGUGGACAAACGAGAAAGGAAGAGUCUGCGCUGGACACGAGUGAAUAGAGAUUAUACCAUUUAUGACACCAGACUGAAAGUCACUGGUCUCAUGGAAGGGGGCCAGUACCAGUUCCGUGUCACUGCAGUGAAUGCUGCUGGAAACAGUGAACCUAGCGAAGCUUCACAAUACAUGUUAUGUAAAGAACCAUCAUACACUCCUGCAUCACCUUCAGUUCCAAGAGUUGUGGAUACUACAAUGCACAGCAUCAGUUUAGCAUGGUCAAAGCCCACAUAUGAUGGUGGUGCUGACCUCUUAGGCUACGUUCUUGAAAUGAAAGAAGAAGGUAGUGAACAGUGGUAUCGAGCACAUACAGCCGCCACUCUGAGGAAUGCUGAGUUCACCGUGACUGGUCUUAAAACAAACCAGAAAUACCAAUUCCGAGUUGCUGCAACAAAUGUGAAUGGUAUGAGUGAAUUUAGUGAAUCAUCAGCAGAAAUAGAACCUGUGGAAAGAAUAGAAACACCUGAACUUGAGCUUGCUGAUGAUCUGAAGAAGACAGUUACAGUCAGAGCUGGUGGUUCCCUGCGCCUAAUGGUCUCUGUAUCUGGCAGACCUGCUCCUGUAAUCACAUGGAGCAAGCAGGGUGUUGACCUUGUGAGUCGAGGCAUUAUUGAUACUACAGACAGCUACACUCUGCUUAUUGUGGAUAAAGUUAAUCGGUAUGAUGCUGGAAAAUACAUCAUUGAGGCUGAAAAUCAAUCAGGAAAAAAAUCUGCAACUAUUUCUGUGAAAGUGUAUGACACACCUGGUCCACCACCUGCAGUGAGAGUUAAGGAAGUAUCAAAAGAUUCUGUGACACUUACUUGGGACAUUCCAGUCAUUGAUGGUGGAGCCCCAGUCAACAAUUACAUAAUUGAGAAACGUGAAGCUUCCAUGAGAGCUUACAAGACAGUCACUACCAAAUGCAGCAAGACAUUUUACAGAGUUGCUGGACUUCUGGAAGGAGCUUUGUAUUAUUUCAGAGUACUACCAGAAAAUAUUUACGGCAUUGGUGAAGGCUGUGAAACAUCUGAUGCAGUACUGGUAUCUGAUGUCCCCAUGGUACCACAAAAACUUGAAGUGAUUGACACCACUAAAUCAACUGUUACACUUGCCUGGGAGAAGCCACUGCAUGAUGGUGGCAGCAGAUUGACUGGCUAUGUCAUCGAGGCCAGCAAAGCUGGAACAGAAAGAUGGUUGAAGGUAGUGACACUGAAGCCUACUGUCUUCGAGCAUACCAUUAUCUCUCUCAAUGAAGGUGAACAGUACUUGUUCAGGGUCAGAGCACAGAAUCAGAAGGGCGUGUCAGAACCACGUGAGAUUGUCACAGCAGUGACAGUUCAAGACCGAAAAGUUCUACCAACAAUUGACUUCAGUGGAAUACCUCAGAAGACAAUCCAUGUACCUGCUGGCAAGCCCAUUGAAUUAGCCAUUCCAAUUGAAGGACGACCACCUCCAACUGCAUCUUGGUUCUUUGCUGGUUCUAAACUAAAAGAAUCAGAACGCAUCAAAAUGGAGACUUCUGCCAAAAUGGCCAAACUAACUGUGCGUGAGACCACCAUACAUGACACAGGGGAGUAUACACUUGAACUGAAGAACACAACUGGAACAGUUACUGAUGCAGUAAAGGUUAUAAUCCUUGACAAGCCUGGACCUCCUAUUGGACCUAUCAGAAUUGAUGAAAUUGAUGCAAAUUAUGUGACCAUCUCAUGGGAGCCUCCUGAGCUGGAUGGUGGAGCUGCCCUUAGUGGUUAUGUGGUAGAACAGCGUGAUGCUCACCGUCCUGGAUGGCUGCCAGUUUCAGAAUCAGUAACCCGGACAACAUUUAAGUUCACCAGACUUGUUGAAGGUGCAGAAUAUGUGUUCCGUGUAGCUGCUACAAACCGCUUUGGAAUUGGAGCUUACCUGCAGUCUGAAAUUAUAGAAUGCAAGAGCAGAAUCCGUAUUCCUGGUCCUCCUGGCACUCCAGAAGUGUUUGAUAUCUCUCGAGAUGGCAUGACAUUGACUUGGUAUCCUCCAGAAGAUGACGGUGACUCACAGAUUACUGGUUAUAUUGUGGAACGCAAAGAAGUUAGAGCAGAUAGAUGGAUCCGUGCAAAUAAAGUUCCAGUCACCAUGACUCGUUACCGUUCCACUGGGUUGGUUGAAGGAUUGGAAUAUGAGCACCGGGUCACAGCAAUCAAUGCCAGAGGCACUGGGAAACCCAGCCGUCCUUCCAAGUCUGCUGUUGCCAGAGAUCCAAUUGCUCCUCCAGGUAAACCUCAGAAUCCAAGAGUCACUGAUACUACAAGAACAUCUGUCUCCCUGGCUUGGAGUCCUCCAGAAGAUGAAGGUGGUUCUAAAGUUACUGGCUACUUAAUUGAGAUGCAGAAGGUUGAUCAAUUUGAAUGGACCAAAUGCAAUACUACACCAACCAAGAUUCGGGAAUACACCUUGACACAUCUUCCUCAAGGUGCAGAGUACAGAUUCCGAGUGCUAGCCUGUAAUGCUGGCGGGCCAGGAGAACCUGCUGAAGUGCCAGGAACAGUCAAAAUUACAGAAAUGCUUGAAUAUCCUGACUAUGAACUUGAUGAAAAAUACCAAGAAGGUCUCAUGGUGAGACAAGGAGGAGUAAUCAGGCUUACAAUACCCAUUAAGGGUAAGCCCAUCCCAGUAUGCAAAUGGACAAAAGAAGGACAGGACGUCAGCAAGAGGGCCAUGAUUGCAACUUCUGAGACUCACACAGAACUUGUGAUCAAAGAUGCAGAAAGAGAAGAUUCGGGCACCUAUGAUUUGGUCCUGGAAAACAAGUGCGGCAAAAAAGCCGUGUACAUUAAAGUCAGAGUGAUUGGCAUUCCAAAUCCACCAGAAGGACCACUUGAGUAUGAUGAUAUACAAGCUCGUUCUGUCAGAGUGAGCUGGAGACCUCCUACAGAUGAUGGUGGUGCAGAUAUCCUGGGUUAUAUUGUUGAGAGAAGAGAAGUACCGAAGACUGCCUGGUACACUGUUGACUCUAGAGUGAAAGGGACAUCACUAGUGGUGAAAGGACUCAAAGAAAAUGUGGAAUAUCACUUCCGUGUUUCUGCUGAAAACCAUUUUGGUGUAAGCAAAUCUCUCAAAUCUGAAGAACCAGCAGUACCAAAGACACCUCUAAAUCCGCCAGAGCCUCCAAACAACCCACCUGAAGUCCUUGAUGUUACAAAAAGUUCUGUCAACUUGUCCUGGUCCAGACCUAAAGAUGAUGGUGGUUCUCGUGUAACUGGCUACUAUAUUGAACGGAAAGAGACGUCUACAGAAAAAUGGGUCCGGCAUAAUAAGACACAGAUUACCACUACAAUGUACACAGUCACAGGACUUGUUCCAGAUGCUGAAUAUCAAUUCCGUGUCAUUGCUCAAAAUGACAUUGGUGAAAGUGAAGCAAGUCCUGCUUCUGAACCAGUUGUAUGCAAGGAUCCAUUCGACAAACCAAGCCAACCUGGAGAAAUUGAGAUCACUUCUAUCUUCAAGGACAGCAUUACAUUAGAAUGGGAACGACCUGAAAGUGAUGGUGGCAAAGAGAUCCUUGGCUAUUGGGUUGAAUAUCGCCAGUCUGGAGAAAGCACCUGGAAAAAAUGCAAUAAGGAACGGAUCAAGGACAGGCAGUUUACAGUAGGAGGUUUACUAGAGGCCACAGAAUAUGAGUUCCGUGUUUUUGCAGAAAAUCAGACUGGCCUCAGCAGACCUCGAAGGACUGCUAUGGCAGUGAAAACUAAAUUAACAUCUGGAGAAGCACCUGCCAUUAAAAAAGAAAUGCAGGAUGUUACAACUAAACUGGGUGAGGCGGCUCAGCUGACAUGCCAGAUUGUUGGGAGACCUUUGCCUGAUAUUAAAUGGUACCGCUUUGGCAAAGAGCUGGUACAAAGCAGAAAAUACAAAAUGUCGUCUGAUGGACGCAAUCAUACGCUGACAGUAAUGACAGAUGAACAGGAGGAUGAAGGUCUCUACACUUGUAUGGCUACCAAUGAUGUUGGAGAAAUUGAAACUAGUGGCAAGCUAUUAUUGCAGGCUCCUCCUCAGUUCCACCCUGGCUUCCCAUUGAAAGAGAAAUACUAUGCAGGUGCAGGUGGCACCCUCCGCCUUCAUGUUGUGUAUAUUGGCCGGCCAGUACCAGCAAUAACUUGGUUCCAUGGCAACAAGCCUUUGAGAGGAUCAGAAACUAUUACUAUUGAGAACACAGAACAGUAUACUCAUCUUGCUAUUAAGAAUGUCCAGCACAAGACUCACGCUGGGAAGUACAAAGUACAACUCAGUAACACAUUUGGAACAGUUGACACUGUACUUAAUGUGGAAAUACAAGAUAAACCAGAUAAACCAGUAGGACCAAUUGUUAUAGAGUCUAUACUGAAGAAUUCUGUGGUGAUAAGCUGGAAACCACCAGAAGACGAUGGAGGUGUUAUGAUAACCAAUUACAUCAUAGAGAAACGUGAAGCCAAGGAAGGAGCAGAAUGGCAACUUGUGUCUUCAAGUAUUUCAGGCACAACCUGUAGAAUUGUUAACCUAACUGAAAAUGCAGGCUAUUAUUUCCGUGUUUCUGCUCAGAAUAUGUACGGCAUUAGUGAAGCACUGGAGGUCUCAUCAAUAGUUUUUAUAAAGCCUCCAUUCGAUAAACCAGGACAACCUGGCCAGCCAGUAGCAAGUGCUGUCACAAAGGAUUCUUGCGUUGUCUCAUGGAAACCACCUGCAAGUGAUGGCGGUGCAAAGAUUAGAACUUACUAUCUUGAGAAGCGUGAGAAAAAACAAAACAAGUGGAUUUCUGUAACAACAGAUGAAAUUCGUGAAACAGUCUACUCUGUGAAAGAUCUUAUUGAAGGUCUUGAAUACGAGUUCCGUGUAAAAUGUGAAAAUCUUGGUGGUGAAAGUGAGUGGAGUGAGGUAUCUGAACCAGUCAUUCCAAAAUCUGAUGUACCAAUUAAAGCUCCACAUUUCAAGGAAGAACUAAGGAAUCUGAAUGUGAAAUUUCAAGCUAAUGCCACAUUUGUCUGCAAAGUCACUGGCCAUCCUAAGCCAAUUGUCAAGUGGUACAGACAGGGCAAAGAAAUCAUGCCAGAUGGGGAAAAGAUCAAGAUACAGGAAUUCAAGGGAGGAUAUUACCAGCUGGUCAUCACAAAUGUAACAGAUGAUGAUGCCACAGUAUAUCAAGUUAGAGCUACCAACCAAGGAGGAUCUGUGUCUGGCACUGCCUCUCUGGAUGUUGAAGUUCCUGCAAAGAUUCAUUUGCCCAAAAACUUGGAAGGCAUGGGAGCUGUUCACGCUCUCCGAGGGGAAGUGGUGAGCAUCAAGAUUCCAUUCAGUGGCAAGCCACCCCCUGUGAUCACAUGGCAGAAGGGACAAGAUCUCAUCGAUACUAAUGGACACUACCAAGUCAUUGUUACACGGUCAUUCACAUCUCUUGUUUUCCCAAAUGGUGUUGACAGAAAAGAUGCAGGGUUUUACAUUGUUUGUGCCAAAAACAGAUUUGGAAUUGAUCAAAAAACAGUUGAAUUAGAUGUGGCUGAUGUGCCUGAUCCACCAAGAGGUUUGAAGGUAACUGACAUUUCAAGGGAUUCAGUCAACUUAACCUGGAAUGAACCAGCUACUGAUGGUGGAAGCAGGAUCAUAAACUACAUUGUUGAGAAACGUGCUACAACAGCAGAGCGAUGGAUUCGUGUUGCACAAGCUCGUGAUACACGAUACACAGUGGUGAACCUAUUUGGCAAGACCACCUACCAGUUCCGUGUAAUUGCAGAGAACAAGUUUGGCCAAAGUCAGCCUUCUGAACCUACUGAUCCAAUUGUAACAAAGGAAGAUAAGACCAGAGUAUUGAACUAUGAUGAAGAAGUUGAUGAAACCAGAGAAAUUACGGCAGCUAAAGCAGGUCACUAUUCUACAAAGGAGCUCUAUGACAAAUACAUGAUUGCAGAAGAGCUUGGACGUGGGCAGUUUGGCAUUGCGCACCGCUGUGUUGAGGCAGCUUCAAAAAAGACUUACCUAGCCAAAUUUGUCAAAGUAAAGGGUGCAGACCAAGUUUUGGUAAAGAAAGAAAUUUCCAUCCUAAACAUUGCUAGGCACCGAAAUAUCCUGUAUCUUCAUGAGUCAUUUGAGAGCCUAGAAGAGUUGGUCAUGAUCUUUGAAUUCAUUUCUGGCGUUGACAUCUUUGAAAGAAUUAGCACAGCUUCAUUUGAACUUAAUGAAAGAGAAAUAGUAAAUUACGUACGCCAGGUCUGUGAUGCACUAGAAUUUUUACAUCGUCAUAGCAUUGGACAUUUUGAUAUUAAACCAGACAAUAUUAUUUACUUCACAAGAAGAAGCUCUGUAAUUAAAAUUGUUGAAUUUGGUCAGGCCAGACAGUUGAGGCCUGGAGACAGCUUUAGACUCCAGUUCACUUCUCCUGAAUAUUAUGCGCCUGAAGUACAUCACCAUGACUUGGUCAGCACAGCUACGGACAUGUGGUCAGUUGGUGCUCUAACAUACAUACUUCUCAGUGGCCUUAACCCUUUCAUUGCUGAAACAAACCAACAAGUUAUUGAAAAUAUUCUAAAUGCUGAAUACAGCUUUGAGGAUGAAGCAUUCAAAGACAUAAGCAUCGAAGCCAUGGACUUCAUUGAUCGCCUACUAGUAAAGGAAAGAAAAUCUAGGAUGACAGCUGCUGAAGCGCUUAAUCAUGUGUGGCUAAAACAGCAGACGGAAAAGACCAGCACCAAAACUAUUAAGACCUUAAGGCACAGGCGUUACUAUCAAACUCUAGUAAAGAAGGAGUGGAACACAGUUGUGUCAGUAGCCCGCAUUUCCUGUGGAGGCGCAAUUAGAUCCCAGAAAGGCAUAACAGUGGCUAAAGUUAAAGUUGCCCCAAUAGACAUUGGGCCUAUUGCUGGGCAGAUAAAGCAUAAUGUUGCAGAAGAAGGAGGCCAUGCCAAAUAUGUAUGUACGAUUGAAAACUAUGAUGAGUCCACACAAGUCACAUGGUACUUUGGUAUGAGGCAAUUAGAAAGCAAUGAGAAAUACGAAAUCAAAUAUGAAGAUGGUGUGGCAACCAUGUAUGUCAAAGACGUUUCUAAAACAGAUGAUGGUACCUACAGAUGCAAGGUGGUGAAUGAUUAUGGUGAGGACAGCUCUUAUGCAGAACUUUUUGUUAAAGGUGUGAGAGAAAUUUCUGAGCACUACAGAUGCAGAACUGUUAGAAAAGUGAAACGACGGGUUGAUACUAUGAGACUAUUAGAGCAUCCCCCAGAAUUUACUCUGCCUUUGUAUAACCGCACUGCCUAUGUUGGAGAAAAUGUCAGGUUUGGAGUAACUAUAACAGUUCACCCAGAACCUCGUGUAACAUGGUACAAAUCAGGCCAGAAAAUCAAACCUGGGGAUGAUGAUAGGAAGUAUACUUUCGAAUCAGAUAAGGGUCUUUAUCAACUUGUCAUCAAUAAUGUCACUGAAGAGGAUGAUGCUGAAUACAGUAUUGUGGCACGCAAUAGAUAUGGUGAAGACAGCUGCAAAGCUAAACUGACUGUGAUUCCGCAUCCCCCUCCAGCAGAUGCCACGCUCAGGCCAAUGUUUAAAAGACUGCUGGCAAAUGCUGAAUGUCAAGAAGGCCAAAAUGUCAGUUUUGAGAUCAGGGUAUCUGGUGUGCCAAAACCAACGUUGACAUGGGAGAAAGAUGGUCAACCUCUAUCCUUUGGUCCCAACUUUGAUAUAAUUCAUGAAGGUUUAGAUUACUAUGCUUUGCACAUCAGAGAUACUUUACCAGAAGACAGUGGCUACUACAGAGUAACUGCUACAAACAGUGCUGGAUCUACAAGCUGUCAGGCUUAUCUAAAAGUUGAACGCUUGAAAUACGUCAAGCGUGAGUACAAGACAGAAGAAGAGCGGGAGAAACAUGUACAGAGGCAAAUUGACAAGACCUUACGAAUGGCAGAAAUCCUUUCUGGGGUUGAAGCUGUUCCAUUGACACAAACUGCACAAGAGGCUCUCAGAGAAGCUGCUAUCUUAUAUAAACCAGCUGUUAGCACAAAGACCGUUAAAGGUGAAUAUGAAGUUCAGAAAGAAGAAAAGAAGGAGAAGGAGGAAAGGAGACUUCGUAUGCCAUAUGAGAUCCCAGAGCCUCGCAAACAUGCUGCUCUUGAGGAAGAUCAGCAAAUUAAACACUUUGUGCCUCUGUCAGACAUGAAGUGGUACAAGAGGCUGCGAGACCAGUAUGAAAUGCCAGGAAAACUUGAGAGGACUGUUCAGAAACGCCAGAAACGCAUACGUCUUUCCAGGUGGGAGCAAUUCUAUGUGAUGCCGCUGCCUCGCAUUUCUGAUCAGUACAAGCCUAAAUGGCGCAUACCAAAGCUGACACAAGACGAUCUUGAAAUUGUGAGACCAGCACGCCGGCACACCCCAUCUCCAGAGUAUGAAUAUCACUAUAGACCAAGAAGGCGCUCACUUGGUGACUUGUCUGAUGAGGAAUUGCUCAUGCCGAUAGAUGACUACCUUGCCAUGAAGAGAACUGAAGAGGAAAGACUGCGCCUUGAAGAGGAGCUGGAGUUGGGCUUUUCUGCUUCCCCACCAAGUAGAAGCCCCCCACGCUUUGAACUGUCUGCCCUUCGAUAUUCUACUGCAGGAGCACAGGUCAGUUCAGAGGAAGAAAGUAAAAGAGAGCUGAGGUAUUCAAGCUAUCACAUUCCAACUAAAGCUGAGACAAGUGCAAGCUAUGCAGAGCUUCGUCAACGUCACGACAGGGCUGCCUACAGACCACCUAAACAAAAGCAAAGAAUAAUGGAUGAGCGGGAGGAUGAAGAAUUGCUCCGGCCUGUUGGCACUGAUCAGCGACUCUCUGGGUACAGGAGUGAGCUUAAAUAUAUGGCAGAGGAAGAAAAGAGUAGACUCAGGAGAAGGAGGGAAAGAGAAAUAACGGAGAUCACAUCAGAAGAAGAAGAAGAAAUAGAAAUGGUGCAAUAUGCUCGCAGGGAAUUUUCACCCUCCUCUAAAUUACUUAGGAGAAGAAGAUCCCUGUCUCCAACUUACAUUGAGUUGAUGCGUCCUGUAUCUGAAUUAAUUCGACCUCGCUCACGGCCUCCUGAAGAAAGUGAGAGAAGAUCCCCAACACCAGAGAGAACUCGACCACGCUCACCUAGCCCAGUUGGUAGUGAAAGAUCUCUCUCCCGGUUUGAGAGGAUGGCAAGAUUUGAUAUAUUUUCUAGAUACGAGUCCAUGAAAUCUGCUCUGAAAACUCAAAAAACGAUGGAAAGGAAAUAUGAAGUUCUGACUCAGCAGCCUUUCACCCUAGACCACGCUCCUCGCAUUACGCUGAGGAUGCGCUCACACCGGGUGCCAUGUGGCCAUAAUACCAGGUUCAUUCUCAAUGUCCAGUCAAAACCAACCGCCGAAGUGAAGUGGUACCACAAUGGUAUUGAGCUGCAAGAGAGCAGUAAGAUACACUUCACCAAUACCAGUGGUGUAUUAACUCUGGAGAUUCUCGACUGCCACAUUGAUGACAGUGGAACAUACCGAGCUGUAUGCACAAACUACAAAGGGGAAUGCUCUGAUUAUGCAACACUAGAUGUUACUGGAGGAGAUUACACUACAUACUCUUCCCAGAGGAGAGAUGAAGAAGUACCAAGGUCAAUUUUGCCUGACUUGACAAAAACAGAAGCAUAUGCAAUCUCCUCGUUUAAGAAAGCAUCUGAAACAGAAGCAAGUUCCUCAGUAAGAGAGGUCAAAUCAGAAGUGUCAUCAACAAGAGAAUCACUUUUAUCUUAUGAACACUAUGCUGCUUCUGAAGAAAAAGUCACUGCAGCUGAAAGAAAAUCACUGGAAGAAAGGACUUCACACAAAGCAUUUAAAAGCACUCUGCCAGCAACAAUCCUUACAAAGCCACGGUCAAUCACAGUUUCUGAAGGGGAGACUGCAAGAUUUUCCUGUGAUGUUGAUGGUGAACCAGCACCAACAAUAACAUGGCUCCGUGCAGGUCAGCCUAUUGUUUCUUCAAGGCGCUUCCAGGUAACACGAACACAGUACAAGUCUACCUUUGAAAUUUCUUCCGUCCAGAUAUCAGAUGAAGGAAGUUACACUGUUGUGGUGGAAAACUCCGAAGGAAGACAGGAAGCCCACUUUACUUUGACCAUUCAAAGAACAAAAAUUCCUGAAAAAGCAAUUACAUCACCUCCAAGGAUCAAAUCUCCUGAGCCUCGUGUAAAGUCACCAGAGCCAGUUAAGUCUCCUAAACGAGUGAAAUCUCCUGAACCCAUCAGCAGUCCCCCAAAAGCUAAGUCACCACCUGCAGACAAAAUGGUAACCGAGAAAGUACAGUUACCAACUGCUUCUCCACCAAAGAUUAAACAACAUCUGAAAGCAGAAACUCUUGGAGAUAAAGUAAAGUUAUCCUGUGCAGUUGAAAGCAAUGUUUUAAGUGUCAGAGAAGUGGCUUGGUAUAAGGAUGGUAAAAAACUGAAAGAAGACCAUCAUUUCAAGUUUCAUUAUGCAGCAGAUGGCACUUAUGAGCUCAAAAUCCAAGAGCUCAUGGAAUCUGAUAAAGGAGAAUAUACCUGUGAAAUUAUUGGGGAAGGAGGUGUUUCAAAAACUAACUUCCAGUUUACUGGCCAAGUAUUUAAAAAUAUCUAUUCCCAGGUAAGAGGUGCAACUGAAUCUCAUAAAACAGUUCAGAAAGAAGAUGAGUUACUUAUGGUUUCUAGCCAGAAGAAAUCAGUAGUGGCAACUGAAGAGAAAUCUGCAGUUCAAGAAGUCAUUAAAAAGUCAGUUGUUACAGAAGAUGUCAGACAAAUGAAAGCAGAAAUUACAGCUUCUUCAACCAAAAUGACAAUGUCUGAAGGGCAAAAAGUGACAGUGAAGGCCAACAUUCCUGGUGCCUCUGAAGUAAAAUGGGUGCUGAAUGGAAUGGAGCUGAGAAAUUCAGAUGAUUACAGAUAUGGCGUUUCUGGAACUGAUCACACGCUAACUAUCAAAAAGGCCAGUAAUAAGGAUGAAGGUAUACUCACCUGUGAGGGUAAAACUGAUGAAGGCAUUAUUAAAUGCCAGUAUGUUGUGACCCUUUCUAAAGAGCGCUCCAGUGAACCAGCAUUCAUCAUGCAGCCGAAGUCUCAAAAUGUCAAUGAAGGACAAGAUGUGUUGUUCACCUGUGAAGUCUCUGGGGAGCCUUCUCCUGAAGUUGAGUGGUUAAAGAAUAAUCAACCUAUUGCAGUUUCAUCGCAUCUCAGAGUAUCUCGCUCUAAAAAUAUAUAUUCUCUUGAGAUUCGAAAUGCCACAGUGAGUGACACUGGAAAAUACACAGUCAAGGCAAAAAAUUAUCAUGGGCAGUGUUCUGCUACAGCAUCUUUGACUGUACUCCCUCUAGUUGAAGAACCUCCGAAAGAGGUAGUAUUGAAGACCAGUGGCGACGCAAGCAUGCACGAAAGUUUUUCUUCUCAGUCCUUUCAAAUGGCUUCUUCUAAACAAGAGGCUUCAUUCAGCAGUUUCAGCAGUAGCAGCAUGACUGAAAUGAAAUUUGAAAGCAUGUCUGCCAAAAGCAUGUCCUCCAUGAAAGAAUCCUUUGUAGAGAUGAGCUCCAGCAGUAUUAUGGGGAAAUCUAGCAUGGCUCAACUGGAGAGUUCAACUAGUAAAAUGCUUAAAUCAGGUCUGAGAGGAGUACCACCCAAAAUCGAAGCUCUCCCAUCUGAUAUCAGCAUUGAAGAAGGAAAAGUUCUCACACUAUCCUGUGCCUUUUCGGGUGAACCUGCUCCUGAAAUAACAUGGUACUGCAGAGGGAGAAAAAUUACCAGUCAGGACCAGCAAGGCAGAUUCCACAUCGAAACCAGUGAAGAUCUAACCACCCUGAUCAUCAUGGAUGUCCAGAAGAACGACGGUGGACUUUAUACUCUGAAUUUAGGGAAUGAAUUUGGUACCGAUUCUGCCACUGUGAAUAUAAAUAUCCGAUCACCUUAGAGAGCUUAAUCUGUAUUAUUUACACUUGUAUUUUUACAAGUGAUUCAUAUACGGACUGAAAUAUCUGAUAUGUAAAUAUAAAAGAAAAAUAUUUUUUUACCUACCUGAACGAGACAAAGUCCAGACCUAUACAUUAUGACUUAUAGUCAUUAUUGACCUAAGAAUUUAAACCACUUUUUUCACUGACAUGUACAUACUGUAUAUAGCCGAAGUUAACGGUUAUGAAGUUUUGUACCGUUUAUUUUAUGACAUUUUGAAACGUAACUUUUGGAACUAACAGUUGGCAGGGGAAAGUUUCCUAGCAAAUGACUACCCAGCUCAACAUUUAACUAAUUUUUGCGCCUCAACUCAUUGUUGAUGUCUAAGAAUGCCUCAACAGGUAGAGAGGCUCCCUGUUGAAGAUUACCUACACCUAAGACAUGAUACUGUGCACAGUAUUUCAUACGUGCACAAAUAUUUAUGUUGAAUCAGAAAUGUAAGGCAUUGGUGAUGUUUGCAAUUACCCUCCUGUAAGCAUUGCUUUAAUGUUUUACAUUGCAUCUGAUUAUGUCAUAAUUGUCCUACCUGACUGACAAUUUCUGGACAAAGUGCAAGCGGCCAGCACUUUGUUCACCCACCGUGUACUGUUUCUGACAUAUUGACUGCCUGAAUAGCUUUUAAAAAAGUAACAUCACCUGGCCAUCCCCUUAAUCAACAAAGCUAUUUAGGUAUUCAAGUGCAGCAGCAGUACCCCAUCUCGGAGGUUCUUAGGGUGCAGUGAGUGAGUUUGUGUGGUAGUAUUAGACACCCAGUAGUCACUUCCAGGCAACUAAGCAAUGAACCACAGUUUGAAAACAAACUGUUGCUACAACAUCAAAUACCAGUCUGCACUUCAAUUUGCUUUAGUUCUCCUAAUGUAGUAUUAGAGCUUAGUAGCUGUUGAACCUCCUUGAGAUAGAAUUGUUCAUUUGAAAUAAAGCAUGCUUUCUG